AGGUUUCAAUGUUCCUUAAGGAUACUUGGAUCAAUACUCUAAAGAUAGCCGUGAGAAGCAGUUUGAGGGACAUAGGCAAAGGCUGGUACAACUUGUAUGAGACUAAGUGGGAAGUAUACCGGAUGUCCAAGCUUCAUCAGCUGAUGGAGCUCAUCAAGUUUAUGCUGCAGGACUCUGUACGUUAUCUGAUCCAGGAUUCACUGGUAAACUUCACCCAGCUCUUCUUGGAUUCCUGCCACAGUGUCCUGAAUUGCCCUGAAGAUAUGGUGUGGGGAGAUGACCUUGUUAACAGCCCAUACAAGUAAGGAGAGAAAUGGAGAGAUGUUUUAUUUUUGUGGAAAAGGAAAAGCACAUUGAUCAGUGUGCUCUCAUAUCACGGGAGGGUUCUUUUUCUCUGAAUUUUCUCUGGAUGAAUUGGUAUCACUGUGCAAAAUCACUUCAGUCAUGGCUCCUCUUUUUGGCAUGCUUCAGCAUCCCCUGGGACAUUGCUGGGCACCAAUAUUUCUCAAGUUAAGGGGUUAUUGCUGGCUUCUGACAGGCAUCACAAAGAGUCUGUAGGUUACAAAGUGAAGUCACCAUAGCUUUAGUAUUCAUUGGCUUUAUUAGAAGAUCUUACUGUGUCUGUUUAGCAUGGUCUUGGGGCCAGAGUUAUAGAAUCAUAGAUUGUAGAGUUGGAAGGGACCCUGAGGGUCAUCUAGUCCAACCCCCUGCAAUGCAGGAAUCACAACUAAAGCAUCCCUGGGAAGACAUGCUCCGCCGCUGGCAGCAUGCUGCCAACAAACCUUUUGGACCUUACCUUUUCACUUCCGCUGCAUGCUCAUGCUUCCUGGAUGUAGGCCCCAGAAAUGCAAAGACCACUUUAUUAAGGGGAUAUUUUUACAAGUGUUAACCUAUUUUUGCAAAACAUGUGGUGUCUGUACACAUGCUUUUUUGGGUGCAUGGCACAGUAGAUAUUAACAGAGACCUUACGAACAUCCAGCAAGUUUAAUUCAAGUCAGUCAUUGUUCUUGGCAGAUUGGAGAAGUGGGUUGAAACAGUAGACCUCAGCUGAAGUAUGUUACCCAGUCUGGAGUAUGCAUUUUGAGACAGAUGAAAACAAAUUGAAUAAAGCUCCGGUGUGAACCUAAAAAAUAAUUAAGGUUAGAAAGCAUGGUAUUGAGGAAAGCAGAACUCACUGAACUAAGGAAUGGAAAAAUAUGAAAACACAACAGUCUUCAAAUAUUAAACAAGUACCAUAAAGAAGAUCGGGAAGAAGAAUCCUUUUCUGCUACUGGCAAAAGGGCCAGAGUCAAUUUAGUUACAUUGCAGCUGUGUACAUUUUGGUUUACCAGAAUAUGAAAUACGUUUCUGUGUCUGUUUGGAAUAAGAAAAGUUGAACAGUGUGGAGCACAGCCCUCCCACCCCCGCAAAUGUUCUACCUCAUUUCUGAUAUGUCUUUAAGGCAGACUGGAUUAAUAUAUAUGUAUUAAUAUAUAUUAUAUAUGUGUGAAUCCCAACUUAUUGCAGAGGGAUAGUGAAUAUGAGUCUGGACCCCCUCUGUACUUCUUCUGCCAAUCCAGGAAGGGAUAUUUGCAAGCAUGAUGAGGAUACUGACAUGCCUUUUGAUCAUAGUGAUUCCCUUUGUUCCACUAAAUUUGAUGCUUAUGCCUAUUUAUACAGAUGUGGUUGCCUAUCACCUUUUAGGGCAUCUGGUUCCACGGGAAAUGCACAAGCAGAGCUAGGCUAUGUUUCUGAGAAGUAAUUGAUCUAUUUUUUGAAUUAGCAAAGGCAUUGUUUCUGGAAGCUAUUCAUUCAUAACAAUCUCAGAGAUCUCCAUAUUCUUCCUUUUGUAGGCCACGGAAAAAUCCUCUGUUUAUAAUUGAUCUGGCUCUGGACACUUCGGGUGUUCGUUUCAGCACACCCCUGGAAAAUUUUGAGACAACAGUUGUUUCUCUGUUUGAUAAAGGGAUCUGGGCUACCCACACCAUACCACAACUGGAGAAAGUGAGUUACCUUGAAGAGUUUGAAAUGCCUUCUUACCCUAAUAAUAGGAUCCAUCUUGUAAAAAGUUAUACACUUACUGAAAAUAGAUGCUUCUACUAGAGAUGCACACUACAAAGCUGACUUUCCAGAGCAGUCCUAUAUGUGUACCCAGAAGCAGCAAGUUCCAUAGAGUUUAUUAGACUUAUUGCUAGGGAAGUGUGCAUAAGAUUGUAGCCUUACUGGUCAUAAGAAUUGCUCCAUCAAAAGCUGUGGGUUGUCAACAGUCGUAUCUGGGUAUUAUGGCUGCAUUGCAGGAACAUUAUAACAAUAUUAUGGAGAGAAACACAACACAAAAGCUUGGGAGUGUGGUAUUGAAGAUUGACAAGCCUUUCUCAGAACCAGUUUGGUAUUGGUAUUGUGUCUGUAAUUUGCAAAAAUAAAAAAAAUGAAAGCCUGUGGAAAGAAAGUCUAGCCCUGCUGAAAAUUAGUUAUCUUUUCUCCAUGCAGGAAAAGAUAAUGUCAUUCUCCACUUAAUGUGUAGUAAGAUGCAAGAAAUAGAAGAUUUGCUUUGAUUUCACAUCCUGAUCUCUUCUGGGUUAGGGAAAUGUCAGAAGAAGUUUGAUUUGUGCUGCAGAUUUCAUGUAGCAACUCAUGCGCAGGCACAUAAAAUCUCAAAGAUUUUAACAGGGCGGUGUGCAAGGGAUGAUACUGCAGGAGGAGGAUUUUGCUAACAGGAGAAUGGUUCAUCCAACACUUUUAGCAUUGAGGAAAACAUGCCAGAUUCAAAUAAGAAGUGCCGGCAAUAAUGUUGCAAUUUUAAAUCCUGAAGCUGUUAAUACCGACAUUGAAGUAGUGGCAGGGUACGAGAUGUGUGAUGAUGUGUUUAGUGUAUUUAUCUUAUCACUUCAAUUUAAAAAGAGGCUUGCUUCUUUUUAUAACAAAAUUGAAACACUUCAACAGCUAUCAUUAAAGCGAGCUUCACAAUAACCUAAAGAUUGCUUGUCUGCAGUUUUUGAAAUGUGCUGUUGUUGGUUUUGGCUAAGGUGGGAGGUCCUUUUCCCAUCAAGAGGUGUCUUACAUACUGGGUCUCCUGCCUCCUUGAAAUGAUCUCUGCAGGUAUUGUUUAGGGCACACAGCACGAUCUCAUAAAAAUCUGAAGCACACUAAGUUGCACAUGGUUGUUUCAUUUGAAAGCCAACAAUCCAUGUUAAAGGCUAGAUUAUCCAAAAUUCCUAACCUCUUGAAUGCUGGGGUAGGCAGCUUUCAGCCAAGAGCAGCUCAUAGAGAUAAGCUGCAGCGCAAGUGAGGCAACAUUUGGAGCAAACCACAAGUAGUAUGACCAGAAAUUCAAGUGGGGCUCCAUACAUUAAAGAUGGGUCUCUAAUCUGAGACCCCUGAAAGCUUUCGUUUAUACAAAGUCCGGUAAACAUAUAUGGUAACCUGUAUUAUGAUUAAGGCUAUGGUUCCUUGGGUUGGCAUGGGUUUUUACUGAGGUAUCCAAUACAAAGAGCAGGAGGAGCAUUAACUGUCUAGCAGUAGAUGGAUUUCAGUUUUGUACAACAGACUUGAAGGAGAAAAUAGAAGCAGUUUGUGCUAAAUGGCUGUUCUUUUGUCCCUUGUUCAGCACGUGCUUGAAAACAUGUUCAUCUGUGGCACACCGUUGCUGGAGUCAGUGGGUCUGUAUGAGCCACCUGUGAUCGAACUGCGCAAAACCAUCAUCACAUGUAUCCGCAAAGCCCUGAUUCCCCUCCAAGCUUAUGCCAAGAAUUAUGAAAAGUACUUGGAACUGAAUAACCGUGAUAUCAACAGCCUCCUAAAGUAUGUAGCUUUUAAAGGGAAGAGCAGGGACUUGCAUAAGAGGUUUUUAUAUAGUUGCAUGGAUAGAUUAAUGCGCUGUCUUCUGUACUGGCAAAUGUUUUCUGAAGAAGACAAAGUUCCCCCAAAUACAUGGGCUUGGACCCUAAGUUACUUAUCUGUGCACGUGGGAGGAGGGAACUUGGUCAACUCGCCCUUUAUCUGCAGGCCCCCAUGUCAUAUUACAUACGAUUGCCAAGAGUCUCCCAGUCCCCAUAAGUGAUUUUCAGGAAAGGAAGUCGGAAAACCCCAUUUGGGAGGAUGAUGUUCUGUUCAUGGAAGAAAACUUAGGACUGUGCCCAUGGUACUGUGAGGUACACUGGGAAACAGAUUACUGUACAUUGUUGUUUUAGCAUCAGUGUGGUCAUUGGCUACCUGUUUUCCUUUCUUAGGGCUUUUACACACCUAAGGUAACAAAUCUAGGUGCCUCCAAGCAUACACGUAACAGGGAACAAGAAGCAACAUCUGCUCCUGUUUCUUGUAUUCACACCUUACAUUUUAACUGUGUACUUCAAAAUCUUAAGAGCAUAGUAUGUAAAUCUGGCCUUACGAACCCUUGGGUUUUUAAAAACUGCCAUUCUACCCUGAAGGUAUUUAUAUCUUUUUUCAUUCCUAAGUGCUAGAAGCAAAGACCUCUCCAUUACCACCACCACCUUGUGUUUAGUCAGAGCAAUCAUAAGGCCGUAAGAGGAGCCUGCUGGAUCAAGCCAAUAGCCCUCCUAGUCCAGCAUCCUGUUCUCACAGUGGCCACACAGAUGCCUGUGAGAAACCCCACAAGCAGGACCUGAGCACAAGAGCACUCCGCCCUCCUGCAGUUUCCAGCAACUAGUAAACCUCCGACUGUGGAUCUUGCAGCACAACAGACUCAGUUUCCUUCCUCUAAUCUCCAACGGCUUUUGCAAGGGCAGAUUUGUUGAAUGGCCUUGAAGCCUUUCACUGGUUACAUUUGCCGUUUAUAAAUUAUAUGUUCCUGCUGUAAGUGGGAAAUCAUAUUCUGGCACAGUAUGCAGUAUGCCUGUCUUUACCUGUGUUAUGGUGGUGAGUCUUCCCUUAAUAAUAAUUCUAUAUUUCUCUAGACCAUAUCUGGAGCAGUGCCCUCCUGCUCAAGAGGUGAGAGAGAUCGUUAACAAGCAUAUGGCAGAAAAGGAGUUGCUGGACAACAGCUUGCCCGGUAGCAUGGUGAUUGGCCCCUUUCAUCUCAGCGUUGAAGGCGUACGGCAAAACCUUUCCAAGAAAUGCAAAGCGUUGGCCACCACUAUGCUGGAUAUAUUGGCUAAGAAUUUACAUGAGCAAGUGGAAGAUGUGAGUUUCAUACUUGGUACUCAUCCAGAGGAGUAAUUCUGUAGCUGUUUCUGGAAGUUUACAAUUGCAAAGAAGUUACAAGGAAAAGAAAUGAAUUGCAGUCAUAACAGCAAUUUUGAACUCUUCUUAGCAUGUAAAUAUAAAUAUAUGUACUGCUGGGGAUUGUUCUAGUGUGAGAUCUAACAGCCGGUUAAGUCAAGUGCUUCUGCACAAAUGUGUCAGUGCAGGAAGAGCAUCAUAUAAAAAGGUUUAUGGUUCUCCUAUUGCCACUUUCAAACAUACUCAUGUGCAAAAACCUUCUUUUUCAGUAUUCUUUAUAGCAUUUCUAAUCUGCUACACCAUUCUCAUUUUAUUAAUCCCCAAUGCCAUCCCAAUCAUCCCAAUCGUCUUGAUGACUUUAGAUGAAGACCAGCACAGCUGAUGUUCAGGGACACAUUCCAAUGAGUAUUUGGUUGCCUCCGUCCCAUGUUUCCUCCCUGCCUAAUAUUUAGUUAAGAAAAGUACAUGGUGUGAUGUUGUCCUGGUCAGAAUCUCUCUGUUUCCGUAUGCCCAAUGUCCUUCCGUAUUUUGUCGUUGUUGUUUUUAAAGGAAUGUUGAAUUCUUAUAAUUACUUUUGAGUUAUAUCAAAUGAUUUCACUAUUAUCAUUCAGAGAGUCAUCACUUCUUUCUGCAGAUCUGUGAAGCUUUCAAAGCCAUCAGCCGAAAAAUUUAUGAAAAACCAAACAGCAUUGAGGAGCUGGCUGAGCUGCGGGAGUGGAUGAAAGGAAUCCCUGAGAAGCAGAAAGUGCAGGAGGUAAGAAGUGACUGCAUGUGUGGCAUCAAACUAUUAGAGUGAAGUAGAUAAUGGGUAGAUCACUGAGCUUUUAAUCCAGUACCGCAUCCUGACCAGAACAGUAAUUGUGGGCUGCUUUGAAUAAAUCAAAUUCUCUUAGCAGAUGCAUAUGCAAGUUGGUAGUUACAAAAACACUUCAUCAGGUAGCACUGAAGGUAUUAAGGAACUCUACAGCUGUUGACAAAUUCCCAGUUCAUUAUUUUAGGGAGCAGAUGUAAGAAGCGGAUGCAUGCUAUUCAUGCAUAGUUUGCUAACGAAAUCACUGGAAAGCAGAUCUUAACUCAGUGCAUGAAAUUUCACCAAUACACCUUUUAAGCAUCAGUGCUAUAGUAUGUGAAUGAAUGUGUGUGUAAACCAUCAUGCCUCCAAGUUGGGCUGACAGCUCUCUGCCUACCAACCAUGGCCAUGAAUUGUUAAAGAGCAUGCAGGUGUCUAGGGUGGGAUUGGUGUUAAAAUGCCUGCCUGUGUUUGGAUUGCUUAUCACACCUGCUUCAAAGCUUUUUGCUCAGUACAAAUUUUAGAUGUUGAAUAUUUGCAUAGUAAUAACUUGUGGGCUAACAGUGACCCCCAUUGACAUUGAUUUCUUAACCAUACCAGGGUGGUAUCAUAUUAAUGUAACCAGAGUGGAAUUAUAAUACACUAUUUCAAUGGCCUGUGGCACUUCUCAAGCUUUGUGUACCUUGUUUGUUCUCAAGCCUGAAGCAGUGAGCAAGAUUCACUUAAUGUGCCUUGCAUGAGGGCUCCCCUCCUCCCCUGGUCCCCCUCCUGAAAUUUGCUCAGGAGUAGGUGUCGAAGAACCCCCAGGAAGAGAGGAGAGGGGUUGUUCCAUCAGGUAACCUGCAAAGCUUCUGCUGAUGGGAUGUUCACCACAGCAUGAUGUUGAAUUCCACCCAGUGCUGCUGCUUUUUUCUUUUUUGUGUGUGUUAAGAUUUUUAUUAAAGUUUUUUCACGAAACAAUAGGGUACAGAAAACACAUUCACCCAGUGCUUCUUGAGACUCCUAAGGCGUGCUGGAUCCUCUGUGUUGUUGUAACCCAAGAAUAACUGUAGAAGUGUAUUCCUUGUCCCUCUUUCACUAUACUCGAAUACCACCAUACCCAGACAUUUGACUUAUAGGCAGCAUUUUUGUGUGCAACAAUAUUAUAACACAGAUGGAAUGAAAUUUUGAUCAUGCAAGCAAAGCCCUGCUUAUCGGCUCCCCUCUCUCUUUCUGUCAUUGCAUAGGAAUUGAUAAGUAAGGUCAUGGAAGAAUACGAAGUCAUGGAGGAUUUCCUCUACAAUUUGACUCAAGAUGACUUCAAUGACAAGUAAGCACAAGGCAUUUGCCCUGCAGUCAGAGCAAGACCUUUGGCUUCAGAUACCAUAUUUUCUGCCUCAGGGCUUUAUUUGCACAUCAAAGGGCUUCAGCAAAUCUCUUCAGGCCGCCAGAAAAGAUGCCCACUGAACUACCUUAUUCAAAUGCAGAACCAGUGAUGGUGCCAGCCUCUGGGCCAGGGAUUGAAGCAACCUUCUUGUUUCUGAGGCUUUUAGCAAACCGGAGGCCUUUAUUUUGUUUUAUUUUUCAUGAAAAGCCAGUGAAUUGGGGGGCUGCACAGCCUGAAAUUGUUAGGCUGUGUAUUUCUGUGUGGGUGCAAGGUGUUCACAGGGAUUUGAGAGUUGCCAUGGGGUGUCAGCAUUUUAUUACAGAUUUGUAAUAUAGUGCGUCCCAGGCACCCAAUUUGUAAGACUCAGCACACACAUGCAAGGCAGGGUUUUGGGGGCACCUGUGCCCCACUAGAUGUUGCUGAGCUACAGCUUUGAUCAUCUCAGAGGAUUGGAUACAUGGUGCAUUUGUGUGACUCUCUUUAUGUUGUCAGGUGGGCUGCAAGCGGCUGGCCUCUGAAGAUCACCACACAGAUUGAAUUGAUAAGGCAGCAGCACAUUGAAGAUGAAGAAAGAUUCCGUAAAAUUCAGCUCAUGGAUCAAACCAACUUCUUGGAACGGCUGGAUGGUCUUCAGGUACUGAUAAUGGGCACCAGAGUUGUCCUCUACACUCACUUUAAGUAUCAACUAUCAUCAGCGGGUAGCUGGGGGUGAACUACAAUAAGAGCUUGACACAUGGAGUUAGCCGGGUCUAUUCCUCAUGGAGCCUAGGGACAUAGAGAUCAUUGUUGUGGGUGAUUGUCCAUUACUCAGGGUGCAUUAUCAUCCUUAGCUAGCAAGUUCCAAUGUGACCAGGAGAGAGGGACAUGUUUCCACUUUACAUGGUAAAAACUCAUAGCCAUCUGAGACUUGCUAUUAGCAGGAUUUUAUCCAGUAUUUAUGACCAUUUAAAGGAUCUUAAAAUACACUAUCCACCUCUCCCAAAUCUAUGGUUAUGUAUCAUGGGCUCUAUCUUCCUGCUUGCUAUGACUGCUUUUCUUUCACAGAUUGCUGUUGCAGGGUUUUCUGCGCACAGUGAUAUAAACCGGGCACAUGAGAUAGCCAAUGAAGCUAGAAGAAUUAAGAAGCAUUUGAAGGACUCCCAGCAAUUGGCUUUACUGUACAACAACAGGGAACGGAUUUUUGGGGUGCCAGUGACUAAUGUAAGUUCCCAACUCCCUUGCUACCUUCAUUGUGCUUUUUGCAUCUCUGUUGAUAAUAGCAGAAACUUCACCAGAUAUUGCCAGUCUUUCUUUAUAACUCCACCAUGUCGCUCACCUUCAUUUUUUAACCAUGUGGUCUCACUAAACUGGCACAGAACAAAGCAGUAUGCUAGCCACUCCACUUCAUUAAAUUAUUCUCAGUUUUUUGGGAGAGCCCAUGCAAGAAGAGCUGGAAGAUGCAAGGCAUUCAUGAAGCAAUUCAUGUGGCAGAGAUCUCAAAACUUUCAUAAACGUAUGGCUGCAAGCUAUAUUGUUGGCUUGGCUCCCAGCACAAAAGCAAUAAGCAGCUAUUGAGGAUUAGGAAUUUCUAUACAAUGAUUUCAUUUACUGAAACCUUAAAACUACAAAUGUGUAUUUAAUUAACACUUCUUUGUUGCUGUUGGUUUUUUUGUUUUUAUUUUUAAAGAUGCUAUUAAAAAAAUCUUUUAUUUUAAAGAUGCUACUUUUAAAAAGAAUGAGACAUUGUAUUUGCUUCUGUUCCAUAGAGGAUAAGGAGAAAUCAAAAUAAUUGUUUGCAUUUUUAUGCUUUAAAUAGGUAUUAAUAAUUGUGUGAGAUCUCUAAUAUAGCAGAAUUAAUUGUGUUGGAAUCUUUCUGUUGUUAUGUAAUAAUAAUGGCUAACUAAAAUAAAAUAUUUGAAACAAACAGAAAGAGAAGAAGUGAUCUAGUCAAAUAGAAGCAUGUUGCAUGGUUCUGAGUGAUCAAGUAUAAUCAAUGGCACUUAAUGUUGUUUAAUGACUGGAUUUUGUUCCCUUUAUACAUAGGAUAAUAUGGUUUGUGUGCACUUUUGUAUAGUGUGUGUCUGUUCUCCUUUCUCCUCUCUUUCCCUAUUUAUUUAGUUACUUUUAUUUAUAACCUGCCUUUCUCCCAAGGUGGCUCACAGCAUGAAUUAAAAUAAAUACCACUACAAACAGACAAGCAAUAUAAAUAUUUGUAAAAAUCAAAAAAGUAACUAUUAAAACAGCACUGUAAACACUUAGAACCAUUUUGAAGCAUGCACACACACACACAAAGUACAGCACCCACCCUUAGAAGAUCCUGCCACAACAGCCAGUUAGUGGCCAAAGGCCUGUCUGAACAAAAUUUGCCUGCCGCUGAAAAGAAAUCAGAGAGGGGGCCAGCCUAGCCUCCCAUGGAAGAGAGUUCAGCAAUCUGGGAGCAGCCAUGAAUAAGAUUCUCUCUUGUGUCCUCACCAAAAGUGCCUAUGAAGGUAGCGGGACCAAGAUAAAACCGUCCCUGGAAGGUCUCAAAGCUCAGGCAGUCUCAUAGGGCGAUAAGCUCCUUCAGAUAGCCUAGACCCAACCCACAUGGAAACUCUGGGACUAUUGUGAUCUGGGCACAUGUAUAGUCACAUAUUGUGCUCAAGAAACAAAGGGAAGGUCCCUUGCCCACUAGACAAACAGAAGGUACUCUCAUGAAGUCAGUUCAAGGCUCCCUGCUGACUUAGAGAGAACAACCUAGUGAAUGUAUACCCUGUAUACAUGUAUACCCUGAUGGCAUGCUGGAAUUGUUUGGAAGACAUACAGGUUAUUUUUCUGUGGAACAUAUGCCUAUUAGCAAUUAGUAAUAUUCUUUUGGUUUCUCCAGUACGAUAAGCUGUCCAGGAUGGUUAAGGACUUUCAGCCCUUCUAUGAUCUCUGGACUACAGCAUCGGACUGGCUUCGCUGGGCUGACAGCUGGAUGAAUGAUCCUCUGUCUGCAAUUGAUGCAGAACAGCUGGAGAAGAAUGUCAACGAGUCCUUUAAGACAAUGCACAAGUGUGUGAAACAGUUCAAGGAUAUUCCAGGUAGCUACAGAGCCUUGAAAUGUCAUUUUAAAAAAAAGCAAACAGAUUCAGAAAUGGGAUCAACUGAAAUUAAUAUUGGGGGGGAAAUGAGAAAUGGGGAGAAAUCAAAACUGACAGAUUUAGCAUCCCUUGCAACCAUUUCAGAAAUUGUAAAGAUAUAGUAGAACUGCAAACUUUCUCUAAAAUUAUAUUUACAAUGGCUUCAUAUUAACACUGUAAAAUACUCUGUAGUGGGGGAAUCUUGUUUCUUUUCUUGACUUGUAUUUUAUUCUAAACAAUUAAUUCUGUUCUAAGUGCUGCAGUGAAUCAACCUUAACAGAGAAGGAGUUGAAGGAAUAUGUAUGAGUGAAGGUGACUCAUUCAAAGCAGAAGGAUUAAAAAUACACAGUUGUGUAAUAGAGCAAGUCUUCCAGAAUUGGCUUUUCUUAUAUCACAAUGUUCUGAUCUUGUCAAAGACGGUGCUGGGGUGUUAGUCCUUCAUUGCAAGAAUAAACGGAGGCUACACACCCGUACAUCGCAGUUUGCUAAAUUUAAUCAUUUAAAAGCAGAUGGACUGUAUUCAUUGUUGCUCUAGUACAGGGAUGUCCAACAGGUCGAUCGUGAUCUACUGGUAGAUCCCCAGGAGGUUUUGGUAGAUCAUGGUCAAUUGCUGGGUCCCUUAGCAUUGUCAAAAUAUAUUCUGGCCCCGCCCCCUUGCCCUGCCCUCCAUUGUUGCACGAUUUGCAGAACAGAAGACGGAGUUCAGUUAGUUUGUUUCCUCUGUUUCCACUGUUUGUUUCCUCAGUGAUUUGUUGGUGAUUGACUGUUCCUCUUUCUGCCCCCAAACCCUUAAAAAUGGGGCUUUCCUCCUCCCUAAAAAAGGUCAACAACAUUGACCCCUGACCCCCCCCCCCAAAUGAGGGUAGAUCACUGCCAGUUUUUAAUUUUGUAAGUAGACCGCAGUCUCUUGGCACAGUGGAACUUCCUUGCCUCUUCUCCCCACUUCUUCAAAUCUGGAAUGUCAGGAGAACCCCCAGAACAGCAUGUAGGGGGAGGAGAGGAGAGAUCGGGUAAACAUGAAUGCUUGCUCUGACAAAUGUUGAAUACCACCUAUUAUCUCCUAUUCUUUGCAGAGCUUGUACCUUUCCUAUAACUUAAAAGGGAGCAAAUGUAUGCAUUACAGAAAAUAUUAUGGUAUUGAUUCAAAUGUGCAAAUAAGGAACAAAUUAUGGGCAACAUACAACAUUUCCCUUUGGAUAAUGUAACAUUGUGUUGCCCAGUACCCUUUCCCUAAAGCAAACAAUUUAAUCUUGUGUUUCUGCACAUACGGUAAUGGCUGAUAUGUUUGUCAUAGUCAGAGUAGACCCACUGAAAUAAGUGGACAAGUAACUUACAUCUGUUGAUUUCAAUGAGUCUGUUCUGAUAUCACACAGUGUUCCUGAUUUGCACUAUAUUAUGUAAACUUAGAACUGUUGAUUGAUGGUACAUUUUUUAAUUUCUGUUAAGCAUGCCAGGAAGUUGCAGUGGAAAUCCGUGGCAAGAUUGAGGAAUUCAGACCAUACAUACCCCUGAUUCAAGGUCUACGCAAUCCUGGUAUGCGCAACCGUCAUUGGGAGAUGCUUUCUGAAGAGAUCAAAAUCAAUGUGAGGCCGAAGGCCAAUUUGACGUUUGCACGCUGUCUGGAGAUGAAGCUUCAGGAUCACAUCGAGAUCAUAGCCAAAAUAGCUGAGAUUGCAGGGAAGGAAUACUCAAUUGAGCAUGUAAGGAGACCAUUCUGUCUGACCUUCCUUGCGGUGUCAUCCUUUAUGCUGCAGUGUUUUCUGUAGAUGAAUGCUUUUCUUCUGAUUGUUCCUCAUAUCCAGGGAUUUUAACAUUUGCCCUAAAUAUUUCAGAAAAUGUCUAACAAAAUCACUAGUCAGCUAAAAAUAAUGUUUUUUUAAAAAAUAGGUAGACUUUCUGAAUGUGCUAGCAAAAUAGGUACUUCUUAAUUUGGCAUGAUGUUGGAAAUGUAUGGGAGAUCUGGAGAAUGUUAGAUAACUUGAGCUUGGAAGGAACUCGUUGGCAAUUACUUCUAUCCCUGUCUGUCUAUGUAUUAUCCCAAACAAGUUUUCUGAUGGAAAGUAAUUUCCAUGUCCUUUGUUCUCUCUAAAGCUAGCCUCAGUCUGUUACCAUGAUCAUUAACCUCCAUUAACUUUUCACUAGUUGCCACCUUAAGGAAGCAAGUGUUUUGCAAAGUCUGUUCGAUAGGGACUAAAGAUUUAUUGCUUCUCAUUUCCCAGGCCUUGGAUAAGAUGGAGCACGAAUGGGAAUACAUCCUCUUCAAUGUAGUUCCCUAUAAAGAAACAGAAACAUUUAUUCUGAAGAGUCCUGAUGAAGCUUCUCAGCUGCUGGAUGACCACAUUGUUAUGACUCAAAGCAUGUCCUUCUCGCCAUUUAAGAAGCCAUUUGAGGAAAGGAUCAACACUUGGGAAAAUAAGCUAAAGAUGACUCAGGUAAUAAUUUUCUAUAUUCUUUUGUGCGCUUGAAAGUGGAAUCGGAUAUAACAAAGGGGAUACUCCAAUUUAGCUGUGAGAAUGAUAAUAGGCUGAGGACAAUUUUGUAUACAUACCUCCAAUACAUGCUCGGAGAUCAGACCCUGUUGACAUGGGAGCUCUGUGUACAGUUUAUAGUUUACACAGAGCUUUGGAUCAGAUUCUGACUUUAAUGAGACUGGAUAGCCACAAGGCUUCACUUCUUUCAGUAAUUUAAAGAGAAUUUUUCAUCCUCUGAAACUUUGGCACUUUUUUUUUAAUACACAACAAAUUAUGGCCUUGCAUAUUUUAGUCACUCUAUUGACCAGGUUCACCCUGAAGAGCCUAAUUUUGUAAGUUGUACCGGUAAUUGCUAGGUCUCACCAUUAGGCAUAUGAGUAGAUUAGGGCCAAACUAGACAUAAUGGUGGUGGAGCUGUACAUCAAGAGAACUGUAGUUCUGGCCCAAAGACAUAUUCAAAUGAAUGCCACCUUUUAAUGGCUUUCAGAGUUUCCUUUUGUUCCACUGAGGCUUCAAGAUAAGACAUAACCAGAUGAAAGGGUUUAAAACCCAUUUCAGGUGUAAAAGUGAAGAAGCAGGAGGGUUCAGCACCUCUCUUCCACCUACCCUCCGUGCUGCACUUUCACACACAAUUAUAAGAAUUUUGAUGGUGUAGUUUCAUCUUUGAACUCAUUCUGGUUUGGGGGCAGGGAGAGAAGCACCUCCCUCCCACCCAUCCCUAAUGUGCUUUAAAUUGUGUGCACACACCCGCACUUACAGCAAUUUGAUGGCAGCUUUUACACUCAAAUAUCUUAAAUAAGCCUUUUAGUUACUGAUGGAAGCAAGCAGGUCUUUUGCAAUGAACAGGUAAUAACAGCACAGUACUUUUAUUAGUGAAGUGUUUUGACAAUGCAGAACAUGUGCUUUUAUGUUAUCAUUCUUUUGCUUUAUUAAUGGGCAUUAGCCAUCCUUAUGCGCUUGAACCAGAGUCUGCAGAGUAUGUUCUGAUUGCCUCAGGAUGAGAAAGGGAUGGAACCCAAGGCUGUAAGGAAUCAGGUGACAAGCUUGUUCUGAUGUGAUUAUGUGUGCGCUGUGUGUGGAUUUGGAUGUGGAAUUGUGACUGGCCUUCCCUUCUUUUUUACUCCUUUUACUGAUAUGGGAUUUCCACAUGGUGAAGGCAUUGAGAUUUUUUUUACUGAAGAAGAAAAACCUCCCCACAGAGUAGUAAUUUCAGGCUUUGUAAUAAAAUGUUUCUAUCUUGGUAGUUAAAGCAUAUUAGGGGGACAGAAAAUGGAAUGGUGACAAAGACUAUGAAGGGCCAUAUAAACCAUCCUCAGUUUACUAAAACUGCUACAGCGAUUCAUUGCUACAAGAAGAAUGGGCAAUUGUUAUCUACUGACUCAAGCAACAGGAUAAGAGGCAAAGGGGUUAAGUUGUAUAUCCAUCAUAUUGGGGUUGAAGGCAGAGAUACACCACUAUGAAUGUUUAGGACUCAGAUGCCCUUCACCUCAGUCUCAGAAAGCUUCAACACACAUUUAUAUUUCUGUAUGGCUUCUUGACCGUCCACACAAGUCUCAGUGCUGCCUGCUUUGAAGAAGACACUUCAUUACACACCUGUCUGCCCACGAAAUCUGAAGAGCAAAGAGCAAAGUAAUUUCUGAACCUCCAGCCUGUCUCUGAGAGAGAUUGUAUGCCUGCCAGUACCAAUGAGACUGGAAGAGCGCAGAACAUCUUUAAUCAGGUGUCUAGGAAGUGGUGUUUUGAAUCUGGCUAAGCCACAACACUUCAAAAAGUAGUUUUAAAAUAAACAAACACCAGGACGUUCUGCAAGCAAUUACUUCGGCUGUUCAUAGAGAACAUUCUAUCACUCGGACCAUUAACUAAUUUAAUGUGAGCCGGAUCGGACUUCUGGAGCCUAACUGUUCCACAUUUAGCCCAAAUUGAGAAGUGUUAUUCUCCCUGAAUAAUAAAUGCUAAUUUCACUGGGAGUGUGAAAAGCAAGCAUAAAUUGGCUCACAGUUUUGCAUGGCUCCUAAGAAGGGACACUUGGCACAUUCAAAAACAGUGCCUAGUUGUUGCUGUUUUCUCUACCAAACGACCCCCUCUUCUUGAGGGUUUUAAAGGGAUAUGUGGGUGAUCCAUUAGUCUAGUUAACCAAAUGUGACUCAUUCCUUGCUAUGUGCUCAAGGAAUAGCUAUUGUUUUCUCAGCUAAGGACAUUAUUUAAAGGGCUUCUAUUUGUCUGGGGCCUUACUAACUGUUCAGCACUGUGCCCCAGUUCAUACAUGCAAAAUUUCUCCAUGCAGAGUGGCCUGUUUCCUGCAACCACAGUGCUAUUUUUUAUAGAAAAAGAGGUCCUGGAACUCAGCAUGAACACCUCCCCCAUUCUCUUACAAUGGCAAUGCCAUCCACCUAAGAGGUGCUGGAAUUCAGUUCCUGUGAGUUAAUCCUAAAAAAAUUCCUGUGCAGCCACAUAGAUGAUGUAACAUAUGGACUGGAUUCCUUGCAUGAUUUCUCCUCCACCUGAGGGAGAGAAAUCACAGGAGCAGGGGCUCAGCUCAAGCAGGCCUCAGAACUGGGCAGCCGAUUCAUUCCCUAAAUGUAUGAACUGUGGCAAUGAAAUGCAUCCCUUAGAUCGAGAGUUCAAAAUUAAGAUUUUAUUGAAUUUUAUAUUCAUGAUAGAAGUAAGAUUCAUAAAAACAAUGAAAAAGGAUCUAUGGCAGUAGCCCCCGAUCUAAAUUGAUUGCUUAAUUCAGUUUUUGCAGUUGAGGCUCAUUUUUUCACUUUCAUCUAAAUGACACAACUCAAAUUAUUUUUCCCACUGUUAUUGUGCUAUAUAUAAGAAGAAUCAAUACAAAUCCAUGAUCAUUUUUAUCAUCACCAAAACUCAUGGAGUUAAAAAUUAUGUAAAUUAUCAUUUUUCCAGUGAAGUUUCCCAAAUCUCCCGAAAUGUAGCAGAAAUUCUGUUUGUUUAAUAAAGGGCAACUAAUUCAUAAUAACCAUAACCAACCUAGCCUUAUUUAUUGAUGCUUGAAUUGUGUGACCAUCAUCAUGAUUCUAGUUUUUAUGCACGAUGAUCCUUGCAUGGAGCAACACAUUCUCUACUAGGUUCUGAUGCUUGAGUACAUUCUGUUAUCUGGAGUGGCUGAGUUAGCUUUGCCUAUCACUUCUGGGAAAACAUAUCCCUAUCACCACAGAAAGCCUUCUUUCAAACUGGCAGUUAUUAAGCAACACAUCUCAUGGAUUCUAUUUGUCACUAGGAGAUCUCAAACCAUCAUAUUAACAUUGCUGUUUUAAUGUUAUUCCCACGAAAGUAAAUACAUAAGUCCAGUAGUAUUUCUUGUAGAAAAAGGACCUGAGUACUGUCAUGUAGCUUCUUACUAGUAUUAUAGUGUAUAAGAAUUUAACAACAUCUUGGCUUCAGUGGGAUUUAAACAGCAAAAGUGCUGCAAAAGAAUUGUAGCCAAAAUCCCUUUAUUACAGCUACAACUUUUGAUAUUUGUUGUCAGCUGUUGAAAGUACUAUCAUCAUGAGUGGACAUGUUUCAGUUAUUGUUCAAAUACUUGGCACACACACAAAAUGGAGCUAAAUUGCACCUUCCAUUGGUUUUUGCAUCUUUUUGUUUUGCCGUGCUCUGUUGUAAAUAUUUGGAUUUCAUUCCAAAUAUUUUAUGUAAAUGUUGUAAGUUGAAUAUGCAAUUCAGCUUUCUUCUUGCAUGAUAUGUAUCUGAAAAAAAUGCUUAACACCAAAAUAUGACUCCUUCCCUGUAUGGCUUUGCAGUGUAUGUAUUACCACUGAGUUUACUAAUACACCAGACCAGUUGUAUCUGUCUUAAACAUACUCACUAGCGUGAAAGUCUCUUUGAAUAUAGUCUCUUAGAAUACAAUGGGCUGGAUUCAACUAAAUAGUUAUGCUAGCACAAUGGGGCUUCCCUCCUCUCCUCUCAUGCCCCCCGUCAGGCACAAUUCUGUCUCCAAUGCUAAAUAGAUUUUACAUUGAUGCUUAUCAAUAUGAAGCUGUUGGGAGUGGUCCUUAGGUGUUAUGGAGAAUGGUGCCAUCAGUACUCUGAGGGCAUGCAGCUCCACAUCUCCAUGAUAUUUGAAUCGGGAGAGGCUGUGCAAGUGCUAGCUUGUUGCCUUAAUGCAGUGGUGGGCUGGAUGAGACCCAAUAAAACUGAGUUUAAACCCCGGGAAGAGGGAGUUUUUGUGUGGAUGGUGGUUCCUGUGUCCAAAAUAUAGGCUACUUGCCUGUUCUGGGUGAAGCUGCACUCCCUCUAAAGGAGCCAAAAUGUAGUGUGGAGGUACAUCUGGAUGCAUCUUUCUCAUUAGAGGCCCAAGUAACCUGCAGCUAGGAGUGCCUUUUACUAGCUUCAUCUGGUAGACCAGCAACAGCUGAAGUGGGAUAACUCAGCCCCUAUAGUGCAUGCUCUGGUCACCCUGAGAGUGGAUUACAACAAUGCCCUCUAUUUGAAGCUGCUCUUGGGCCUGGUCUGGAAGCUCUAGCUCGUGUAGAAUGCAGGAGCUAAAUUACUGAUGGAGGCAGAUAGCCAACAGCAUGUGACACCUCUGUACUGGCUGUCCAUAUGCUACUGGUUCAAGGUUCAAGGCUGUUGUUUGAGCUGCAAAGCCCUGAACAACUUUGGCUCAAGAUGCAAAAAAGAAGAAGAAGAAGAAGAAGAAGAAGAAGAAGAAGAAGAAGAAGAGAGGACCAUCUGAGCCCUUAUAUCUUAGCUCAGUCACUGAGAUCAUCUAGAGUUAUCCCCUGUGCAACCGAGGCUCAAUUGACUACAACUAGACUGGACUCAACUAGACUUGAACCUGCCCAAGGAUCAUUCUGGAGAGUUGCAGUUUUCUUUCUUUUUCAUAUUAGGACAUUUACUGUGAUACCAAUGGAGUAGGCAAUAGCUUGAAUACUUCAGACUACAAAGAAAAUCCAGAUACUCUAAUAUUUGUAAUAUUAACAUGUAUAAUUUGUAGACUCUUCCCCUAGAGAUCUUCAGUUUGAGCCCAGAACAUAAAUAAUGGAACCAAUUCCUUUAGGUGGUAAUCCUAUACCAGGCACCCCCAAACUCGGCCCUCCAGAUGUUUUUGGACUACAAUUCCCAUCAUCCCUGACCACUGGUCCUGUUAGCUAGGGAUGAUGGGAGUUGUAGUCCCAAAACAUCUGGAGGGCCGAGUUUGGGGAUGCCUGCCCUAUACUCAUUUACUUGGGAGUCAGUUCAAUUUAAUUCAGUCGGAAUUAAAUCUGAGUAAAUAUGUAUUGGUGUGCCUGUUGGUGUGCUUUUCCUGAUGUGCAUGCAUUCCUGUCAGGAUGUCUUGGAAGAAUGGCUGACAUGUCAGCGUUCCUGGUUGUAUUUGGAGCCCAUUUUCAGCUCAGAAGACAUCAACAGACAAUUGCCAGUGGAAAGCAAGCGCUACCAAACUAUGGAGAGGUCAUGGAAAAAAAUCAUGAAAAAUGCUGAUGAGAACAGAGAGGUGAGGUUAUGUCAAUGCUUGGCUGCAAAACACAGAGUCUGUUACAUUUUUAAAAGUUGCUCAUCUUUGCUUUUAUAUGUUCCUGCAACUAAUCUAUUCAGGUGCCAGCAGAACUAACAGUUGUUGGUCAUGCUGUUCCCAGGUGAUUAAUGUGUGUCCUGAUCCCAGGCUGCUGGAAAAGCUGCGGGAAUGUAAUAAGCUACUUGACCUGGUGCAGAAAGGCCUAAGUGAAUACUUGGAGACCAAGAGAGGAGCUUUCCCAAGGUAAUUCUAUUCAUUGAGGCUGAACUUCAACAUACUACUUCAGUAUGCAGCAAAGGGACAACAGGUCUUAGAGCCAAUAAUUUCUGCAGAUCUACUCUAAGUAGGACUUGCAUUUGAUAAAAUCUAUAUGUUAGAAUUCAGGAAAUGUCCAGUGGGGAGAAUAUGGAUCCUAUGGUGUGUGUUUUUGAGGGUCUAGUGCACCCAGGUUCUUUCAGGGAGAAAAUUGCCUCAGUCACCCAAUAACAGCCACUAGCAAAGUGAUUUUACUCUGAAGUAAGUGUUUUAGGAUUAUGGUCAAAGUUUUAAACAUCAUUUUCAGCAUUUAAUCUUGGAGUGCUUUCACUGGCAGAAAAGCUAGAGACCCGGAACAAAACACCAGUCUUCUUUCUUUGCAGAUUUUACUUCCUUUCUGAUGAUGAGCUGUUAGAAAUACUAUCUCAGACCAAAGACCCCACAGCUGUGCAGCCUCAUCUCCGCAAGUGUUUUGAGAAUAUUGCUCGGGUAAAUAAUAGCCAUCCACUUUGAGGGUCCUGCUUGUACUGUGAAGAGUCAGAGAGGAAUGGAGCGAACAGGUUCUGCUAUGCUAGCAUGAUUAUAGUAACAGCUGGUAUUUAGCUAGAUACAUGAAAGAAGUCAGUUACAAGUCUGCAUGCUUCAGUUUGCUGUGUGUGUGUGUGUGUGUGUGUGUGAGAGAGAGAGAGAGAGAGAGAGAGAGAGAGAGAGAGAGACAGAUAGAGAGAGACAGAUAGAGAGAGACAGAUAGAGAGAGAGAGGAGAGUUUUUCUCAGUGGAUGAUAGCCAUUCAAUCACCACAGGUUGCAAACUAGGUGCCCAUUUCAGAGGAGACCACAAACUGAAUUACACAAGCAAAGGUGUAGCAAUGUAGUUUGUUUUGAGUUUGCCCACUGAUUUUAGAAGGCUCAAAACAUACCCUGUUCUGUGCCAGUCUCUUCUUUUUGGUACCUAUGCCCCUUCUUUUUCAGGCUGAAUGAGAUUAAUAAGGAGGCAUAUUACCAUACUGCGUCGUCUCUUCCUGUUACAUGUAGAGAAUACUUAUGUGACCUUUUAAUCCAGCACCUUUAACUAGCACAGUGCUUAUAUAUUGAAAUAUAUGCCUUUGUAUAUGAAUCAACAUCUAGUAAGUUAAUGAACAUUUGCAGAGUGAGCUUCAAGGGGUUUGAAUUUAGGGCAGUGAAGUUGAUUGUAAUAUAUAUAUAUAUAUAUAUAUAUAUAUAUAUAUAUAUAUAUGCAUGCUUUGGAUCCCACACAACAGUGAAUCUACAGCCUUGUGCAAAGUAGGGGAUGGAGGGUAAUUUUCCUACUUGGCUUCUCAUGCUGUGCUUCCUCUCACUAGCUGCACUUUCAGGAAGAUCUUCAAAUUACACACAUGUAUUCUGCAGAAGGGGAAGAAGUAAAACUUUUCUCUCCCAUUUAUCCUACUGGCAAUGUGGAAGACUGGUUGCUGGAAGUUGAGAGGAUCAUGAGGGCCAGUGUGCGGGACAACAUUGAAAGGUCCAUCAAGGUUUAUCCAAAGGUAAGUGUCUUGCAUAGAACUAUGUAAAUUUCACUUAAGAAAUGGAACUUGUUUGUGGGUUUGGGAUGCUUCAUCUUAAAAACCAGUGGACAGCAAUCUCUGCUGAUGGAUCUUUGAAAUAUAUUUCUAAUAAUCCUCUGGCUUUCCAUCUGUAUGCUUGGAUCUUAAUGGUGCAUAUAACUGCAUUCCUACUUGUAUCUUGUAGUCUUGUCUAUUUUGGGAUCAGCAUUCUUUCAUCCUCUAGAUUAUUCUUGGAAUGCAUUAUCCUGAUAGGGAUUGCAGAAGUGCAGUCAACAACCAUUUGGUGUGGGGGUUCUGUUCCAUGCCCCCAUGUGGUGGCGGAGUGCAUAUAAGUGCCCUCUGUUCUGUUCUGUUCUGCCCUGCCCCUGUUCCACACCCGUUCUGCCCUUUUAGUGACCUUUUCGGGUCAUUUCCAGGUUUAACGCUGUGAGCACAUGUGCGAUCGCACAUCAGUUGGACUCAUGUUCAUCGGUUGUUGCCUACAAGCCAAAUGAUUGGCACAGUAGGCAGUCUGUACCCUAACUUACGCAUUGGAUUUUUUAAACCUGGUGACAAUAUUUUGGAAACAAUGCAAUAUGUAAGGCCAGGGCUUUUUUUCUGGAAAAAGAGGUGCCAGGAUUUGGGAAGCUUCUGCUAAAGAGAAUUCCAUGGUUGAUGGUGUCUUUUGUCUUACCUUGGCUCACAUAUGGAAAAACUCAAAAAGCAGCAUAGCCGAGCUCAGAGAGUAUAGCAGGGCAUAGAGAAGGACAGGGUGAUCUAGGGCUGGAACUUUUGUCAGAAACAGCUACUAUACUUUAAACAGUGAUGAAACCGGGUGGGGGGGGGAGUUCUCCAUUGUAUUUAAUAUUAAGGCCAUAUGUUUUUAAUAAAGACACCACGGACUACAUGGGUCUUAGAUUGGCCAGGCCAGGUGACCAUUGCCGGAUGUCAGACGUUCUGGACAAAAGAAGUGUCAGAGGCCCUGGAAGCUGGAGAUUUGGCCACCAGGUUGUUUCCACAGCUAAGUGCUCAGGUAAAAAUGUCACUUCAUUGUGUAACUUAGACUCAGUUGCUUCUGCACUGAAACCCUGCUUUUUAUAUCACCUAGUUGGCCAAGGCUGGGGACCCUUUUUCAGCCUGAUGGCAACAUUUCUUUGUGGGGAACCUUCCAGGGGUUGCAUGUCAGUGGUGGGUGGGCCAGAAACUUGUCCUAUGCAUUAGCUUCGCGCCCCCCCCCAAAGAUAUAAUGAAAAACUCAUAAAGACAAAGAUCAAGACAAUGCCCACCAGCCCUUGCUUCACUGCUAUCACAGAAUUGUAGGGUUGCAAGGGACCCUGAGGUUCAUUCUAGUCCAACCUCCUGCAAUGCAGGAAUCUCAACUAAAGCAGCCAUAACAGAUGGCCAUCCAAUCUCUGCUUAAAAACCUUCAAGGAAGGAGAGUCCAUUGCUUCUCGUGGGAGUCUGUUCCAUUGCCAAACAGCUCUUACUGCCAGAACGUCCUUCCUGGUGUUUAGUCAAAAUCUCCCUUCUUGUAACUUGAAUCCAUUGGUUCGGGUCCUCCCCUCUGGAGUACGAGAAAACAAGCUUGUGGCAGCCCUUCAGAUAUUUGCAGAUGGAUACCAUACCUCCUCUCAGUCUCUUCUUUAGCAGGCUAAACAUACCCAGCUCCCUCAACCAUUCCUCAUAAGACUCGGUUUCCAGACACUUGAUCUCUUUGGCUGCCCUCCUCAGCACAUGUUCCCGCUUGUCAAUAACCUUCUUAAAUUGUGGCACUCAGAACUAGACACAGUACUCCAAGUGGGGUCUGACCAAGGCAGUCUAGAGUGGUACUGUUUCUUCUCCUCCCCUCACAAAAUGUAACUUGUGAGGAAGGCGGAGAAGUGGCUUUUCUUUUUCUCCUAAGGGACUCCAGUUUUCUUACACACUUCAGUACAUUGCUAACUAUAGAAUGCCAAGUAGAUACGACAUAUUUCUCCAAGGCAUGGCCUGACUUGUUAUGCUUUCCUUGCACAGCUGAGCGACCUAGUAGCACUUGUGCGAGGGAAGCUGUCUCGGAUGCAGCGGGGAGUGUUAUCAGCUCUCAUUGUGAUUGAAGUUCAUGCCAAGGAUGUGGCAGCUAAACUUGUUGAGGAGAAUGUCAGCAGUGAGAAUGAUUUCGAGUGGAUUUCCCAGCUCAGGUGAGACAUUUCCUAGAAUCUGUUAUCACUGUUUUUGGGUAGUGAGACAGAUACCUGUCUUCAGCUACUGUGAGGUACAUGAACUAGGCAGGGCACCCUGAAGCACACAGCCUUAGAGAAAGAAUAAUCACAAAGGUCUGAAAAGGAUCGUCUGACUGUUAUUGUAUCAUUCUACUUAGGGGUUAUUCCAACCCAAUAACACUCCCUUCCAAAAUAAAUUCACAUUAUCUUUCUUCUCUUUAUCUUUCUUCUCUUUAUCUUUCAACUGCUUUAUGCUAGUUGCUGAAAGGUGUUCUACACUUAACCUUUUUUGUGGCUGUGGAAAAUUUCUGUUAAAUCUACUGUUUUUUCUGCAUACAUAACAUUAUUUUCUGCAUACACUAACAUUACUCAUUAAAUGUCCAGUUUUUCAAUAAUGACCACUCCCCACAUCAAAUGGGGGCACCUUUUGCGUGGUCGUGUGCAGCCCCCCCGGAUCCCAGUGCAGCUCCUGGUAGUUCAGGCUGGCUUCAUCCUCCCCAGACUGGAUACCGGAGGUCUCCGCCUACCCCAAUCCUGUCUGGGGAGGUGUUGCCAGGGGAUUGGCCAGGUAAGGGAAGGGACCACCCUGCCACUCAACAGAAGGUGAAUCUUACCUGUGAAGCGGCAGUCAGCUCCAGAGCUUUUUCAAUAAUAUGCAGGUGGAACAUGCAACGUUAUAAAAGAAUAUGCAUUGUUUAGUGUGAACAAAAUACAACCAAAUAAACAGGACUGCGGUGUUUAAACUGAUGGUAUAAGAAACCCUUUGUUAGCUCUUGCAGUUUUCUUCCUAUGUCAUUUUGCAUUUAACUUUUCUUUAACAUUAGGUACUACUGGACAAGAGAUGAUUUGUAUAUCCGGGCAGUGAACGCUGAAUUUAUCUAUGGCUAUGAAUACUUGGGCAACAGUGGGCGCCUGGUGAUUACACCUCUCACUGACAGGUAUCAUAAUUUAUUAGACUAAAAAACAACAACUUGUCUCCAUAAUCUUGAAUGAAUAAAUCACUCUUUGAGAGCUGAAUCAAGGGUCAACUCUGCCAGUGUAGCAUCUGCAUUGUGGAUUAAUUGUAGUUUCUGAGUCAUCUUCAAAGGUAGUCCCACAUAGAGUACAGUGGUGCCUCGCAAGACGAAAUUAAUCCGUUCCGCGAGAGUCUUCGUCUAGCGGUUUUUUCGUCUUGCGAAGCAAGCCCAUUGACGGAUUAGCGCUAUUAGCGCUAUUAGCGGUUUAGCGGCUAUUAAAGGCUUAAAGGCUUAGGGAUUAGCUGCUAAAAGGCUAUUAAAGGCUAUUAAAGGCUUAGCAGAUUAGAUAAAGGGGGAAAGCGGAAAAAAAACCUCAAGACUCGCAAGGUAUUUUCGUCUUGCGAAGCAAGCCCAUAGGGGAAUUCGUCCUGCGAAGCAACUUCAAAACGGAAAACCCUUUCGUCUAGCGGUUUUUCCGUCUUGUGAGGCAUUCGUCUUGCGGGGCACCACUGUACAUUGCAGUACUCCAAGCGGGGCCAGGCAGCAAGAGUAUGCUCAAAGCCCAAGACCUAACAUGGAAGCUCCUAAAAACCAGAUACAUACGGAGUCAGUGGGAAACUGGGCCUAGUUCUUGUGUCUGCGUAUGCCAAAUAUGGUGAAGUGUUUAGGAACAGAUUCCACAUGUGUCUUAGAGAAACUAUGUUCAAAGUGCAUAACUUUCUUUUAAAAAGCUUUUUAUUUAGUUGACCAAUGCAUAUAUGCGUGUGGUUGGUUGUUGUUUUUUUAAAAAAGUUGACAAUGUAGUACAGUGGUACCUCGGUUUAAGAACAGUCCUGUUUACAAAUGAUUUGGUUGAUGAACUCCACAAAACUGGAAGUAGUGUCUCGGUUUGCAAACUUUACCUCAGUCUAAGAACGGAAUCCGAACGGUGGAAGGGCACUGGCGGCUGGAGGCCUCAUUAGGGAAAGUACACCUUGGUUUAAGAAUGGUUUCGGUUUAAGAACAGACUUCCAGAACGGAUUAAGUUCGUAAACCGAGGUACCACUGUAAUCGGUUGCAUGCAUCGAAGAUGGAUUGCAUUUCUGCAGGCUGAACAAGGAUAUAGCCGUUCAGUUCUCAAUAAUGGUAACAGAAGCAGUUUAAUCAAGUGGUCCUCCAUGGAUAAUAUUGAAUGAUGGUUAUUCAUCAUUAAACAGUAUGGUUAAAGCAGCUCUCUGAGAAUAAUAACAUAUGAUCUAUGUCUUCUUUUUAAAAAUUCUUAUUCCUUUUGAGUACCAUUAUUGAUUAUUGAUGCUUUAGCAGAGCAAGGGAUGGGAUAGCAAAUGAAUGUGUUGAAGUGCUAAUAUAAUUGUUCUCAGGAGGUUUCAACUGGAUCUCACUUGUUCUAGCUAUUAUUGAUCAUCAUAUUAAGGUCAUAAAGCAUAUUUAGAUCAGAAAACCUAGUGAGUCCCUUUAAAAAUAUUUUUCCUGCAGCAUGUCAUUUUGAAGUAUUGAAAUCCACCCCGGGUAUACCUUUUAUUGCAGAACGCACAGAGAAGUAGACUUAGGAUGCAGUCUAUCUCAUUUACUGUCACCUUCUUGGUGGUAAACAAUCUUCCCAGUUUUCAGCCACUGGCUAUAUACAGGAUUGUAUUCAAGUACUGUAACUUUUAUUUAGAAUAGACUCAUUGAAAUUUAUGAACCUAAGUUAGUCAUGGUCAUUAAUUUAUAUAGGUCUGCUCUGGAUAAAAGCUAGUUGUAAACAACCCACAGUUUUCUGUAGACAAAAAGCACCUGCAGCAAUCAAUCAAUCAAUCAAUCAAUCAAUCCCAAGAAAGCCAACUGACUCUUUAAAAGGGUGUGUACUUUUUUAACCCUAGUCAGUGUUGGGGCCCUAUGUGGUUUUUAAAACAAAACCCAGAGAAGCAGAUAAAUGACAUUCUUCUGACACACCACACAUAUGUCACAAUUUAUUUCAGGACAUUUCACACACACACCCAAGACACAUUUGAAUUGGGCUGGUUUACAACAUAGGCAAAAAAAUGUACAAGAUUGCUCUUCAUUACAGUUUUGGUUUGUUUGUUUUAAAAAGCUGUCUGUGGCUCAGUUUGCAUUUAGCACUAAACCAGAUCAUGCCUUAGCACAUAUGCACAGGUUUCCAGAGAGGAGAUUGUGACUGCUUUGCUCCUUCUCCAAUCUCACUGUGACUCUGCUACUCUGACAAAGUCAUGGUUUGCCUUAGCUUGUCAUAUGAACUCAGAGCUAUGGUUUGUUUCUCUCCAUGCAAGCAAAGAGCUGUAACCAAUAUGUGUUCUUGGUUUACAGCUCAUAGUUUGUCUGGAGGAGACAAACCAUGAGCCAAAAGGCUCCCCCAAAUUCACCCAUUAAUUUUUUUUUGUAUUACAUUAAAGGAAAUACUGACCACUCCCAUGGAUCCUCUUCUGUGUUUUCAAAAUGUUUUGUGAUUCUCUCAAGAUCCCCCAAAUUUGUCCUUUUGUUGUUGUUGUUUUUUUAAAAAAAUUGGUCACAUCCACUUUUAUACUUUGGGCAUGCCCACCAUGAGAUGUAGGCCCCAGAGGGUUUGCCUGAAAAAGGUGAGCCCACCCCUUUCAUAGUGUUCUGAUCUUCCCUCAUAGUAUACUGUCAUUUGAUAAUAAACUGCAUUCUUCUUAACAUAAUGAGCUAUUUGGUAAUGUUUAUAAAUAAAAUAAUACAUUUUUCAUUGUGUGGCAUUUGACUAGAUGAACCCUUCCAGCCUUAAAAUUAUUUGAUUCUUUGUGAUAGAUGCUACUUGACACUUACUGGAGCAUUGCACUUGAAAUUCGGGGGCGCUCCUGCAGGACCAGCUGGAACAGGCAAAACAGAGACGACUAAAGAUCUGGGGAAAGCUUUAGCUAUCCAGACGGUUGUGUUUAAUUGCUCUGAUCAGCUUGAUUUCAUGGCAAUGGGGAAAUUCCUGAAAGGACUAGCCAGGUAUUACAAAACAAUGCCAUAUAUGAAUAUGCUACACAGGGGGUGGAUCAUAACACAGCCGCAACAUUAUUGGUUUGGCAGACAAUACAUGAAUCAGAAUAUUGUUGCAUCCAAUACAUCUAAGCAGAGGGGAGUCUAUGAGAACCCAGAACAAGUAGCUAGCCUAGUGAUAAUUUCCCUACUAGCAAUCUCCAUAUAUUGCCUGUCUGAGCAUUCUGUAGAGAUGUAUCACUAUAUUUGGUUUGAUAGAGUAAAAGAGAACCCAAUAAACAUUUAGAUUGUGCUAACUUACAUAGUUUAAAGUCCAGUCACCUUUGGAAGCUGGGCCCAAUUUACAUAUUGUGACUGUCCCAAAGAGAACAUGUAAAAUAGUUGCUCGUGAAGGUUGGUAUCAAAUGGUAGGCAAUUUGCAUAAAUUAACUUGCCACCAGUAACAGCCAGCAUGGUGAGACAGAGCUACACUCCCAACACCAGCAUCUCUGCAGGUUGCCUGGAAGGCACUGGGGCAGUAGUGAGGCUGGUGCUGUACAAAUGCAGCAGCAGAGCCAAUCCUGCACUCCCAGCAGCACAUUGGUGCAGCCCCAACCUCACUGCCAGCCUACCUUCCUGCCCCAGUGCUGUCUAGAUUGGCAUAAUCUCUUCAUUCCUUUUAAGACCAACUGAUUUUUUGCUAGUAACUAUUGGAUUCCUGAUACUGUCUUCUCCUUAUAUGCUCAGUUCUGGAGCCUGGGCUUGCUUCGAUGAGUUCAACCGCAUUGACAUUGAAGUGUUGUCUGUAGUUGCCCAGCAAAUCACAACAAUUCAGAAAGCUCAACAGCAGAGGGUAAGUUAAGGAAGUGAAGAGUGAAGGAAUUUGGCUUCCCGAACCACACUUUUAUUUCUCUGGUAGGUACUAGGACAUCACCAAGUGGGAUAUCAUUAUGCUCCACUUCCUUGAAGGCAGAAAAAAAUGUCACCACUCCUAAAGGCUUCUGUGUUGCCCCUCCUCUAGAGUGACAUUUCAUUUUUUCUGCCCUUGCUUGAAGCAGACCAAGCUGGUGCUCUUCUGACCUUUAAUUGUUUGUUUGUGCAUAUAAUUUGGUUGCUUUUCCCUUGUGUAUAUGGUUCUUGGUUGUCUCCUGAAGUUUUUCUCCCCAGUGGGCUGUUUUUUUGUGGGGGUUUGAGUGAUUUCUGAAAUGCUAUUUAAAGCUUGUUGUUUUUCCUGCCUACGUAUUGGCAGAUUUAGGGGGUUCUCCUCCUUUAUAUUGGCAGUUCCAUAAUCAUUUAAUAGAAUGCAUAUUUUAAAUGUCAGAUGAUUUUACUUUUAUUACUUUCUUUGACAGGUAGUCCUUUGGAGACCUUUUUUAAUAUGAAUAUUUUUCUAAUAGAAUAUUGAACUGGAAAAUUCUGCUUCCCUAAUUAAGAGAAAAAGAAGCUUUCAAGGCUCCUGUUAGUCCCUUCUGCCACUUAACUGGCAGUUUGGUGUAGGAGUUUUGGGCGCUGCACAGGUUUUCAUAGCAUGGCAAAACCCUGCUACUACACAGAGGUUUGAAUAGUUUUCACCUAGCUGAAGAAACUUCUUUUCAAAGUUAAUUGGCUGGUUUCAAUACAUUCAGAAGGGUCGUUACUUGCAUUUUCUGGUGCUUGUUAUGUAAGCUGUUCUCUUCAGAUUGUGGGCUACAGAGUAGGUAUCUCUGUUCUGGUGUUCUAGUUCUGCCUCAAGUAUGUUGGUACAAAAACAUUAUCCAGUGUUUGUUUUCUUUGCUGUUCAAGUAGAAAUUUGUUGUUUAAGUAGGUGAACAUAUGACAAGCCUCAAGACAAUUGUAGAGGCUCUCCAGCAUGGAACCCACUGGUGGGUUCUACUGUAUUUCUUUUAUUUAUUUAUGCAAUUUAUAGUCAGAGAGGCAUAGCUAACCGGUUACAAAGACUCAAAGGCAGAAAAAAAGUCAUUACUCCUAAAGGCUUUUGUGUUGCCCCUCCCCUGGAGUGAUAGUUUGCCCUUCCACCAGACCAUAUGACAGACAUCCUAGAAAGAAACUAAUGGCAUGACAGACUCCAGACACCAGGAGUAGCCAUCCAUAAUAUAAGAAAUGUAAACAAUGCCAGUGAAGGGUGGGCCUUGGUGAUGUCCUAGUGCCUCCUUAGAAACACCUUUCAGGUCAAUACCAUAGGCACCAGGACACCAGCAAAUGACAUGUUCCAAAGUUACCCCUAGUAAUCCUGGGGUGGGAGCUGGCAAAUUAAUGAUGAGGAAUUAAUUUCUGGAGGAUAUGCCUUCCAAAUGCAUCCUCCAAGGAAGCAUGCAAGUCCAUCUUAUAACUCUCUGUGAAAGAAUUUGGAGUAGCCCAAGUUGCCAUCUGACACACCACUAGAAGAGAUGCAGUGGAUGCAAAUGCAGCCAAAGCCACUGCAGGGUAGAAUAAGCCAAAGCCACUGCAGGGUAGAAUAAGCAACCAUGCCUUAGGAUGAACCAAGUUCAGGGAAGUGCAAAUCUAAGGGAGGGAUGUCAUUGUGUGUCCAACUGAAUUCUAAACAAAUCUGGUCCUGGCUGCAAGCCAAUGAGUGGGUAGUGUUCUUCUUUGGACCAGCCCAGUAAGGACAUUUGACUGGAUUUGUAGGGUUAUAUUUAUCUGUUUUGACACAAAAAGGAUUUUGUUCCAUCUGGAACUUACCAGCAAGUCAUUCACUAUGAUAAUGUUUUACUGGGUCUAGGUGGAUCGCUUCAUGUUUGAAGGAGCUGAAAUUGCACUGGUUCCAUCUUGUGCGGUCUUCAUCACAAUGAACCCUGGCUAUGCCGGACGCACUGAGCUGCCGGAUAACUUAAAGGUAACUAAAGACUGCUGGACUUGGCUACACUCAGUUCAUAUAUGAACAGCUGUCUCUUACUUAACUAUAAUGCUAUAAGAUGACAUCUACGUUCUAACUAUCUUAGGAUGCAGUUCUAAGGUUAGGGGAAGGGGCAGGAACAAAAGGCAGUUCAAUGACCACAUCCAAAGGUCUGCUGGGCUCAAGCUGCCAGGCCAGGCCAGAAAUGAGGCCGAGGAGCAAUCUUGCAGUCCUUGGUCUAUUUCCAGAUUUAAUUCCCACCUUCUGUACAUUUUCCCUCUCAAAUGGAGCAAGAUAGUGGAGGGAGAGAUUGAGUCAUGCUUAGAGGUAUGUCUAAAUUUGUCCCCAGUUUGGGGGUGUAUCAGGGGACUAGGAGAGAGUUGGAUCCUUCAAAUCCCAGCUGUUUCCUGGUCUUCCUCAGGCACACCUCUUAAUGUCUCCCAAUAUAUCUCCAUUUUGUCUAUACUGACAUUGCAGCUCAAACACUGGUUGGACCAGGGUGUUAGUGGCUUUGGUGUUGGGGGCAGGAGCUGACAUCAGAACUCCCUCUCUGAUGUUGGAGCUCUGUGUCUGACUUUGGAGAGGAAUAGCUGAUAUAUUCUGCCAUAUAUAGAGGAAUCCAUCCUUUAUUUGUAGGGGAUGGGAGUAUCCCAACCCCUAGAAUGUAUUGCUUUGAAAAUCUCUUCCAAUUUCAAAGCAUAGGUAAAUUUGGUGAAAGAGAUUUCAUUCCACUCCCACAAAGUUAGGAAAAUCACUUAAAUUCACGUUGGCAAGGGAGACUGUUUUUGAAUGCUACUAAGUCUGAUUAUGCAAUAAGAUGUUAUAUUAUCCCCCAAAUGGUUGGAAAUGCCUCCUCAGAAAUCUCAAACAUUAAAAAAGAUCUCAGAUGCAACUGGCAAAUUUCAUAGAUUCUGUCUUCUGUGUGCAAUUAUAAAGGGUUGCUGCCACUUGGUUGAUAAUCUCUUUUGUGCAGAUUGCUUUUAAUUUGCUUACCAUCCAUAAGCACAGAUUGCUAAGAGUGAAUGUAUGUGGAGCCUUCCCUCUUCAUGGUGACUGUAUACCUUCCAGGCUCUUUUUCGUCCUGUGGCUAUGAUGGUUCCAGAUUACUCUAUGAUUGCUGAGAUUUCUCUGUAUUCAUUUGGCUUCAAUGAAGCCAAAGUUCUGGCAAAGAAGAUCACUACCACCUUUAAAUUGUCUUCUGAACAACUCAGUUCCCAGGUCAGUAUUUUUGAGCCAUCCAGCCUUCCUAACAUAGGCAGAAUCUUUAAAGUUUCAUUAGAGUACAUCCUGUAGCUCAGAAUUGUUGCUGAUUCUGAUAUCUUGGCGCACCAUAUUCUCUUCUCACUUUCAUUGCUAUCUCCGUGGCUGUCCUUUAUCCAUUUUGAUCCUCCUUAGCUCAAGUUUUUGUGCAAUCAUACCAAUGUUAUUGCUCAUGCCCUGGUUUCGUUUUCAGUUGUUACCAAGGAAUUGCUUUAUGAGGACAGAAGAACUAAAAAGGAUUGCUGCAGUAUCGAAUACCCUUCUUCAUAACAGUACUCUCUGCCUCUCUACUCUUUGUCUUUUACCUUUGUUCAGAAUGAAAGUAUUUAAGCCUAGGCCUAGCUGUGUAAAGAUUCUCCCUCUUUUUGUUUUCUUAGGAAAGAGGAUGGCUGCAAGUAGAGAAGGAGAUUGGCAGAUUGUUCCCUUCUCUUGUCUAACUGAUUAGAUGCUUUCAGUUCCUAUUUCCACUAUUGUCAUUUCCCAUAUCUCUGCUGCAGGAUCACUAUGACUUUGGAAUGAGAGCUGUGAAGACAGUCAUUUCAGCGGCUGGCAAUCUCAAAAGAGAAAAUCCAACAAUGGAUGAGGCAAGUUCAAGUAGUCCCACUUCAAAUGGCUCCAUAUGCAGUGUUGCAUGACGAUGACUAGAAUAGUUAAGAGCCACUUUUCUGGUUACAUUCUGGACAUGUGUUGCUCAUCUGGGCAGAGUGUUGGGAAUAACUUCCCAGCAGGGGCAUAGAACAUCAUGUUGGUGAAGGCUGUGCUAAGACUGAACUUUGUUUAAAAUUUUGUUCUGCUCUGCCUGUACCUAAUCUACAAAUAUUUGUAUAUUAAAAUGUGCAGCAAUUCCAUUUGGGGCUAGAUCUUGUAACUUUUAUUUAUCUUAUUUUGAUUUUUUCAUUAAAAAAUUAAGAUUGUUGAUAACAUUCUUUCAGCAACCUCAGUGAAACUCCACCACCACCACCACAUUUUUUCAUCUUCGCUGAAGAUGUCUGGAACAAGAAAAGUAAACACAAUUGAAAAGAACAGUCCUAAUUGCAAUCAUCUGUCUGUCAAAGUACAAAGAUUAGUAGCGCUGUAGAAUAAUCAAGAUUUCAGAGUGUGGCAAUUAAAGGCUAGGCAUGGAGAUCCAAGAAAAGAGGAAGAAUCUUUACUAAUAUACUUUUCUUGCUUGCAGGAACUGAUUUGCCUAAGGGCCAUCAAGGAUGUCAAUGUUCCUAAAUUCCUGCAGGAUGACCUGAAGCUUUUCAAUGGUAUAAUUUCUGAUCUGUUUCCCAAGAUCAAAGAGGAACCUAUUGACUAUGGCAUCCUGGAGGAAGCAAUUCACAGAUACUGUCUUAAAGACAACUUGAAAGAUGUUGAUGGUAAGUGAAAAAGUAACACACUGCCUCUGUGGAGUUUUCUUAAAACUAUAUAUUAGUCUCUUGUGAACUUUGGAAAUUUGGCACCACAGCAGUGGAUUAUAAUUUGUCCUUCAGCAAUUGCAGCUCACAGAUCAUUGUAUGAGGAUGGGUUUUUAAGUGCCUGGGUGGAACCUAUCUGGGAAUCCCAUGUUCUUCACCUCAAGUUGUGUGGAAGAAAGGCAGGAUACAAAUGCAAUAAGUAAAUAACAGAGCAAUCCUUUACUUGUCUGUUCAGAAUUAAAUCCCAUUAAGUUCAGUGGAGCUUACUCCAAAGUAAGUGGAUAUAGGAUUGCAGCCUCAAUAAAUACAUCUGUCUUUCCAUCUGUGGACAUUCCUUUUUAACUUCUGCUCUGAUGUUGUUCUCAGAGCAUCAAAAAUGGAAAUUAAGUAGAUCAGGCCCAGAAAUUCUUAAAGCAAAAUGUUCACAGCAGUGAGGGAAAUGUCAUUUAUUUAUUUUUAAAGCAUCUGUAUACCACUUAACAUUUUAAAUUCUUACCAGGAAAAGUACAAACCCCAAAUCUAUGCUCAUUUUGUUCCCCUGAUUGCAUUUGUUAUCUAGAUUUUUUGGUGUUUUUUUUAACUGUUUUCUAACACUCUGGCAGAAUACUGUGCAAUCUAAGUAGGAGGGUAAACUUGGAACUUAAUGUCAUUUACCUGAAGUGUAUAUUUAAUAUUUAUUAUUAUUUUUCAUUCUGCUACAUGGUUUAACCUAAAAUAGCUCCUGGAGCAAAGAAUAUUUAAAAUAACAAUAAUAAAAAUGAUCAAAGCUUUAGAACAUUAAAAUUAGAUCAAAUAAUAAUUCCACUGAUAAAAACCAAGUUCAGUCUAAAAUACCAGGCAGAUAAAAUGGUUUUUUACCUGAUGCCAAGAAGAGAAUUAUAAAGUUGGUGUGCCCUAAGUGAAAAUGUGCUCUUAUUUACAUGUAUACUAUAUCACUCUAUGGAUUCUAAAAUGUGUGAUAGCUAUGAAAGGAUUGAGUGAGUAAGAGUAGCAUUGUAGGUUGUGCUGACAUCUUUCUCAAGAUAGCUAAGGAACAAACUGGUGUGUGCCUUCAAUGGUGCUUUGGGGGCUUAUAGCAUCCACACAGUUUCGUAUCCAUAGACCUGCAGGCCUGUGAAAGCAACUGUGAGGCAUUCCCAUUCUGGAUCUUUUUCUUCCAGGGUUUGUGAUGAAGUGCAUCCAGCUAUAUGAAACUACUGUGGUACGUCAUGGUCUCAUGCUGGUGGGGCCCACAGGCUCAGGAAAAACUAAGGUAAGAACUUCCGGAGAUGCCUGGUGUUGCUGUCAACAGAUGAAAGGGAAAUAACACUAAGAUGGUUUGUCCAGCACUUACACCAUAGGAGGAGCAUUUCCAGCCUUUGUGCUUGGCUUAAUGUGGUUCGAGAUACUGUUCUGAGACAGAAAAAUCCCUUCUUGCCAAGUACAGUAGCAGCCUGCAUAGAAGAGCUUUGAAAUAAGAACACUAGGAUUAAAACUGAUAUACUGAUCUUAUGUGUACUCUGGAAGAGCCUUAUUAAGGCAAGCAUGGGUGACUUUGAGCCUGCACAGCUUUGCUGGGAUUUCUGCAGUGCGAUGUUUGCAGAUAUUACAUCAACUUUCCAAAAGAAUGAAGGCCAUUCCCUCCUCUGUUUUUGUGAUCAGUGCUUGUCUUUUAUAAUCCUCUUUUCUUAAUCAUGUCAAACCCUUGGGCAAAGUCCUUUGUUACUACUUUGCAUUCUUCAUUAUUGUAGAUUCAUGGUGAGUCUGAAUUGUCUUUCUUUUCAGCCUUCAAAUAAAUGCCAUAAUGUUUUAUUCCCUUGCACUCUUUCUGUCUUCAGUGUUACAAAGUUUUGGCAGCUGCAAUGACAUCUUUGAAAGGUCGGCCUUCAGUCAGUGGUGGAAACUAUGAAGCCGUCAAUUAUUUUAUAUUGAAUCCCAAAUCUAUUACAAUGGGCCAGCUGUAUGGAGAGUUUGACUUGUUGACUCAUGAAUGGUAAAAGAUAAAAACUGUCCUUAUCUGUUCUAGAUGGCUUCUGGUCUGCUCGUGUCCCUUUUCUAGGAAUUAUAAGCUCUGUAUAAACUGAAAUUUAAGAAAGCUCCUCUUUUGUUAGGCAUAACUUUAGCUAAUGUCCAUAUGUUUUGAUUGUACUUUUCUAUGGCCUAAGAAAAUCCAUAACACUAAAUGGAUAACUGGCUGGCUCAUGCACAUUCUUUUGAGCUUUCUACGUUGGGUUUUUGCUGAUGAGCCUGUGUAAGUAACAUGAAAGAGAUAUUCAAGGCAUUAAAAGCUAAUGAGAACUGGACACUAAACAUGCAUCUGCAUCUGCAAAUGUGUCCUCUCAUUCAUUUAUCAUUGCAGUUGUCAUUUUUAUUUCGAUGGCUUCUACACAAGGAAGGCAGAACUAUUUAAGGAGAUUUUUCUUCCCUUCCCUUAAACUCGGCCAUCUCACCACACUCUGAGUAAAAGGUUUAGAGAUGAACUGCUGGAGACUGGUUCUAUGGAUCACUACAAUCACAUAUCCAUCUUCAGGAGUGAAGUAAUAAAGAUUGCUAUAAAAACACAGCCCAUGGAAAAACUCCACUAUAAUACUGUUUUUCUGUUGGCUAUGUCAAGUACAUACAUCAAUACUGUAUGUAUGUAUGCCAAGUAAAUGUUUUGUGGACUUGGGCUGAAGUGCAUAUUUAUGAAACCUGUCCCAUAGCAUAUUAUGGUUAAGUGUGGUGACUUAUUUACAAUACUGUUUUUGCUCAGUGUUCUUUCCAGCUGGGCCUCUAAGGGUUUUAUUUUCUUUUGAUCUUGUAGAAAGAAGACCACGCAUAUACUAAGUGUAUGGAUAACAAAAAUGAGCAAUAAUUAUAGCAGUUUUACACUGAUGACAACAAUUAUUGAUUGAUAGAGACUGCCUCCAGAGAUAAAACAUUUGAGCUACAUCCAGAAGCAAUUGAUGCCUUUGCAUUUCUGGCAAUGAAUAAUUACAUGCAUUGACACUUCAUUUGCUCUGAUCAAAAUAAUCAAAUGGGAAACUUUUUUUUAAAAAAAAGGCAGAUUCUGCUUUAUGAUCUUCAAAACAGCAGAAGCCUGCAUACUUAUUUAGGACAAAAUAGAGGAGGCGAUGUGGAGAGAGAAGUUUGGGUUCACAGAUGUGAUGCUGUCAUAAAUUAUACUGGACAUUGCUAAAUGGAAGUGUGCAACUAUUUGGUUGACUCCUGUAUAUCUCCUCCUCACCUCAUAGGACAGAUGGGAUUCUUCCUGCUCUUAUCCGAGUGGGAGCCAUAGCUACUGAUCAUAAAAAGAAAUGGUACAUGUUUGAUGGUCCAGUUGAUGCUGUUUGGAUUGAAAAUAUGAACACUGUGCUGGAUGAUAACAAGAAGUUGUGUCUCAGCUCUGGUGAAAUCAUUAAGCUAACAGAGGUAUCUUUCUCUUUCCUCCUUUUCGUUUCCUGGUAUCUACACACACACACAAUCAUUUGUAAAUGUAUAGUCUGCUUUUCUCUGAGAAAGAGGAAUAUGUGGUUGAAAUGUAGACAUUUGAUUUUAGCAUGCCCAAAUUACUGUAUUUAGAUUAGAACAUAGUUCUAGUAUUUAUGCUGAAUACUGCUGACCAGCACUGUGAUUUCACUAAUACAUAAUCCCACUUAAUGAGGGAUUGGAGUUUUAGGAUUCCCCCCACGCUAUGUACCUUUUGUGAAAAGCUGUGGGAAACAGUUUUGCUCCUUUCCUCUCAUUUCCAGGCAAUGACUAUGAUGUUUGAAGUGCAAGAUUUAGCUGUUGCUUCCCCUGCCACUGUUUCCCGGUGUGGCAUGGUAUACCUGGAACCCAGCAUUUUGGGAUUACAGCCCUUCACUGAGUGCUGGCUGAAGAGAAUCCCAGACAUUAUGAAGCCAUUCACUGAAGCCCUUGACUCGCUUUUCAGCAGAUUCCUAGAGGUGAACCAUUACAAUAUUCCUAUAUUUUGAUUCAGUGUAGCAUCUGUAAGUCAGCCUAGCCUUUAGCCAAACAAGGGCAUAUGAACCUAUCAAGUUUGCCUUUAUUAGUUUUGGGGCAGCUGGUGAACACAGUUUAUUAGAUGACAGGAACUUCACCUGUGCAGUACAAGAGCUAUAAUCUUCCAAAAUGCCAAUUUAUUGUUAAUUGGCUUGCAGUGGGAAAGUUCUCUGUGAAUUGAGCCCUGUCUCUUUUGCUUCCAAGUUUAGCAACCGGAUUGCUUUUAAGAUUUUACAGUUGUGUAUUCAUGGUGAUUUGUUUUUUUAAUGGCAUUUUCUCACUUUAGGUUUUUGUGGCUCCUGCUUUCAUUACUUUGUGAAGUAAUUUGUUAAAAUGGCAUUGGGUGGUUAGCUCAUUUUCAUGUCUCCUGGUCACUUUUUCUUCCAUAUUAACAAUCAACAGGUUAAGACUAAUAACAGUCUUCGCUCAAUGGCCAAACUAAAGUUUCUCAGGUGCUUUUCCUUCCUAUAUGGUGUUGCCUCAGAAGUACAUAUAGUUUUGAAUCCCCAGCCUUGCCAUAUCAAGUGUGCCCUUGCAGAAUGGGAGAAAUUCAGUAUAGAACUAAGUGGGGCAUAUGCGUUCAUGGAAAAAUGUCCACUUGUGCAAUAAGACUUUCAGCGCUGUCUUCAUGUAAACCUGUGUGGGUUUUCUCCCAACCCUCCAGAGCAGAAUUAGGGGUGCAGGGAACAUUCUGGGGGAGGAGAGUCCCAUUGUGUGAAUGGACCUCAUUCUGUGCACACAACUUCGCUGAAUUUUAAUGAUUGGUUUUUCUGUGUUUUUAUUGAUUCUAGUUUUUAUUUGUAAGCCGCCUUGAGUCCCAUCAAAGGAAAAAAGGCUGGAAAAGCAUAAUUAUAUGACAACAACAUUUAACUCUUGAUCUUCUGAACCCUUUCAGGACUCUAUCAGAUUUGUCCGAAGUUCAGUGAAGGAAAUAAUUGCCUCUACAGAUGCUAACCUGACAAUGAGUCUUCUCAAGUUGUUGGACUGUUUCUUUCAACCCUUCAUUCCUGUUGAGGUAGGGCUGGUGUAGCUGUUAAUGCUCAGGGUCAAUAGAAUGGACAACUGGGUCCAAUUGAACAGAUGGACGCGGAAAUAAGUUCUACAUUUAUUGAUAACAAACAGAGGAAUUAGCAGACAGAAAUGUACUUAAGCUUUGAUAUUGUUUACUGUGUUAUCAUUUGUGAAUAUCUCUUUGAUAGGGUCUGAUAAGUAAAGCCUAGAUGCUAAACCACUUUGGGGUUAAUGCUGUGACAGUUGGAAUGAAUUUGUUCAUCAGGGACUUCAUGCACCAACUGGGUUACAAUAGAUUUCUUUGUCCAUAGAGACUGGAGCUACUUUCAGAAAAGGCAUCCAAAAUACAUGUAGGGAAUUUAGAGAGAUUUUGCAGAUAAUCUAAGGUUUUACUUUGUCGCUAAUUAACUUGUUCUGCUUCGUUUGUACUGCUAAUUGAAUCUUCAGGGAAUGAAAAGAAUUCCUCCAGAGAAAACAGCCCGUAUUGGUGAACUGAUUGAACCGUGGUUCAUAUUUGCUUUGCUCUGGAGUGUGGGUGCGACUGGGGAUGCCCAAAGCCGUGUGGCCUUCAGUGUUUGGUUAAGGAACAAGAUGGCAGACGAGAAGGCAAGUUGAUGGAAAUGGCAUCUGUUCCUAAAGGCAGCUAUGGGGCUCCUGUAUUUCCAGAAUUUGUGUGAGUUCCUUGUUUCUGCUGUCUCACAGAUUAACACUGCCUGCCUUGCUUCUGAAUCAUUAUUUUGGGAGAUACUGGAAAAUAUAGCAACUUUAACUAAAUAAACAGGAUGGAAUCACUCUGAAGUUGUUUCCACACACUACAUUCUUUAUAUUAGUCUCUUCUGAAGUAAAGCUAGCUGUGAUGUUCACUGCCUGUUUUCUUCCCACAGAUUGAAUUAUUGUUCCCAGAAAACGGCUUGGUCUAUGACUAUAAACUGAACGAUGCUGGAAUUAGCAGCAUUGAGGAAGAAGAAGAUGAAGAGUUUGUUAACAUGGUAAAUGAAUUCUCAUCAGGGGAUUCAGAUAUCCCACCCCUUAAAAACAUGCAGGAGGGGCCACAUGAGCUAAACUUUGAUCCCCCACUUGAAUGAGGGAGCUUUAUCUGUUACAUCAGUGCAUGCAUAGAUGUACACAGUAACCAAAUGUACAGAUGUUGGAGGGGUGUGGCCACCAAGGAUAUUGGCAGGACCAGGACUAACCUUCUUGGGCCUGCAGCCCUCCUCACUCUAUAGAAUCAUAGAACUGUAGAGUUGGAAGGGACCACAAGGGUCAUCUAGUCCACCCCCCUGCAAUGCAGGAAUAUUUUGCCCCAACGUGGGGCUCAAACCCACAACCCUGAGAUUAAGAGUCUCAUGCUCUAAGGAUGGAGCUAGUGUUAUUUUUCCUCCCCACCCCCUUUUUUCUUUUGCAGGAGGCAAAUGAGAGAGAGCAUUCUGACUGUUUGUGGGUGGAGGGUUGGCAAAAUGAUUUAGAUAAUUUAGAGGGGGAUAAGGGUGGCGCUGUGGGUUAAACCACAGAGCCUAGGACUUGCCGAUCAGAAGGUCGGCAGUUCGAAUCCCUGCUUGGGGUGAGCUCCCGUUGCUCGGUCCCUGCUCCCGCCGACCUAGCAGUUCGAAAGCACGUCAAAGUGCAAAUAGGUACCGCUAAGGCGGGAAGGUAAACGGCGUUUCCGUGCACUGCUCUGGUUCGCCAGAAGCGGCUUAGUCAUGCUGGCCACAUGACCUGGAAGCUGGAUGCCGGCUCCCUCGGCCAAUAAAGCAAGAUGAACGCCGCAACCCCAGAGUCGGUCACGACUGGACCUAAUCGUCAGGGGUCCCUUUACCUUUACCUUAAGGGCUUAAGGGUAACCUACUCUUUUUCUUGUCCUCUCCCCCACCCCCAUUAAAUGCAUCUUGUCACAACACUAGCAUCAUUUCUAUUUUUUUUAUUUCUAUUAAUUAUUUUAUAACCAUACAACACAGAAUACACAUCAAGCAUAGUAACAUUAUUAAAUUUUGAUACUCCAGUUUUGUUUUAAUAAUUGACUUCACCAUCCAAAAGAAUCUUAAUUUUAAUGCAAGAAUAGAAUAAAUAUAGUACAAUCUUGCACAUUUUGUAUUGUAACAGCAGUGAAACAAAUAUUAAAUAAUUCUGAGCAUCAUUUUUAAAGUAAAGAGAAAAGUCCUUGUGCCAUUGCCACCAGAGUAAGCACCUUUAAGCAACUCCUACCCCUCAGCAUUGAAAUCCUCGCCUGCCUCUGUUCCUUAAGUCUAACUCUCUUUUGGCAUUUAGGAAAAUGGUGGUUGGGGGAGGGGAUAAUCCCAGAUGUAGUUUCAGUGAGACUUUGUCAUGGUUAAGAUUAGACUGGUAAAGGGAAGUAGACUUACUGGAAUCUCUGGAACAUUACUGUAAAUUUCCCCCAAGAUUCUACUGAGGUUUUUUUGCAAACUUAAUCCUGUAUUCAGUUUCUAUAUUGGCUCGGAUGUAUUUAAGAAACUAAUUACAGGAUGUUUUAAGCCUCUAUCUGUCCUUCCCAUCAAAUGUACCUGUGUCUCUUAGGUGUGCUGGGAGAAUUGGAUGGAUUUCUCUUCAUCAUUUACCAUGGUGCCUGAUACCAGCUUUUGUGACAUUAUUGUUCCCACAAUGAACACUGUCCAGAUGGCUUUUCUGCUGGAGCUCUUGCUCACAAACCACAAACCAGUAAGUUUCCUGAAUUUCAAGUGGAGUUAAGUUAGCAUUGUAGAAAGGUAAAUAUUCUGUUGCUCAGUCAAGCCAGCAUUAGUUCUUUGCUCAAAAUGUCCCCCCAAAUGGCUACUCAGUAGACUUUUAUUUGCCUCCGUUUCUGCAUUCAUUCAUUCAUUUAUUAGUUUGAUCUACUACAGAAGAGGUUCUCAAAUGCCAUUCAGCUUUAUUCAGGCAGUCUCACGAAAAGAUUGUGGAAGAAAAUAUCUGUACAUGGCCCUGUACUUGAUUAUUAGUUUUUCUGACUAAGGCUGGAUUAUUAAACAGCCAACAAGGUCCUGGUCUAGGGCCUCUGCUCUUCAUAAUAUGCCUUUGGUAUAAUCUACUUAAUGUUUAUGCAGACCUCUAAACAGCUUAGCCUAGGGUCCAUAGUUUCCACAAAGUGCUGUUUUUUACAAUGAUCACUAUGCAGAAGAAUGUUAUUAAAAUAAGAGUUAGUAUAUUUGAUUUUGUUCUGCUUCGAUUUGCAGAACAGAAAAAGGCUGUUAAGUCAUUCAGUGAAACCCCCAGCAAUUUUUGAGAACGGUUCUACUGCAGCAAUAAACAAAGGAAUCUCAAAGACACAGUUUUAAAAGCACUAUAGAGUCACAAUGGACUGUCAAAAACACUACUAAUUGGCAAAUGAGUCUGUGAAGGUGUGAUUACAGUCUGCACACAUUCCCCAAUAGUGACAGUUUUUCUCUCUUCCAAAUUGUAGAUUCUUUGUAUUGGACCCACAGGAACUGGAAAGACCCUCACAAUAGCAGAUGAGCUUCUGAAGAACCUGCCACUAGAAUUUAUCAGCCAUUUUCUUAUGUUCUCUGCUCGAACCUCAGCCAACCAGACUCAAGAUCUCAUUGACAGCAAACUGGAUAAAAGGCAAAAUUCUUUGUUGCAAUAUUUCUGCUGCUUAUAUACCACUUUGUUCAUAUUUAUUUUAUUUGCUUUUGAGCAUUUAUUAGCAAUCCUGUCCAAAUUUGCUAAAGAAAUUUAAGCAUAAAAAUGUAAAUUAUUUAAAAUCAAAAUAUAGCUAUUUCCCCAUCCUGGGAGUGAUAGCAAAAACGUCUGGCUGGUCAACACUCCCAUAGGGUCAGUUCAGUGGGCAAACAGGCAUUGGAUAAACACUGGUUGAAUGCUCUGGCCCUGGGGAUUCCUACUUAUUUCUGAGUCACUGGAUAUUUUGAUAUUACCAUUAGUAAACAAUCACAUACCCUGAAUGGAAAACACUGGGUUGUUCAUUGAGUCGCCCCUUGAACUUGGCGGUUUUAUUCAUAUCUAUUUAGAUUUGCGGCCAUACUGUGUUUUAUUUAUGUUAUUCAACAUUGAUUAUCUAGUGACCUUUAGCAGAAAGUUCAUAAGAGCGCAAGAUGAGAAGCCCCGCUGGCUCAGCAAAGGCCCAUCUAGUCCAUCAUCCUCUUCUCAAGGUGGCCAACCAUAUGCCUAUGGGAAGCCUUCAAGCAGGAGCUGGGUGCAACAGCACUCUCCGAACUUGUGGUACCUAGAAACUGCCAUUCAGAUGCACAUUGCUUCUCAUAGUGGAGAUAGUAUUCAUGGAAACAAUUCAUAGAAUUGUAGAGUUGGAAGGGACCCUGAGGAUCAUCUAUGCAGGAAUAUGCAGCUGUCCAAAACAGGGAUUGAACCUGUGGCCUUGGUGUUGUCAGCACCAUGCUCUAACUAACUGAGCCAUAGUGGGGAGGUAUGUGUAUACGUGGUAGACAUACAGCAACACUCUUGUGUUUCUUUUUGCUAUGAGUGCUGUUGCUGCUGCUGUUACAAUGUCUUGCCCACCCUUCACCAUGAGGUUUCUGGGCAGGUUACAGUAAUUUAAAAAUCCAAUAUUAACAACAGUUUAAAACAAAUUACAGUUCUAGGAAUAGGGUGAAUCCUAAAAAUAUAUAUUGCAAGCAUCAAUAGCGUAGGUGCCAGGAGGGAAUUAGGGCUGCCAUAAACAACGCCCCCUUUCCUGGGCUCCAGCCCCACAAACAUCUGAGGGUGAUGGAACUACCAAGAGGUCCCUGUUUGCUGAUCUUGAUAUGCAAGAGUCAAGACCAGCACUGAGGAGCAUAUUCUACACUUGAGAGAUUAAUACUUUUCCUGUCAGCAUUAACGGAUUAUACAUGGAUUCACCAACUAAUCGACAGGCUCAUCACGUUAAAUGUAUAGUCUCUUCAGCAGCCUUUUUCCAAAUUGUACCUUGACUGCAGUAUUUUCAUCAUGUGUUCCACUGUGAUGUAGUUUUUAUUCUUGUCUGGUUCUAUAUAGGCGCAAGGGAGUUUUUGGUCCUCCACUUGGCAGAUACUUCAUAUUUUUCAUUGAUGACCUGAACAUGCCCGCGCUAGAGACCUAUGGUGCCCAGCCACCUAUUGAGCUUCUUCGGCAAUGGAUGGAUCAUAAUGGCUGGUACGAUAGGAAACAAAUUGGUAUGACAUACUUUCUUUACUUAAUUUACCUAAUUAUUCUAUACACAAAUACUUUCCGUUCCAGGCCAGCCAGGCUAGUUCUGAAGUAACCUGCCUCUGGUGCACAUACAGCUUUCCCCCCACUGGAGUCUUGGCAUUCAUACCUUCUCUCAUUUUUCUGUGGAAUAUUUUGUCAGGUACCUUUAAGAAAUUAGUAGAUAUUAACUUUGUUGGUGCCAUGGGACCGCCGGGUGGAGGAAGAAAUGCAAUCAGCCCACGCCUCACCCGCCAUUUCAACUAUCUAUCUUUCACUGAACUGGAGGAUAGCAGCAAGAAGAAAAUCUUUUCUACCAUUCUAGACAGUUGGAUGGGUGAGUUAUGAAAAUACAUCCCCCCUUUUUUAUACCGCUCUCAUAUGCUAUGUGACUGAGGAAAUGUUUGAUAGUGGAAUGUGACACCAUUUUUCUUUCUUGAUUAUUUUAGCUGGACGUCUAGGAGAAGUAUGUUACAGAGAGCCAGUUCGUAAGUAACCUGAGCACAAGUUAAUCAAUUGUCUUAUGUAAGGCUUGGGGAAAUAAGUCAUUUGCUUGAUGGUGAUGAUAGAAGAUUUUGGACCAAAAGCAUCAGGAGAGUGGUCUUUGCUUCAGCAGAUGGAUGCCCAUUUCUUCAAACACAAUAACAUGGAUAAGCUUAAGUAUGCCAAUUUUUGGCUUACCUAAGGGAGCUCCAUACUUUAUGCUGCAGGCACAUGUCCUGUCUGUACACUAGUGUUGGACCAGAGUUCCCCGCAGGAACCAUGUGACUUGUGGAUAAUACCCAUUUGUUUGUGCUACAGCCUCCCAACUGAUUAUACAUGCAUGUAUCUCACAAGAUAGCUCCCUGGCAGCCACAUUAUGGAGAAAAGGCAGCCACACAUAACCUCAAAGUAAGAGUAAUAGAAACAGACCCUUCUGUAUUUUUUCUAAUCUGGUUUAAACAAUUCUCGCUCAGCAGGUGCCAGUUUCUCUAGUUGGAAAACUUGAGUUUUUGAUAUGGGGAUAAUGUAUGCAGAAUUCUUAACAGUGCAAGAAAAAUCUGGGGUUAAGCUGAAUUUGAAUCUUGACAAGAUCGAAGUCCUGUGGGUUGGUGGUUCCCAGGUUCAGGAAGUGGAUAGUAUGCUUGUCCUGUGUGGGGUCCCAUUCCCCACAAAGGAGCAGGUGUGCAGUCUGCUGGUACUCCAGGAAAUGUCUCAGUCACUGGAAGCCUGGGUGGCUGCAGUGCCUUUGACCAGGUCUGGCUCGUAUGCAAACUGCAACUGCAACUGUUCCAAGAACAAACCUCAUGUUUAGUGAGGAAAGAACUUAACCAUGAGUUCCAGUUCAGAUGGCACACUAAGCCGAACAUUUGCUUCACUCAGCACAGCACAAGAGCAAAAAAGGGCUGGGGAGGAGAAAAGUGGCUAUGAGCUGCUUUCUGGGGGCCUGCCAGAGUCUGGCUUACCAUGUUGUAUGAACCAUGUUAUACAAGCCAUUGUUAGAAUUCUGUUUAUCUCUGCUUAAGUUAUUAGCUGCAUUUUAAUUGUACUACGAUUUAAUUUUAGUAUACCACCUUGAGACUGAUGUGGGAGGCAGUAUAAAAAAUCAUAAUUAAUAAGUUGUGUGGUUGUACUACAACUGCACAUUAGGCAGUAAUAUAGAUUGUGAGGAUGGGAAACAUCUUCUGUGAGAUAAAGUCAUUGGUAAAUCUCACUAUGUCUCAAGCUAGCCUGCCCUAUUUCUAUGUGAUCACUCAUGGUUCUUCCUUUCCUGAAAAGCCCCCACUGCAAUGCUGACCAUCUUUUGGGUUUUUUAGCUGGAUGCCCACAGGUGCAGGACUUAAGCGAACCCCUUGUUGAUGCAACUAUACGAGUGUAUUCCACUAUCACAUCCCAACUGUUGCCUACUCCAGCAAAAUCUCACUAUACAUUUAAUUUGAGGGAUCUGUCCAAGGUUUUCCAGGGCAUGCUCAUGGCAGAACCUGCCAAAAUUAUGGUAAGUGCUCCCUUCACAAUAUCUGCUCUGUGACAGGAAUUUUAGUUGCUGGAAAUUGCAUAUUAUUUCUCGAUAAAAUGACACACCGAAUAGUUAUCCCUUUGUUGUGUGCAUUGCAUACCACUGCACUAAGUGCAAGCAAUAAGGCACAAUCUAGGCCUGAUUGUGGGGAUCUGGGGCAAAAUAUUGGGGUUGCUUUUUUCUCUCUUGUUGGCAGCAGCAAGUGUAUCACACCUCUUUCAUUCACUCAUAGUCCCCCUACCUCAGGAGAACUUUAUUCUGCAGUAUCCAUGGUAGAGCUUUACCGCAAACCCAGUACAAUCGAGCUUGGGUGUCCAUGAGUCCCUCAUAUAUCUAGCAAUAAAAUCUGAGUGCAUGGAUUUAUCCGCAGAACUCCACCUCCCACUUUCCUCAAGUUUUGGCCAGCCAUUCUUACAGUGCAAUCCUAAGUGGGGUGUGGGUGGAGAUGUGUGGCAGACUUUCCUUUUUUUCCCUUUCCUUGAGUGGAUCUUUAUUUUUUAAAAAACAAAGAAACAAACCACUCCUUGAUUCCAGUAGAAGGAGAAUUAGUUAUAACAGGUCUAGACUGGCAUAGGAGAAGGACCCAAUUCUGGGGCCUCUCUGAAGGACAGAGGGGCCUGUGAUCUAGCAGAUCCAAGGCCACCCCUUCUGUGCACCAGAACUCUCCAUUUCAAAGCCCGACACUGACUAAUUGUAGCAGAAACUCUACCAGCAGCAGAGCUAAACCCACAGAGCUUUUUGAAGACGUAGGAGGGGUCUCCAUGGCGGCAUAUCCUCUGCUAGCAAAACUGGUCUGUGUUAGGGGGAGAGACCCAUUGUCCUCUAAACCCCUCCAAUCAGCGGAUCUGGGGUUUAGAUUUGCUCUGGUAGUUUAGAAACAUUUUCUUAUAAAUCUGGUUGGGAAAGGGUUGUUUUUCACACCGUAGGGUCAGUGUCUUAGGGGGAAGAAUCAACGUGGAACAAGAAAUAACAUUCUUUGGGGUUGUGUGAGUAAUAACGAAAGGUUGUUUAAGGUUGUCACUGGAAUUAUUUGCCAGAAUAAAGCGGACCUGCUGAGGCUGUGGUAUCAUGAGAGCUGCCGUGUGUUUCGUGACCGUCUGGUUAAUGAGGAGGACCGAACUUGGUUUGAUGACUUGAUGAAGAGCGUGAUGUCUGAAUGGGAUACCAGCUUUAAGGAAGUUGUUCCUUAUGAGCCCCUUCUCUAUGGGGAUUUCAUGAACCCAGGUUCUGAUGUGAAGCUUUAUGAAUUAAUUGCCGAAAGAGAGAAGGUAGGAUUCAUAAGAUGCUUCUCCAUUUUUGUACUUCUUCCAUCUUUCAUUCCUUUGUGCACAACAUAUAAUAUGGGUGCAGUUAAUAAAAGCAUUGGGUGUCCAGAGUUGAGUUUCUAGAAUAUACUUUAUGCAUGGCAAGCCUAUACUAGAAGUGAUUAUGAUUUUCAGAGGAAAGAAACAACAACAAGGUUGUACAAGGAUAGACUGAGCACUAGAAGCAUGCUGAGAAUGAUAGAUGAACAUGGAUGGAAGAGGAUAGAACAGACCUAGAUAAUGCUGUUUCCUCUGACUGCCCCCUGUGUUCAGGCAAGUAAUAAAGAACAGUUGGGAAUCUGCUAUGCAGAUGACUUUAGCACAGUACUUGGGCUUGGAAAAUGCAAUAAACUAGGAAGAGGAACAAGUUUAAUGUUCAUAGUACUGCAGCGGAUGCCAUUAAAAUCUGUACAGGUGACCUUUGCAGGUAAUUAUCCUUCCUAUAGAACUCCCAACUGGAAGGAUAUUGUGCAUACUGAGAAAAUGUUAAUUAAGCAAAGGGUAAAAAAUAUAACGAUUUUAAUAAGGAGCAGUGUACUUUGCAUUCACUGCCAUGUAGUCAAGGAUAAUAAUAACAGUAUGUCUUCUUUCAUGAUCACUAAGUGAAUUAUAGAUAAUUAAUCCAGCCUCUUAGGUAGGCAGAUGUUCAUCACACCCAUUGCCCAGAUAGAUAAAAUGUGGAUGAGGGAUUAGAUAACUUAACCAUGUCCAUGCUAUGACACAAUAGCUAAACUCAAAUUGAUACUCUGAAAUCCUUGCAAGUGUGUUGCUCUAAUCCUAUUGAACUUGGCUAUGAUUUACAGUGAACAUUAUUUAAAUAGUUAACUUUAUCUGUGAAAGAUUUUGGUUGGGGAGUUAAAGAAAGGCUGCUUGCUCCUCUUUUUUGAUGGGUGUACAUCUUAGAUCAUCUAUUUUCAUUUUCACUGAGUAGGCUUUCUAAGACGGUGGGUAUUUUUUUCACCCCUGUCUUCCCUUAUUGACAGGAUCUGAUGGGCAUAGAGGUGGAUGGUCCAUUGAUGGCCUUCUCAGAGAGGCAUGCUUAGUUCCUGCUCCUAUUCUUCUUCCUCUCUUUUUGACUAUAGCUUAUGCACGUGAUUGAGGAGUACAUGGAGGAAUACAAUCAGAUCAAUACUACCAAGAUGAAGCUAGUUCUUUUCAUGGACGCUAUGCAACACAUUUGCCGAAUCACCCGUAUUCUGCGCCAGGCACUGGGCAAUGCUCUUCUCUUGGGUGUUGGUGGCAGUGGAAGGCAAUCUCUCACCAAAUUAGCAUCUCACAUGUAAGAUAUGAAUGAUAUUAAAGGUUUCUGAGCCAGUGGAUAGUGACAGAAUGAUCGGAAAAGCAGUGAGUUUGGGUUUGGGUUUUUUAGGAUUUAUGUUCUUCAUUUCUACUUCUGAGUUCAGUUUGCUCACAUCAUAUGAAGAAAGCUUGACACUGUUCACAUCGUUUUCCAGCUGUACAGAAAGUAACCAUAGUGAAGAAACUGGGAUUUCCCUUGCCUUCCCACCCAAUGUACGUGAAUGCCUCCAGGUCCACCUCGCAUCCACUUUAUAACACUGGAAUAUGGUCUUUGGGCCUAUGCGCAUAGAGCCUAAUGGGCACAGGCCUAAUCUGUGGAACCAUUGCCUCUCAAAAUGGGAAGGGAAUUGCUCAGAUUCUGGCAAUAUGCAUUAGACUUCCGCCACAUAGGCCCUAUAUUCUUAUUCUUACUCGACUACAAGUGAUCACCAAAGAAGAAGAAUAUUAUUAUUUAUUAAAAGUUAUACCCUGCUUUUCAUAUCUGGGUCUCAGCUUACAAAAAUUAAAAUAUAAAUGCUUAGAGAAGCUUUGGUAUGUCCCUCACUAAUUACCUUCUCCAGCAACAUGAGAAAAAGCUGUUAUGUUCUACCCGAAUGGUAGGAAUGGUUUCACUGGUUGAAGGUCAUCAGCCUCACCCUAGUUUCUCAGCUGCUUUGGUUAAGUAGUUUUUUUUCUAGUUCUGCUGUAAAAAUUGUUAGAUUCUUAUCUUAGGGUCACUCUCGUUGUUUUAAUUUGCCCUUCACCCUAAAGCUCCAGGGUAGGUUACAACAAUUGUUAGAGAAGUAGAUGUUUGUUUUCUCUGUUUGUGUUUUUGUGUCUUGGUCAACUGACCUGUUUGAGUAUGGCAAGGAUGCAAACUGGAUUCUGCAAGCUGCCUAUUUCCCUCAAAUUCUUUUUCCUGCCUUUGACCACAAGGUGGCCCCGUAACUCCCACAGAUUACCUUCUUCCAGUGAUACAGAACUACCACUCAGUUAGCAACCAACAGUUCUUUCUGUGUCUUUCUCCCUUGUAUACGUAUUAGCAUCAUAGCUGUCAACUUACAGAUUUGAAAAUAAGGGACCAGCAGCCAAAAUAAGGGACCUGCAGCCUCACCUGUUCCAGGCACUCCAGUCUUCCUGUCCUCCUGCAGUCUGGUCAAACUCAUGCUGGUAGCUUCGAGAACACUGUCCAACCAACUUUGUAACCAGAGGUUCAACUGAAUAGAAUCUGAAUCACAUGCACCACAAGGCCUAUGCAGCCUCAACUUAAGAUGGCUCCCCGGCCUGGCUUUGCACUGCAAAGUUUGCAGCAGCACGUGCAACAAAAUGGCGUCCAUCAUUCAAAAAAACCCCUCAGCUUGCAUUAACUAGCCACACACAAGGCAUGCAAGCUCCACCCCCCAGUCGUUCUUAGACUUCUUAUUGGGUGAGCAACACAGCCAAGCAACACAGUUGGAGCCUCCCUCCUCCCUGGCCAGCAGGGAGGGAGGGAGAGGAGCUGCUUCCUUUGAAAUUUAAGGGACAUCAUUUAAGGGACAUUUAAGGGACAUCCAUCAAUAAGGGACAGCAGCGGGACAUGGCGCUGGAAUAAGGGACUGUCCCUUCAAAUAAGGGACACUUGACAGCUAUGAUUAGCAUAUUGUAGACCAUGCCCUGAUUAUAAUCAUUUCCUUUUUAGAGCUGAUUAUGAAUGUUUUCAAAUAGAACUUUCCAAGAACUAUGGGAUAUCUGACUGGAGAGAAGACCUCAAAAAGAUCAUGCUGAAGGCUGGUCUGCAAAACUUAUCCAUUACCUUUCUGUUUACAGAUACGCAGGUAAUUGAAGCUGUUGGGAAUGAAAUUUCUUCUUGUGCUGGAUAGCUAAACUUUUAAAUGAAUGUUGCUCAGAUUUGUACCAAUUUUGUCACUCACAUCUAUUGUUUUAUUUUCCCAACUAGUCUUAGCUUAGCAAGUUUACUUGAAAAACUGAACUUCUAUGUUUUGAGAAAAACUGUGCUGUGCCUGAUACCUGAAUGACAUUUCUCUUGGUGGUACUAAGAACUCUUAACUGUUAAGGAGUUAGAUUACUAAACAUGUUUUUUUUUUUAUAAGAUAUUUAUUAAGAUUUUCAGAAAAUUACAAUAUAAAAAUGAAAAAGAAAAAGAAGAUACAAAGUUACAAUAUAAAAAUAAAAAAGAAAAAGAAAAUACAAAAAAAUAAUGAUUAAAAACCACUCAAUUUUCCAUUACUUAUUUUUCCUUAGCUUGUUUCCCGGACCUCCUCAUACCUCCCUUUUUUGUAUUCCAGUUCAAUUUGUUGGUUCAGCAAAUCCUUACCCUCUUUAUUUAUCCUAAUCUUUGGUCUUAAAAUAGUAAUGUUAGAUUUCUACCUAUUAACAACCCAUUUUUCAUAUUCCCUUAAAGCAUUACAGCUGGAAACCACUUAAUUUCUAUCCAACAUCAUUCUAACAUUCAUUAAUUUUACAAUAUUUCUGUAGAUAGUCUUUGAAUUUCUUCCAAUCUUCUUCCACCGACUCUUCUCCCUGGUCUCGGAUUCUGCCAGUCAUUUCUGCCAGUUCCAUAUAGUCCAUCAGCUUCAUCUGCCAUUCUUCCAGAGUGGGUAGAUCUUGUGUCUUCCAAUACUUUGCAAUGAGUAUUCUUGCUGCUGUUGUGGCAUACAUAAAAAAAGUUCUGUCCUUCUUUGGCACCAAUUGGCCGACUAUGCCUAGGAGAAAGGCCUCUGGUUUCUUCAAGAAGGUAUAUUUAAAUACCUUUUUCAAUUCAUUAUAUAUCAUCUCCCAGAAAGCCUUAAUCCUUGGGCACGUCCACCAAAGGUGAAAGAAUGUACCUUCAGUUUCUUUACAUUUCCAGCAUUUGUUAUCGGGCAAAUGAUAAAUUUUUGCAAGCUUGACUGGGGUCAUGUACCACCUGUAUAUCAUUUUCAUAAUAUUCUCUCUUAAGGCAUUACAUGCCAUAAACUUCAUACCUGUGGUCCAUAACUGUUCCCAGUCAGCCAUCAUUAUGUUAUGUCCAACAUCUUGUGCCCAUUUAAUCAUAGCAGAUUUCACCGUUUCAUCCUGAGUAUUCCAUUUCAACAACAAGUUAUACAUCUUUGACAAAAUCUUAGUUUUGGGUUCUAACAGUUCUGUUUCUAAUUUUGAUUUUUCCACCUGGAAACCAAUUUUCUUGUCCAAAUUAUAUGCCUCCAUUAUCUGAUAAUAAUGAAGCCAGUCUCGCACUUUGUUUUUUAAUUUCUCAAAACUCUGCAAUUUCAGUCUAUCUCCGUCUUGUUCCAAAAUUUCCCAAUAUUUCGGCCAUUUGGCCUCCAUAUUAAGCUUUUUCAGAGCUUUUGCUUCCAUCGGUGACAACCACCUUGGGGUUUUAUUUUCCAAUAAGUCCUUAUAUCUUAUCCAGACAUUAAACAAUGCUUUCCUGACAAUAUGGUUUUUAAAUGCUUUAUGUGCUUUGACCUUAUCAUACCACAGAUAUGCAUGCCAUCCAAAUACAUUGUUAAAACCUUCUAGAUCCAAAAUGUCAGUGUUUUCAAGAAGCAACCAUUCUUUCAACCAGCAAAAAGCUGCUGAUUCAUAGUAAAGUUUAAAGUCUGGCAGGGCAAAUCCACCUCUUUCCUUUGCAUCUGUUAAUAUUUUAAAUUUUAUUCUAGGCUUCUUGCCCUGCCAGACAAAUCUAGAAAUAUCUCUCUGCCACCUCUUGAAACAGUCCAUUUUGUCCACAAUUUGCAAUGUUUGAAACAAAAACAACAUUCUAGGCAAUACAUUCAUUUUUACUGCAGCAAUACGGCCCAGCAGUGAAAGCUUCAAAUUUGACCAAAUUUCUAAAUCUUUUUUCACUUCAACCCAGCAUUUUUCAGAGUUGUCUUUAAAUAAAUUCCCAUUUUUUGCUGUCAUGUUAAUCCCCAAGUAUUUAACUUUCUUAACCACUGUUAAACCUGUCUCAUUCUGAAACCUCUCUCUCUCCAUUGGUGUUAAAUUUUUCUCUAAAACCUUAGUCUUUAACUUAUUCAAUUUAAAUCCUGCAACUUGACCAAAUUCUUGAAUCAGUUCUAAAACUCUUUUAGUACUAGAUUCUGGCUCCUGUAACGUCAAUACUAAGUCAUCUGCAAAUGCUCUCAAUUUGUACUGUUUGGCUCCGACCUGUAUACCUUUAACCAACCGGUCCCUUCUGAUCAUAUUCAGCAGAACCUCCAGGACCGAUAUAAAAAGCAAUGGGGAAAUUGGGCAACCUUGUCUUGUCCCUUUUUCUAUCCUAAAUUCUUCCGUCACCACAUUAUUUACUAUUAGUUUAGCCUUUUGUUCUGAAUAAAUUGCACUUAUACCGUUUUCAAAACCUUGGCCUACCCCCAUCCCCUGUAGGUUCUUCUUCAUAAAACUCCAAGAGAUAUUAUCAAAAGCUUUCUCCGCGUCCACAAAUAUCAAAACUGCUUUAGUAUUUAUGUUCACUUCUAGUUUUUCCAAAAUAUCAAUUAUAUUCCUCAAAUUAUCGGACAAGUGUCUUCCUGGGAGAAAGCCCGCUUGGUCUUUAUGAAUCUCUUCCAUCAAUACUUUUUUCAAUCUCUUGGCCAAAAUGUCUGCGAAAAUUUUGUAAUCCACAUUAAGUAACGAUAUGGGGCGGUAGUUCUUAAGCUGAGUCUUUUCAGUCUCUGUCUUCGGUAUAAGUGUAAUGUACGCCUCUUUCCACGACUCUGGUGCCCUUUCCCUUCCAAUAUUUCAUUGCAGACUUCCUUUAAAGGUUGUAAUAACCACUCUUUCAAAGAUCUAUAAUAUCUAGAAGUCAGCCCAUCCGGUCCUGGAGAUUUGCCUAAUUGCAUGUUUUGAAUGGCACCUUCUACUUCCUGUUCAGAUAUUUUAUAGUUCAACAUUAGUUUACUUUCUUGGGAGAUUUUUUGUAAUCCAUUUGUCUUCAGAAAUCGGUCUAUGUCCAUUUCUUUCUGUGGCCCUUGUGUAUAUAGUUGUUUAAAAUACCUCUGGAAACAGUUUCUAAUCUCAGUUGGGUUGUGUAUAUUCUUUCCUUCCACUUCUAAAUUUGUGAUAGUGUUUAAUUUUUGUCUUUUUUUCAUUUGCCAGGCCAGCAAUUUCCCACAUUUGUUAGCAGAUUCAAAUGUUUUUUGUCUCAUUUGUUUGAUUUUCCAUUCUAUUUCCUGGUUCAUCAUUUCCAUAUAUUGUACUUGAUAUAACUUUAUUUCUCUCAAAAUCUCCUGCGACUUUGGUUUUGCUCUCAAUUUCUUUUCACUUUCUUUUAUUUUCCCCCAAAAUUUUGUCUUUCUUCUCAUUUUGACUUCUCUUCUUUAUUGCAUUCUGUUGUAUCAGAAACCCUCUCAUGACAGCUUUGCUUGCGUCCCAGAUUACUCUUUUUUCUACAUUAGUGUUCAUAUUUAUUUCAAAAUAGUCUCUCAAGGUUUUGGGGGCCUUUUUAUACACUUCUUCAUCUCUAGAUUACUAAACAUGUUGGCCAAAUUUUACACACAUGGGUGCCAACAGGUAAGAAUCACAAAUAUAAAUUACACUGAUAUUUGAGUACCCUGCAAACCAAAAAUUGCAUAGUGCCUCUGCGGCUUAUCCAGAUGAUCUGUGGUUAGAUAUGUUGCAGUGCAAUCCUGUGGAAUAAUCCCAUUUACACAACUUGUUGAAGGACAACAACCAUACUUCUAGGUAGUUGUGUACUGCAGUCAACUAUAUCAUACAGGCUCUCUGUUAAUAAUAAUAAUAAUAAUAAAGCAGGUGGCUUACACAAUGGUGUGGCACUGUGCAUAAGGGAAGGAAUAUCAGUUUCAUGCACUGGGUCAUGCACUCAGCAUUGAAAACAUUGAAAACAUUGCUAAUAAUGAGCGAAAUAACACAUUAGAAUGCAUAGAACGGCAUAAGUAUUGGGUGGAGGAAAGGGAGAAAAUUCUCAUUACAAGCAAUAUCUAAUAGGUGUCAAUGCCUCCUAGUAGCAAUAAGUGUACUAUUGGAGGGGAAUUUGCAUUUUCCCAGGUACAAAAUACAGCCCAACUAGUAUUGGAGAGAUGUAAUGUCUCUAAAACAGAUGUUUAGGGUUGAUGGAUGGUAAGUGGAUUGCAAGUAAUAGAAAGGAAGUGCAUAUUUAUUGUCUUAAGAAUGAAAUGCCUAGAAAAGUGAUCAGAGUUUAAGACUGGAUCCAAAAGAUGGGUCUCAAAUGUUAGUCUAAUUUCUGAAUUACUACUUCACAUUAACAAAGUAGGGGUUUCGCACUAUUCUCUCUCUAAUGCAGAUCUCAUCCCAUCAGUUAGGCUAUUUCUCAUUAUUUACACAACUCACUGUGUUCUCACUGUGACUUACAUUUCAGUGAUUUUCAAUAGGAAAAUCUAAGUCACGAAGACGAGAUCUUUAGUGGGUAAGUAGAUGAGGUUAAAAUGAAAGGCACAACAUUAUUACUGCCGAUAGAAGCCUUUUAAUUUUUUUCUUUAGAUUAAAAGUGAGUCCUUUCUUGAGGAUAUCAACAACCUGCUGAAUUCAGGAGACAUACCCAACCUGUAUGCCCUGGAUGAACAGGACCAGAUUAUGACCACUAUGAAACCAUUAGUGCAGGACCAGGGGCUUCAGCCUACCAAGGCCAACCUGAUGGCUGCGUACACAGGGAGAGUACGCAGCAAUAUCCACACAGUCCUAUGCAUGAGGUAUGAGCUAGCCUAGUCCAUUGGGCUAAAUGGUGAAGGGGCUCUCUCCAAGCUCCCAUGAGCUUUCCUUACUAUCAGUGGUGAUCCAUGCUACAGGGGGCUGGAAUAUAGCAGGAAUGGGGAGCCUGUGAUCCUUCAGAUAUUGUUGUUUUUUUUCUUCACUCCUAUUUUCCGUACCCUUGAGGUUUGAUGUGACUUUUUCAAUUAUAUUUCGGCUAAUAGUCUUAUAGCUGUGCUAUAAAUCUUCAAAAUAAAUAUCACUGCAUUUUGAAUGCUGUAUCCAUAGGAGCCAUGAAGUUGUGUUGCCCACAAUUCUUAGAUGGAUCAAAGUGUUCACUUACAAAGCAUAGCGCCUAUUCCUUCAGGAAUAACGGCACAUACCAUAGUUACAGCCUUUAGUUCCAAUACACAUGUAGAAGAGAUCUGUAGGGCACCUAAUUUGAAUGUCAACAUUUGAGAUGAUUGCCUUGUGGAAACAUUAAUGAGUAUAAAGGCUUUGCUGGUGAGGUGAGAAUUCUCCAUCCCCAGUGGUUUAGUGUAAUAUAUUAGUAUAAAUUUUAAUUGUGGUUUUCUGAAUGUGCCUAGCAUGGCCUUUGCUGUUAAAAGAAUUCCCUGCAGUACAUCCCAACUAGAGAUAUUUGACUUAGUUGAAGUCUAUUCUAAUAAGGUUUUCUCGUUCUUUACUGCUUCCUCGUUCUCCAGUCCUAUUGGAGAGGUAUUCCGAGCACGGCUCAGACAGUUCCCAUCUCUGGUGAACUGCUGUACCAUUGACUGGUUUAAUGAGUGGCCUGCAGAAGCCCUGGAGUCUGUUGCUGCUUCCUUUUUCAAUGAGAUCCCAGAUACUGAUGCCACCCCUGAAAUUAUACAGGGAAUGGUAAGUGACCUCUCUUAAACAUGCUCACAACCUCUGAUUUUCCAUAUGUGCAAGGAGAAACAUGAAAAAGAGAGCAGCUAUCUAAUAAUUGAAUGUUUCGUUAUUAGAAUUCAUAUUGUAUGAGUCCCUGCUAGUGUUUCAAAUAGCUGUCACUUCUCCAAUUGGUCCCUGUGUUUCAAGGAAAUACUCAUUUCAUAAAUGUUAGCAUUACACAUUUUGUGCAUCUUGCAUGUAGCACAUUUCAUAGUCAUUCUCUGCCUUCUUUCUGUUGAGAAACCUCUUUCCAACGUCUGUUUCCUCCCCCUUAUAGAUUGAGAUGUGUGUAGAAAUCCAUCAGAGCGUAGCACUUAAGUGCAAGGUGUAUCUGGCAGAAUUGGCAAGGCAUAAUUAUGUCACUCCCAAAAGCUACCUGGAGCUGCUCGGCAUCUUCACCACCUUGAUAGGUGCAAAAAAGCAGGAGCUCAAAGUUGCCAAAACCAGGAUGAAGAGUGGAUUGGACAAGGUGAGUUGCUUCAGUCUUAGGGUUCUAUCAUAUAUGUUGAAGACCAAUUUCUCCUUUUCAGCAAAGCACAUCAUGAAAGGUUCCCUCCACCACCACACACUGAUAAGUUUGGAAUAUCAGCUUGGGCCUGAUGUAUAGUGUGUCACUGUGCUGAUUACUUGCAAAAGCAUUGUCAUUGCUUGUGAAAGUCAAUGUUUGGAAGCCUCCUGUAGAGAAACUAUCAAUAUUAGGUAAAAAGUGGUCUGGGAUAAUUGGAGUUGUAGUUCUGUAACAUCUGGAGGGCCACAGGCUCCCCAUCUCUGAGAUGCAUAGUAUUCAAGUCUUGAUGGUCAUCUACCAAAUAGCUGUUCAAACUGUUCAAACUGUCAGAGUUACUAAUUCGUGCUAAGAAGACAGUGAUAUAUACAUGCAAGGUUCCAGCUUUUAUGUACAGGGCAAUAACAUCCAAAGUGGUUAGUUUAUGAUAAGUUAUUUAGUGGACAUUCCUUUCAAACUUGUUGGUCCAUAAGGGUUUGGAAUUCCAACAGAAACCUGUUGAUUGGCUGAAGGGAAUAUUACACCAGGCUCAGGACUGUAGGAAGAUCAGUCUUCAGUAAGUUCAGUGAGGGAAUUCAGAAGGAAGCCUAGAGAGAGAACCCGAAGCUGCCCCAGCUGGCAGCUGAUGAAGAGAGGUCAACAUGGAAGGCUCUAGAUGCUCGACAAAGAGGGUGCCUGUAUGACUAUAACUGGAAUAACAGCAUGCAUCACAUUAAACACUACCAAAAUAAGACUAAAGAAUUAUUUAACACGUAAAAAAAAUAAAUCAGAAAAACACCCAGAAUAAAAUCCAGCAGAAUAAAAUAUCUGAAAAACACUCAGAAUAAAAUUCAGCAUGUAGCCUUCAUAUUUUAAGACAGCGAUCAGAUCAAUUAACAUGCAUCUUCCAAAAAGCCUACAGAUAUGUUUUUCUUGCUGACUGAAAACUGAUUUGCCUAAUUAUAUUUAUUUAUUUAAGGUAAAUGCUAUGUCAAUGGUGUUAAUUACCUCGAAUCAUUAUGCACCCAAAUAUCAUUAGUGAAAGUCAAUGUAUCUGUAUUUGGGUGUGAGCAAAGACUUGCCUUACCCAAACUGGUGCCCUCUAGAUAUUGCUGAACCCUCAACUCCCAUCAGCUUCUGAGAGUUGAAGGGCACCAACUUGGGAAGGCUGGCAUAGACUCGUUUCUUCACUGUGUAAAUGUGUAAGGCUAUAAAAGAGAGAGAGAAGGAAUGAAGAUAAAGCCACAUAUAUUGAUGUUCUCUUUUCCUUUACUGAGUGCAGUUCACCCUGGUCUUAUGUGAAACUGAGACUUUUAGUAGCACAUUAUACUUUAUAUUUUAAAAAAACAACAACCCACAACCUGAAACAAGCUUUGGGCAUAUAGUGCUACUCUUAGGAAAUGCUGCCAGUUUUCAUGCAGAAAAGUGGCAGCAUGGAAUAACAACAAAGAAAAAGCAAUGGUAAAAUAAUGUUUUAAAACAUGACUGGGCCAAGUAAAAGUUAAGCAGUUUUAAUACCAUUGAUUUUGGUGGGGGAAUUGAGCACCUGCGUAGAACUCUGACACUGAAUUAACUGUGGCUUGGACUGGAAUGUGCUCUAGAAUAGAAGAGACUUUCCAGUGGAGCCCAGAAUAAACAACAGGUUGUCUUUUCAAGCAGCUUGAAGCUACUUCUGAGGUUUUUCCUUUGCUAUCUGUACUGUUUUCAGAUUAUUUUCCUCUUCGCUAGACACGUUCAAUAUGAGAAUGACUUUCCCCUCCAUUUCUAGCUUUUGCGAACUGCAGAAGAUGUAGCAAAAAUGCAGGAAGAGCUAGAAUUAGCACGCCCCCUGCUGGCUGAAGCUGCCCAAGACACACUGGUAACCAUGGAACAGAUACAGGUAUGCAGUGGGCCUUCAGACACUGUUGCAAAAGAGACUGAUGGUGCCCUGGUAAAACAAGAAGGGGAAAGAACCUGAUCAUUGGACUUUGUGCUGAUACUUUGCCUUGUUAGCUUUAAGCUGGAGAAAAAGAGGCCCAUAUUGCAUCUCUGCCUUGUUUUCACACAAUACAAGUCCUACAAUUAAAAUACAGUGGUACCUCAGGUUACAUACGCUUCAGGUUACAUACGCUUCAGGUUACAGACUCCGCUAACCCAGAAAUAGUGCUUCAGGUUAAGAACUUUGCUUCAGGAUGAGAACAGUAAUUGUGCUCCAGCGGCGCAGCAGUAGCAGGAGGCCCCAUUAGCUAAAGUGGUGCUUCAGGUUAAGAACACUUUCAGGUUAAGUACGGACCUCCGGAACGAAUUAAGUACUUAACCCAAGGUACCACUGUAAUGGGGCAACAUUUGCCACAAGGACAGAAAACUUUUGUUGUUCUUUACUGCAAAAGGGGGUGCCAUUUGGGUUUGUUCUUUUGGCUCCAAAAUGGCAUGACCUGGCCUUUAUACUAAACUCCAAAUAUUUAACCUUGCUAUGUGAGGUGUGAUGCUUAUUUCAGACAAUCAUGUUCAUAAGAAGGGCAAUCUCUUUAUCUUUAGCCAUGCAUGCACAAUAAAGAACUUGAAUCUACCAUAUACUACUUCCCAAGUGAGACAGGUAACCAAACAUUGCAGACUAUCAUUCUGUAUCAGCAGUGUUCCUGUUCAGAGUUCUGGUCAGCCAUAUCUGCUCCUGGCUCUUUUGAGAAAAGCAUGCCCCUUGGGUUGUUGUUUUGUUAUGCUAGAAUGUUUUUAUGCUUUGGCAAACAAUGACCUCUUUAACACAUAGUGGUAAACCAUAAUUAAUAGUUUACUGCGAAUACACUAAUCUUGCCUGCUUUUUUCCUUCCUGCAAGUGAGCAGGAGGAAAACAAACAAACCCCUGACUUAAAGUUUCAUCUGAAUUAGUGCUCAUGGUUUGCUUUACUCCAAACAAACAUUGAUCUGUUGUCAAAGUUUUCCUUUGGCUUAAUGUGGGCUUGGGACUUUUUUUCGGGGCUGGGGUGGGGAGUGAAACAAGCCACAAUCCUGUAUUCAGAUGUAAUCCUAAAACAACUAUUGUGGUUUGUCCCCCCCCCCCCCCGUGUGCUAGUGAGAGCCAUGUAUUUAGGGCUAGCCGUUAACUAUGGUUUACCAUGGCAGGCAGACUGGGUCUCUGACUGAUGCAGAAAAGGUGCUUCUAAUCUAGCCAGUCCUGAAAGCAUUCAUGAUUCCAAAUACCUUUGUGCUGCUGCAGGUAGACACAGCUGUUGCAGAAGAAACACGGAAUGCUGUGCAGGCAGAGGAAAUGAAAGCCAAAGUCAAAGCUCAGACCGCUCAGGCUAUUGCUGAUGACGCACAGAAGGACCUGGCAGAAGCCCUGCCUGCCCUGGAUGCUGCCCUUGCCAGCUUGAGGAACCUCAACAAAAAUGAUGUUACAGAGGUAACAGAGUUGAGAAAGAAUAGUUUUUAACAAUACUUUCAACAAGAACACUAGUUAUACCGUCUGUGCUUUACCAUGGAUACAGGUUCAAUAGUAACACCCCCUAAACACCCCACCCAUUCUGAUUUUCAAACUUUUUUUCCUUGUAAGUGAGUUGUAGCAGCUUAUUCCCUUUGAUGGCUGUCCCUGAAGAAGAAGAAUCUAAUCCUUUUCAGCCAAAGGUAUGUAGUGCCUUUGGGUACUGCACACUGGCAGAGGGGUCAUAUCCAGCGUGCACACUCUCUCACCCACAUCCCAGCCAUCACAUACACAGACAUGCAGAUGCAUAUACACAGAUCAAACAUUGUUCCUCGCUCAUCAAAUGAUAAAUCUGAUGAGGAGGGAUGAAAAGCAGUCUGCACCUGCCGGAGAGGCUGAAACGAUGGGUAUCAGCAUCCCUCUACCACCUUAACUCUUUGGACUCGAAUGGUUCUGUAGUAAUGUUACCAUCUGGCUUCAUUUCACUAGAUGAGAAGAGUAAGGGAAGUAAAAGCAUAGUUCACAUCACACAGCACAAUCCUGUUUGUGUCAUUUCAGAAGUUAGUCCUAUUGAAUUCAAAGGCCAACUCCCUUUUGAAUAGAUUGAGCCACUGCAAAGCUUCCUAGCUGGAAAGAACAUUGACAGCUGCUGAAUACAAGCAGAAAAUUAGUGCUACAGAUCCUUGUCUCGUUUUCUGUUCACUGACAUUUGAAGGUACAUGCUGGGUUACUACCUACUAUUAUCUGGCACUUCCAGAAAAUUUAGAAGGCCUAUUGUCAAUUAUGUUCCCCCUGUUCAAGUACUGUUCCAAGAGUUGGGUUUAUUUAGCCAGCUGUCAAUUUGACUGAUGUUGUAGUCAGUGCCUAGAGAUGAUCUUAAGAGUAGAGUCAUAUGGAGAUUUUUUUAAUGCUCUAGAUGUGUAUUUUUGCUACGCAUGUGAAGACUUAUUGUUAGUUGGUACCCACCCCAGCAAGUAGCUCAUCUGUAUUGUCAGGUGGCAGCAGCAAGUCACCAAAAGCAAUGUAUAGGUGUAUUCAGAUAUGUGCAAUAUCUUUUAGUAUGUCUUAAAUGCAUAGUGGAAAAUGCAGUUAUAUUGAGCUACUGGUGUAUGAAAAGAGAGCCCCCCCAUAACCUUACUUCAGAAUUCUGGAAACAAAAUUAUAUUGUAACUUAUGAUAAAAUGUGUGGAUCCUGUUGCCAAUGAAAUUAUCUAAAAAUAGGCUUCUAUAAUAAGUGAUUAUGACCAGUUUCCACCAGGAUUCUGCAAUGCCUGUCACCAUAUCCUAUUUGAAAGGUAAAGGGAGAAUGUGUUUCAAUAAUUAUAUUGCAACAUCAGCAUGUUUCUAGGCUAGUUGGUAUAGCCCUUUGCCUAAACAAAUAGUUAAAAUUAAAGUGAACAUUACUUUUAUUAGCAUAUUUCAGUGAAUUGUUUCAAUAUAAAACAAGCAACAUGCCUGAAACUGGUACACAUUAUAUUUUCAACCAUGGAGCUUCUUGUAUUACCACAAUUUAAGACAGCAAAAAAUGGACCCUGACCAUUAAACAAAACAUUCUUGAUUGUGCAGCCAUGUUCUUUCAUCACAGUUUUUUGAAUAACAUCAGUAAUUGAGAUAGAAAAAUAGGUAGACAAUAAAUAUGCAGGCAAGCAGAAAAGGGUAGCGCCCCAUCUUAGAAGUAUGCACUGUAGCUUUUAGUUUUAACCAACAUCUCAGACCACCCAUCCAUCACUUUACUCAGACUCUGAAGGGAAAAAACAGACUGUAAUUUAAGAGCCUUUUUUACCAAGUCAUUGUAGGGAAGAAACACUGUAUAUAGAAUUACCGGUAGGUCCAAAUCUGUCUAUUUUACAAAGAGAACAUACCAAUGUAAGCUUUCAUGAACAGGAUUCUCCCUAAGGAGACUUUCCACUCAGUCUAGAUGACAAUAAGAUGUGAGUACCUUCAAGCAAGCUGGAGGACUAUUUUCUACUGAACUACUCUCAUGUGACUAUACCAACACCUAAGAAAAUGCCAGGGUCUGUUUCUCAGCAUCUUGCACCAGCUCCUUCAGUUGUUCUGGGUUAGUGAAGAAAUGCAUGUAGAGGCUGCGCUCAGUUUGCUGAAAGUGACUCCGCAGGGAUUUUUGCUUGGCCUUCACAUCACUCAAGGUGUCCAUUAGCAUUUGGUAGAGUUUGGCUUGUGUGGUGUAAAGCUGCUCCAGAGGUUCUUCUAGUCCCUGUAGAAAACAGGUGUCAAAUAGGGGUUCAGAAGAAGCAGCACAUAUUUCUCCAAUUUUUCAUCAUUUAGAAGUUUCACAGGGAGGGAAGUUUGCUACUUAAGGAGGACCAGGAGUCCCAAGAGUACAACACUUAAUGGUGUAGCAAAAGCAAAGAUCAUUGUGUGCCAUUAAUUUGGUCUAUUCUUGUGAUUAUUAAUAGAUAAUAUAGCAAGAAAAAGAAGAUUCACACACAUGAUGGGCUACAGCUUUUGCUUACCUGAGCACGAAGCAUUAGCUGGUUGCAGUCACCAUACAUCAAACAGUGAAGUACCUCAUUGUCAGACUCCAGUUUAGGAAGCUGAGAGUGUGGUGUGGCCAGCUGCACUUUGAGCAUCCUGAGCUCCUGGCAUAACCGGGAGCCCCAGCCUGCCAAGGCCCCAUAGGCAUGGAAGAGUUGCUUAUCUUGACUGUGCCUGUUUAGCAUCUCCCACAGCCUAAGGAGGAAAGGAAUACAUAAGACGCAUCCAUCAAUUAGAAGCUUUGGGAAACUGUAUCCAUGACAGUUCUUGGCCUUGUACCAGUGAGAAAAGAGAGAGAUUCAUAUACUUUGAAAAUGGCUGCGCUAUAGAUGACUAGAGUGACUAUAGAACUGUGCUAGGAUGCUAUCUCAUUUCUUGUUGAUCUGCUGCUGUGAGAGAAUUUUGAGUAUUUAAAAGACUCAACCCGAGUCAGACUUGAUGGUUGUUUAGCUGAAUUAACAAUUAGGAGUUUAUCUGUUGAUUCAUCUCAAAGUGGUUUAAAUCUACUGCAUUAAUGACUAUGGCUCUUUUCCAACAUUCAUUCAAGUGUGCUGCAUAAAAGAAAUGGGCGAGAAGGGCCUAGCAUAUUUGAUCUUCAAUAGGUUAUGCUUCAUUUUAGUCACAUACCAGCUUAUUUUUCUUUUCUAAUGAGCCCUUAUUUUUCUUUUCUAAUUUCCACCCUAAGGAAGUAUUUCCUUGUUUCUAACACUUGCAGCCAUUUGAUACCUUUCCCCUGCAAUAGCUCUUCUGAUCUUUACCUUAACAUGGUGAGAUCACUGGGGUCUAUCAGAGUCCGCGGGCAUUGCUUAAUGGAGAACCUUGAAUCGUCAAAGCAGGCUUGCCAUUCCUGUAAUUUAGCAUGUGAUUCAUUCGAGGUAGUCACCAUCCCCUCCAGUUGGGUCUUCAUCUGUUGCAGAUUCUUCUGCUCAUGCAUCAGCAAGAGCCACAGCAGCUCCAGAUGGCUCCACUGGACCAUCAUUUGGCCAGCAGCUUGUUCUUGCAUUGAUACAAGAUGACCAAGUCUCCUGGUUUCCAAAGUGAGUUCCCCACAUACUACAGGCAAGCGAAGGAGGCUGGCACUGGUCUGGAGCAAAGGGACAAGUUUUUUGGUUUUUGCCUGUCUAACCUCCCUUUGGAGGAUACACAACUGCUCCUGGAAAGUGGCUCUACGAAGAUACAGUUCUCCUUUCUCUUCCUCCACCUGUAGAAGAGAAGGACAUUAAAUUUCACAUCCCCCUGCAGUUCUUGAAGGCCUCUACGAACUUUGCAAGAAAAACCACCAGUUUUGUUGGCAAGUAUUCUCCUAACCCAUGGGACUCUAACUAAAAUACUAUUGGGAAUGACAUCAUGGUACUCUCCCUAUAUCUAAACCCAUAUAUCUUGUUAAAAGUAACUCAGAAAACUGAGAAUAAUGCAGAACACAAUACAAAUAGCUUAGGACUAGAUUGGUCCAGAGGACCUGUUAAGUUCUGAUUUUCUGAGCCUAGAUAUCCAAUGAUUAUAUCAGCUUUCUUUAUAAAGCUUAGCAGUCAAGAGUCCAUAAAGUGGGAGAUAAAAAUUUACUCAAAACAUGGGGCAAAAGUAUUCUUUUUGUCUGUGUUUGCAGCAUAGUUAAUACAUAAUAUACAGCUUACAUAUAAAUAAGAUGUCACUUAAAUAUGAACAUUGCAAGGGGAUUUUUGCUGUCACCCCAAUCUAUUAGUUUUUUACUUCAUGGUUGAGAACAUGUUGGAUACAGACUUUAAGUGAAAAACUGCAUGUUGCUUUUACCUUUCUCUCCUUCCCUGCCGCACUUCCUAAUGUUUCUUUUAUUUUCAUUCAUCCCCAGCAAGGGAUUUCUUUGUUGCUCUAGAGAAACUGCUUUCACCACCACCACCACUCAUUUGUUUCCUCUUCGCCAGAAGCAUGUCCCUUAUCCCAAACCUGCCAGUUUCAGCCUCUAUUUCCACAAAAUUUUAAUGUACACGGGUUGGCUCUUGGUGGAUGGAUACAGUCAGAGGUGGACAGAAUCAAACACCAGCUCUCAUGAAUGCAGAGCCAAGCAGGGGCUUGUGUGACAAAAAGAGUGCAUUCACUACAGGUGAAAAAUGUCUAGUGGUUCAAACCCAUUCACCAAGUGCAACAGGUGAAUUAGAGUCUCACUCUUUUAUUAUUCGUAUCUCUCUCUCAAUGCAUUUCUGUGUUGCAGAGACUAUUGUAUUACAGGUGCUUACUGUCAUUUACUAAACCCUGUUUGUUUAAGCCAGGAAGCUAGUGACCUACCUUGUUCUCUUUAGCAGCCUUGAGGGCCUUUCCUGCCCAUUUCAAGGUAUAUGAAAUUCCUUUAAUGUUUGCAGAGGUCACAAGUGCCUUUCCCUGACUGCACAUGUAAGCCAGUGCCAUGCGCUCCAGUUCUUCCUGAUAGCUGCUCAGCUUGUCAUCUUUGGCAUGCUCCAUUUCAGCAGCUUCUCCCCGCAUCUUCAACCCUCCUUGACAACCAUCCUGAACGGUUCUGAAGUUCUCACUUUCCAUUCGGUCCGUUUCUUGCAGCAGAGCUUUACAAGUAAACUCUGGCUCGUUCUUAUUGCCCAGCUGCCCCUUGGGGAGAACUUGGCUUUUCAGCAUGUCAUAUGUCGUUUUGUGACCUUCAGAAUCAUCAUUGCAGAUUGUACUCUUACUAUCUAGCAGCACUUUCUGAGCUCGUCUUUCCAUAGACCCUGUAUCCAGUUUUUCCCAGGAGUCUCCCUGCCCCCUUUUCACCAGAACUGUUUGAUCAGCUUCCACAUCGCUGACAACAUCUGGCAAGACCUUUGGUGAGAAUCCCAAUAAAGCCUUUGUGACUUUUUCUUCCAAUUCGAGGCAAUGUUCCAGGUCCGCUGCUGCCAUUGAGGCUUCCUGCCGCUUGCUUGCAGGCUUCCUGUGCCAUUGCAUCAGCUCCUUUACUUUCUUACAGGCUUGGCUGAGAGCAUCAUUGCUCUGAAAGUUCUCUGGCUCUAGCCGCAGGUGUGCCUUCUUCAGCUCCCGGUUUGCUUUCUCUUUCUUCUCAGCCGAAUGACAGAGCUCCCGCUUCAAGCUGGCUAGACGAAUUUGGAGCUUGGUGCGCCGCUUUACCCGACAGGCGCAUUGGCUCUUCAGCGUCUGCACCUCUUGUUCAAGUGUCUCGAGAGGCAGGGUGUCAUUCUCCUGCAUAGCACACCUGAGCUGAGAGGCUUGGCGGCAGGUCUUCAACACCUGUUCCAGUGCUUCACCUUCCAGAACAGGCUUCCCGGAAAUGACCAGUUUCUCAUAGGCCUCCAGUUCUGUAGAACUGGAUACAUUCUCCUCCCCCACUAUGUUGCAGAAAGACUCAAGAAACUGUUCUGUCUCAGGACAAUCAAAGAGCCAGUCAAAGUCUUUCUCCUGAAGACCAUCUGCCUUGGGAUAAACAAAUUUCAGGGUCUCCACAAACUCACUUCCUCUGUCAACUGUAUCCAGGAGGAAAACUCUGGAGCGUCUCCGUGAGAGCAUGUUCUGGUUCUUCGAACCCUGGAGGGAGCAGAUGCAAUUUGCUUAUUAAAAUGCAGGGAGGUCUCCCUUGUGCCCACCUAUGCUAUCAUUGCCUAAGUAAGACGUUUAAUAGAGGUGUGCACCAACCAUAAGAUUUUGACUUGUAUCUUCCGCUUUGGAAAGAAGCCCAGUCUUUUUUGGAGUCACUCCCAUCUUUCCAGUUUGACUCAUUUUGGGGGGGAUCAAAUUCAUUCUACUAAAAACAAAGCUCUGCUUUUCCUACAUUCUGUAAUGGAAAAUCUAAACAUGGCUAUAAUUUUUUCUCAUUUCACAGAAUUUGAUGAAAUUUGCAGAUAUAGGAGCUCUGCUAGGGUUGAUUAAGUCUGCCAAAUUGUAUGCAGAUACAUUCCAGGGGUGGGGGUGGGGGGUUGUACAAAGAGCCUGUUACCCAGCAAAGAACCCAUGCAAGUAAGUAGACAGUCUUCUCCUCCCAACUCACAGAGAUCGUUGGGAGAUACAGAAUCUUUCCCCUGGGAAAGAAUGCAGCACUCAUUUUGAAAAGCAGCAUGGGGGGCACUCAAUUCUACAGAGGAACUUGGGACUUUAAGGAGUCUCCAGUCAGUCUGAUUCAAGCAUGUGAAAACCUUACCCAAAUCAUCCCUAUUUGCCUCAUUAAUUUGGGAAGUACACAGAGCUGAUGCACACCCCUAGUAUCGGUUAUCUGAAUUCCACACCUUGAGAAUUUUAGUGUUAACUUUCUCCAUGCAUUUGGGUGUUAAAAUAGCUUUUAUAUUGAAAGCAUGCAGAUAAUAAUUGGUUAAAUCUUACAAUAUAAAGGAGGAUCAAGUAGGAUUGCUCAUGGUCAGGGAAAAGUUUCAGGGCCCUACAUAAAUACUUGUUCUGCCCUUUGGAUACUAUCUCCCAGCUUCUUCACACACAGACCACAACCACCCUGGAGCAAUCCUGUGAGCCAAGUGAUUCACUUUGCAUUUUUAUUUGCAUCAACAUCAUUGCAGGAUGUUGGAGUAAAUGACCCUCGGGGUCCUUUCCAACUCAGCAAUUCUGUGAUCAAAACCCCACUGGUGCAGUAGCAAAACAACAAUGCAUGUAGUCUUUUUUUAGCCACUCUUUGUAACUUACCUCUGGAACCCUGGGAGCAAACUGUAGCCUGGAGUUCUCUUAUACCUAUUUCUGCAGAAACCAGCAGUGGGAACUUUUCACAACACAAAGAUCAAGUAUUAGUGGCUGCUAAUUGUCCUGAUUGCAAACUGCUGUGUUAAAGCUAUAUGGGAAGCCAAUUGACAAAUUGGUACGAUUAGUUUCUAUCCAGUAUUGUACUCCUAUAUCCGGCAGCUGCCUUUUGUAUUGAUCAUCACUGCCAUCCUGUCUGUACAAUUUCUGCUCACGGGUGGCAAUGCAAUGCAAGCUCAUCAGCUCUAGUAUGCUCAGUACUUUCCCAGCCUGUAGCCCUACUGAUACAUAAUAGGGGAGCUCAUCCCAUUGCAUUCCAAAAAGACAUUCUUGAGAUUCUUCUCUUGCAUGCAUACCUACCUAGCCAUCUGAUGGCAAACACUGGGACACUUCAGCCAUUAUUUGCAUCAAGUGGUUUUAUCCAUAACUGAAUGCACACUUACCCAAAAGGAAAUUUAGUGGAGCUUCCAAGUACACAUACAUACAUACAUACAUACAUUGACACAGAGGUCAUAUGACAAUAAUCUAAACCGGGGAAAGUUCAAGCUCAAAUGUUCUUUUCUCAUUCAGUGUGGUUCUAACAUUGAGUGACAACUUGCAAACAUGAAACCAUCUUCAAAGAUAUGACAACAGGGACAGCUUUCAUAUAAUGCCAAGCACAAUAUUGUUCACUCAUAUAGUUUGAGUGACUAAGGCUCACUGUCCUAACCUCAAUUACCUGGGAGUAAGCCCCAUGGAAUUCAACAGGGCUUACUUCUGAGUAGACAUGGUUAAGAUUGUGCCAUAAAUUAGGCAAUACUAAGUGAUCUAGACCAGAUGUGAGAAACCAUUGGCCAUGCUUGCUGGGGCUGAUGGGAGCUGUAGUUCAGCAUCAUCUGAACAGCCAAAGGUUCCUCAUACUUGAGUUCAACAAAGAAGGUCAGGGCCCUGCAUCCUUAAUGGAUAUGCAGAAGAGAGCAUUUGAAACAUUUACCUGCUGAAAAAGAAGACUGGGCCCCUUUAAUAGUUAAGUAGAAGGAGGACUUUCAGCUGGUGUUGCUUAUAUUAUAUGCUGCAGCUGUUAACAUCCCUCUUUUCCAUAGCUAUUAAAGGUUUGGGAGCUUUGUCUUUUUCAACUGGCCUCCCUAGCAUUUGGACACUUACUGCUCUUCAUGUCCUGAAAUUCUCUUUUUUACACUAUGAAAGGUUUAUGAACCCAGUCUUCUUUUUUCCUCAUGCCACUAGGCAUGGGUAAAGGUAAAGGUAAAGGGACCCCUGACAGUUAAGUCCAGUUGCAGACGGCACUGGGGUUGCAGCGUUCAUCUCGCUUUACAGGCCGAGGGAGCUGGCGUUUGUCCACAGACAGCUUCUGGGUCAUGUGGCCAGCACGACUAAGCCGCUUCUGGCGAACCAGAGCAGCGCACGGAAACGCUGUUUACCUUCCCGACGGAGCAGUACCUAUUUAUCUACUUGCACUUUGACGUGCUUUCGAACUGCUAGGUUAGCAGGAGCAGGGACCGAGCAACGGGAGCUCACCCCGUCGUGGGGAUUUGAACCGCCGACCUUCUGAUCAGCAAGCCCUAGGCUCAGUGGUUUAGACCACAGCGCCACCCACAUCCCACAGUGCCACCCGCUGUGUAAAUAAUGUGUAAAUCAAACCUAAGUAAGUGGUGGUUCAAACCUGAAGAAGCAGCCAUAUUCAGUGCAGCUAUCAUCUCUCCUCCCAAGAAAUAAGAACCACACCUUCAAAACUACUGCAUUUAAACAUGCCACUGGGUAGUAUUCAGCAAGCCUAUCCUGUCUGCUUGUGCAGUGGAACUUGUCCCCUUCUCUCCCCCCCCCCCUUGCACACACUCCAUGCCCCUUCCAAUUCUGCUUUAUGGGGUUGGGAAACCCCUAGAAUAGAUUUAAGGGGUGCAUGGCAGGGAGGAGAAAAAAUUCAAUUGCACAAGCAGAAAUCCUUAAGUUGACAGAAUGUUCUCUCAGUGUUACUUUGGAUUCUAUCCUUUCCACUAGUCUCAAAAAAAAUAUCUCUUGUCCAAUUUUUAAUCUACCUGCAAUUUGCAGGCUACUGGGGUAUGCUGUGUAUUCCCAGUAUCUCAGUUUUCUCUCCUGCAAAUUUUCUCACCUCUUCAACUGUACCUACCAAAAUCACUGACCACCUCCUCCCUACCAAAUUCAAAGGUCUCUAUUUAGUCCUCAUUCCCCUUGACCUCUAUUCUCCCUUUCAAAUUGAUCACUCUCUCUUGCUCCCCUUUUGCCCUAAGUUUCCAUGAUUCUGCCCUCCAUGAAUUCUUUUCCUACAUGCCUAAUUGCUCUUUCAGCAUUUUCAUACAAGAAAUCUCUUUUCCUGCUUUCCUUCUGUGUUAUCUGCUCAUUUUGAUCUGAUAGAAGAAAGGACAUUGUGGCAGUGGUUGAGCACCCUGGGAUGGUUAGUACAAGUGCGGUGAUUAUCUCGUUCCUCAGGUCUUUGUAGAGAGUACAAGACAGGAGGACGUGUGCCGCUGUUUUGGUGUUUCCUUCUGUGUUGUGGUUCCUAUUCUUCCCUUUCUGCUGUUCUUCCUCUGCACACAUUGUAGAGUGGCUUUAAGUACCACCUAUACACUGCUAAUGCCCAGUUCUGCCUCGCUAGCCUAGAAUUUCCCUCUUUCAUCUGAUAUCACAUGUACAAGUCUUCACUGGUUAUUUCUUUUUGGUAGUUCCAUUGUUGUCUCAAACUCAUUACAUCCAAGACCAAACUUCUCAUUGUUUGUCCCAACCCCCUCACACUAUCAGUAUUCAUUGAUAACACCACCAUCUACCCUGUUGAAAAGGUACAACGCCCUCUCCCUCUUUCCCUUGGUCCUUUUCUUUCUGACAUCUUGGCAAAAGCUGAUUCAGGCCCUGGUCGUCUUGCAUCUUAAUCACUGCAAUCUUUUCUCAGCAUCGUUGCCUCAUUUUUGUUCCCCUCACCUCAGUCCAGCACUUGGUUGUCAAAAAGCAUUCAACUCUCUUAUAAUGCUGGCCAUAUGAUACACUUCCUUAAGUUCCUAGACUUCUUACCUAUUCAGUUAUCCGCAUGGUCCCUUAUCCCUCUUCAUUCAUAUAUCCUGAUGCAUUCCUGCCUGUAAUCUUCACUUGUCCCUCUCUGCCACCCUCUGCUGCCCAAAGGUCUUUUGCUCUUUGCAGCCUCCCAGAAUAUCCCCAUGAUGCCAUCCUAUCUUCAAACCCCUCCUACCUUUCCAUGAAGCCUUUAGCAGAACCCCGCUAGUCCUCAUGCCCCCCAUUAUAACUAAGCUUAAAUACAUGUCGCUGAAGUAAUAUCAUAUUCUUGCCCCUUUUACCCCUUCCUUUGUUGUCUUCCUUGUGUCAGUUUGUAGACAGUAAGCCCCUUGGGGGCAGGGACCUGUCCUUUCUUUCUUUGUAAAGUGCUGUGUGCAUGGAUAGCAUUAUAUAAACAAUGUCAAUGAUCAGAGAAAGGGUGCUCAGCUUUAUGAAUGGUGGUGCUCUUUUAAAGACCAUAUUCUAAUCUUGAUUUAUUUCAUGCCUCAGUACUGAAGUCCAGGAUAGUUAGGAAUGCCCUCCAGCAGAUGUGGCAUUAUACUGAAUUACAGAUCCACUUCUUUCCCCCGUGUUUCCAACUAGGUGCGAGCGAUGCAGCGUCCUCCACUUGGAGUGAAGAUGGUGAUUGAAGCUGUCUGCAUUAUGAAGGGCAUCAAGCCCAAGAAAGUGGCAGGAGAGAAACUAGGUUCCAAAUUAGAUGACUAUUGGGAACCUGGCAAAGUCCUUCUUCAGGACCCAGGGAAAUUUCUUGAAAGCUUGUUUAAAUAUGAUAAGGUAAGUACCAUAGUAGUCAGUCAGUCAUUCAGUCAUUCUCUCUCUUCCAUGCUGACCAGAAUAAAACUGUCUUGGCUUCUCCUGUUCCUACAGAGGGAGUUGUUAUUAAAAGCUCAGGAGCGAGGGCUAGUAAAAAAGAAAAGGGCAAGCCUAAGUACUAGUGUAGCUGGCAUAAUUGUGAGACUUAAGCUUGCCAUCUAGUCAAUCAAAUGCUUUUCUCUCAUAGCUUUUUGGUUUGUGCUAGUAAAGCUCAAUUUAAUUAGUUAAUGGGCAUAUAUUUCAGAGAAAUAAUACAUCCAAUAUGCUACAUCUCUGAGUAGGGAUUUCUGGAUGCCCCUUUUUCCUCCCCUCACCACCUCACCUAAUCUGAUGUAUUUGGCAGGGAGGGAGGAGGCAUCUACCAUUUCCCCACUUUAUUUUCUUUUGGCUCAAGCCUGGAUAUGAGCUCCAGGGUCUCACGGUGUGCGUUUCAGAGAAGCAGCCAUCCUUGCAAAUCCUCAGAUUCUUCUCUGGAGUAGAUUAAAAUCCAAGGGUGACAAGAACUCUUGGUUUAAUAUCCUCCCACCCAUGCCACAAAUCCCAAAAACACAGCCAGGAGAAGUUCAGCAAGGGCUUUUCCUGGUAAGGAAGCAUUUGGUGACAGUGAAAUCUUUCAAAGCAGUCGUCUCCAUUGAUGCCCAUCAGGGCUGCUUUGAAAAGAUGCACCUGAAAAAUGAUUUUAUGUAGGGGCAAGGUGGAAAUGCCACUACUCACAGGGGACCCUGUUGCUCCAGUAGUCUCCUGCCCCUAAGAUUAAUUUUCACAGGUAUAACCCCUGUUGGAGACCAACCACCCCACAUUUCUUAGGAGGUGCAGCCCCUUUAUAGUACCUUAUUCCAUUAAAUGUAGCAAUUAAACAACAAUUCAGUUAAACAGAGGGGUUGAAAGAAGCCACACCCAGUGAAACUGCUGGUGGGAAUAAACACCUUAUAUCUGCAGAGAAUCCUUCAGGCUAAAGGGUUUUACAAGGUGAAGCCUGCUUGCCCCAGAUGCUUCCCUUAGCUAGGGGAGAGUUCUCUUAGCCACACAAAGCUAUCAUUUGACAGCCAGGGAUCUGGGAGGUGUGCAAGCAAUCCCUGGCUGUGAAAUGGGGAAAGCGGGUCAAGUUCAUCUACUUCCCAAUUUUGGGAGGAAAUGGCUCGAUUUAUUCCCAGGUUAAGGUUGCGUAAAACAUGGACCAUGCAUCUAUCUGUAGUCACAAGCUGGCUAUGAAGCAAAUGUCAGUGUUGAUGUUCCCAAUUAAGGGAUGUGAUGCGAGGAAUACUCAGCUGUCCUUUUGACUUUGAUUAGUCACUGGACACUCCUUGGCCUACUCACCUUUUGAUUCUUGGCCUGAACCAGCAGAUGAAAAUAAAUGGUUUCCUUUCCUUCCACUUUUCGGGGAGGUAAUGAUAGCUUGUAUUGCCCACAAACCAAACACAUUGCCUUGCAGUAAUAAAAGCCAUCUUGAAGGAAUGAACAAGCAAUGCAUAAGCUUGGCUUGAAGCUAGAAACAAAGAAGGGAGUGCACAAUUGGGAGUUUAUGCUUUUCCUGCCACACUGAUGAAUUUUUGCCAUGGGGUUUGGUUCUGCCUCACAGCUGACUCCCCUGAUGUCUCAGACCUUGAUGCUCCCAGCACUCAUAAUCUCUUCUUUAACCCUUUCAGGAUAACAUUGCAGAUUCAGUAAUUAAGUUGAUCCAGCCAUAUAUCGACAGUGAAGAAUUUCAGCCAGCAGCCAUAGCCAAAGUGUCCAAAGCCUGCACAUCUAUCUGCCAGUGGGUCAGGGCCAUGCAUAAGUAUCACUUCGUGGCAAAAGCUGUGGAGCCAAAACGAGUAAGAACUACAGCAGGGCUUCUUCAAAGUUAUUGCAUGUACACCUAAAACGGAAUGGAGCCUCUGACCGCCCCCAUUGCUGCUAACCACAAUUAUUUUCCUUGGAAUUAUGGCAGAACUUGACAAUCACAAAAAUUUCUCUCUCUCCACAGCAAGCCUUGAGGGAGGCUGAAGAAGACCUCCAGGCCACACAGAAGAUUCUGGAUGAGGCCAAGGAGCGUCUUCGAGAGGUGGAAGAUGGCAUUGCCAACCUGCAGGCCAAAUACCAAGGUACUCUGGCCACAAAAGAGGAACUCGAGAUGAAGUGUGAUCAGUGUGAGCAGAGACUGGGUCGGGCUGACAAGGUAAGGGCCACGGCCACAACUGUGGAGUCUCCUCCCCCAUUCCCUUCACCAGGCCUCACCUACCACUUGUUGGGGCAAGAUGGAAGACAGGAGCAGAGGCUGAAGGAAAGAACUGGGGGCGAAGAAACAGCUUUCUUUUGUUUCACAUCAUCAGAGCUGUUAAAGAGACAGACACAAUCUCCAAGUUGCAAUCCAGAAACUCGGGGGGGGGGGGAUACUAGUAAAACCACCAAUUUCUUCUGACAGUUAUGUCUGCCCGAGUAAGUUUACCAAAUCCUCAUUGAUAGUAAUUUUGUGGCCUUAAUCACAGCAGGGAGCCAAAUCUGCUUUUUCAUUUCCCAUAUAUCAGUAGUUGGGCUUAGGGGGCAGUCCCAGUCACUGUUUUCCUGCGGCAUUUUCUGCUGGGGUUUGGUGGAGCUUCUUUGAGAAAGAAACUAAUGUCAGUCUUUCUUUUCUCCAGUUGAUUAAUGGCCUGGCUGAUGAAAGGAUACGCUGGCAGGAAACAGUCCAGAACCUGGAUUAUAUGAUUAACAAUAUUGCAGGGGAUGUGUUGGCUUCAGCUGGCUUUAUAGCAUACAUGGGCCCUUUUACAGUGAGUAGGAAAAAUAUUUUAUUUUCCAGAAUACCUGAGCAUUGUCUUGAUUUAGUUCUGGUUCAGAAUAAGUUCCCCAAGAGAAAAUAUGUUUCUGGGUCAAAUUCUUGCUGCAUCCCACAUUGUAGCUAAACCAUAGUGGCAUAGUGCUGAAUUGUCAAACAUCCAAGUGUUGAAACUGGGAUAGUUGCAGUCAAAAUCUAACAGUGCAUAUUCUUGUUAAUUAGUAAGUCUGGGGGCCAAUGGCCACAGACCAAUUAAUUACUAAAUGGGCAGUCUUAGACCAUAGGAAUGUAACUGGUGAGGAGAGAGCUCUGUGUGAUGUCAUUUCCCCUGUUUCCAGUGGCAGGAAGAAAUGAGACAUAUGUUGCUCUCUCUCUCUCUCUGUCCUUUUGCACCAUGCAUUUGAUGGAGAUAGUUGUCUGUCUGUGUUCUCCCCAUGUGCAGACAUAGUUGAAUCUUAUAAUUUAACUAUGAAUUUUGUAACCUAGAAGUAUUUUUACCUGCAUUGUUUUUGCUGGUGUUUGUUGAAAAUGAGUGCAAGACUUUAAGUAAGCACUAUUUUUAACUUACUUUACAGUUUUUGUUUUGAUUAUUUUUCCAAGUGUGGUAACUAAAAAGGGGGAAGCGAGCUUGCUUCAAAGUUGGAUUUAAAUAGGUUUUGCAGACUUUGCUUAGCUUCUGUUUUUUUCUACCAAGGGAUUGUUGUUGUUUAGUCGUUUAGCCGUGUCCGACUCUUCGUGACCCCAUGGACCAGAGCACGCCAGGCACGCCUGUCUUCCACUGCCUCCCGCAGUUUGGUCAGACUCAUGUUUGUAGCUUCGAGAACACUGUCCAACCAUCUUGUCCUCUGUCUUCCCCUUCUCCUUGUGCCCUCAAUCUUUCCCAACAUCAGGGUCUUUUCCAGGGAGUCUUCUCUUCUCAUGAGGUCGCCAAAGUAUUGGAGCCUCAGCUUCACGAUCUGUCCUUCCAGUGAGUGCUCAGGGCUAAUUUCCUUAAGAAUGGAUGCGUUUGAUCUUCUUGCAGUCCAUGGGACUCUCAAGAGUCUCCUCCAGCACCAUAAUUCAAAAGCAUCAAUUCUUCGGUGAUCAGCCUUCUUUAUGGUCCAGCUCUCACUUCCAUACAUCACUACCGGGAAAACCAUGGCUUUAACUAUACGGACCUUUGUUGGCAAGGUGAUGUCUCUACUUUUUAAGAUGUUGUCUAGGUUUGCCAUCGCCUUUCUCCCAAGGAGCAGGCGUCUUUUAAUUUCGUGACUGCUGUCACCAUCUGCAGUGAUCAUGGAGCCCAAGAAAGUAAAAUCUCUCACUGCCUCCAUUUCUUCCCCUUCUAUUUGCCAGGAGGUGAUGGGACCAGUGGCCAUGAUCUUCGUUUUUUGAUGUUGAGCUUCAAACCAUAUUUUGCGCUCCUCUUUCACCCUCAUUAAAGGUUCUUUAAUUCCUCCUCACUUUCUGCCAUCAAGGUUGUGUCAUCUGCAUAUCUGAGGUUGUUGAUGUUUCUUCCGGCAAUCUUAAUUCCGGCUAGGGAUUCAUCCAGCCCAGCCUUUCGCAUGAUGAAUUCUGCAUAUAAGUUAAAUAAGCAGGGAGACAAUAUACAGCCUUGCCGUACUCCUUUCCCAAUUUUGAACCAGUCAGUUGUUCCAUAUCCAGUUCUAACUGUAGCUUCUUGUCCCACAUAGAGAUUUCUCAGGAGACAGAUGAGGUGAUCAGGCACUCCCAUUUCUUUAAGAACUUGCCAUAGUUUGCUGUGGUCGACACAGUCAAAGGCUUUUGCAUAGUCAAUGAAGCAGAAGUAGAUGUCUUUCUGGAACUCUCUAGCUUUCUCCAUAAUCCAGCACAUGUUUGCAAUUUGGUCUCUGGUUCCUCUGCCCCUUCGAAAUCCAGCUUGCACUUCUGGGAGUUCUCGGUCGACAUACUGCUUAAGCCUGCCUUGUAGAAUUUUAAGCAUAACUUUGCUACCGUGUGAAAUGAGUGCAAUUGUGCGGUAGUUUGAGCAUUCUUUGGCACUGCCCUUCUUUGGGAUUGGGAUGUAGACUGAUCUUCUCCAAUCCUCUGGCCACUGCUGAGUUUUCCAAAUUUGCUGGCAUAUUGAGUGUAGCACCUUAACAGCAUCAUCGUUUAAAAUUUUAAAUAGUUCAGCUGGAAUAUCAUCACUUCCACUGGCCUUGUUAUUAGCAGUGCUUUCUAAGGCCCAUUUGACUUCACUCUCCAGGAUGUCUGGCUCAAGGUCAGCAACCACACUAGGACGGGGCUGGAACAGUUUAGUUUAGAAAAAACAUACAAGUAAGGAGCAGGACAUGAUAGAAGUAUAGAAAAUUAUCCAGGGUGUAGAUGAAAGUGGAUAGAGAGAAUUCUUUCUCCUUCCCUCUUAAUACUUGAACCCAGUCAUCCAAUGAAGCUGUAUGUUGGACAAUUUAGGAAAAACCAAAGGAAGUCCUCUUUCACCACCAUGUGAUGCAGUAAAGGCCACCAACUUGGGUGGUUUUGAAAGAGAGGUUGAUAAAUCCAUGAAGGAGAAAGCAGUCAGUGGCUACUAGUCACGAUGGCUGUGUACAGAAGUGGUUUGCACAGUGGGCUGCGCUGCAGAACCACCCUCCUGACACCAGCAUUGCUGCCACUUAACAGGACAGUGCAGGGGCAGGAUAGCAGCAGGGCUGGGGCUUCACAGGCUCCCCAGCAGGAGCACCAGAGUAGCCCCAACCUCACCAUUGCCUUGUCCCAUCACCACACUGUAAACAGCAGCAACACCAGCGUUGGGAGGAUGGCUCUUCAGCAUCACCCCACUGCACCAACCAGUGAUGAACUGCUAAAUACCAGUUGCCUGGGAGCACAAGUGGGGGGAGUGCUGUUGUGCUCAUGUCCCGUGAGAUUCCUAUAGGUAUGUUGUUGGCUACUGUGUGAACAAAAUGCUAGACAGUCCAUUGGAAUGUGGGCCUCAAUUCUCUUUUUCAGCAUGUUGGCCUAAUUUAGCUAACUGUAAUACUGAUUUAAUAUCAGUGAUGCAUAGUUUUCCUUUGCAGGGUCAAUACCGCAAUUCACUUUAUGAUGAAUGGAUAAGUAAGCUUGAGACGUAUAAUGUUCCACACACAAAAGAACCAAACCUGAUAGGCACACUUGGAGACCCAGUGAAAAUCCGAUCGUGGCAGGUAAUUUUAACAGUAUACACUGACUGAAUUGUUUUGAAAUGUGUUCCCAUGCUUUGAAUAACUUUAACUUGUGGGGCUGAAUCCUAGCUAGAAGAAGAAGAAGAAUAAUAAUUUAUUAUUUAUACCCCCGCCCAUCUGGCUGAGUUUCCCCAGCCACUCUGGGCGGCUCCCAAUCAAGUGUUAAAAACAAUACAACGUUAAAUAUUAAAAACUUCCCUGAACAGCUAUGUGGACAUGGCUUUGGUUUCCUGGGCCCUAAUUCCAUUGUAGACAAAACUCAAGAAGAAGUGAAUCACAGAAUAACUAUACAAUGGGUUGCACUGCACACCUCACCUUGUCUUCUUCUCCGCUAGCAGAAGUUUAAAUUAUGGAAAAUUUGCUUGAUUGACAUAUUUUGCACAGGUUACAUAAAUUUAUUUUCCUUGCUGCAGAACAUAUGUUAUUGCCAGUGCAGUUUUGUUUAGGGGCAGAGUAUGCAGAAUUUGUGUUUACUGUUAAAAUGAUGUGUUCUUAUUCAGAUUGCAGGUCUACCCAAUGAUACCUUGUCUGUGGAGAAUGGAAUGAUAACUCAGUUCUCUCAGCGCUGGACUCUCUUCAUAGACCCCCAGGGACAAGCCAACAAAUGGAUAAAAAACUUGGUAAGGGCUUCUGCUUCUGCAAAGUCAUUAAUCCAGUUCAGUGGUACCAGGGGAUUUGAUACCCCAUCCUAUCUCUGAGAUUGAAGUUCUGUUCCUAUAAAGGCAUGUUGUUUACACCUCACUGUUAAAAUUCCCAGUUUGCAAACUAUAAAUGCAAAUGUAAAAAAAAUACACACCCUUGUUAUCUGAAUCUUCUGAUUAUCUUAUUAUUACUAUUUUUUAAAAAAAUUCUGCUCUUUCCAUCAUGAAAUGAAGGAAAUAUGGUAUAAUUUUAAAGCAGAAAACCAAACUUCAUGGGUUUGAAGGUUCAGCUGCCAGUUCUGAGUAUUGAUUUUCAAUGUGAAAAGCCGUGAUCAAAAAGCAAAAGCAGAACGAGGCAUUGAACUGUUAUCAUGAAGAAAUAUGAGCAGUGAAAGUGGUUAUCACACAAGUGUUCCUUUGGGUUGCUUUCACGCAUUGGAGAGCUGAGUCGCAGGUCUGGGUGUUUGCUGUGUUCAAUUUAUUAACAAAGUGGAUGCUUAUACUCAAGAUUUCUCCACCCCCACCCCAUGUUUCUUUUACUCAAUUUUCCAUUUGUUGUUCCACAUUCACACAAGCAGGCCCCCACUUAUCACCAGUACUGAGUUUGUCUGCACCUUCUCUGUUUUUCAGGAGAGAGAGAGUGGGUUAGAUACAUCUAAGCUCAGUGAUCGGGACUUCCUGCGCAGCUUGGAGAAUGCCAUUCGUUUUGGAAAGCCGUUCCUACUGGAGAACGUUGGUGAAGAACUGGAUCCAGCCCUUGAACCUGUCCUGCUAAAACAGGUGCCUCUGAUUUUUCAGUGCCUGUUUGAUAAAGUAUUAGCAGGCACUGGCAACUUUUCUGCUGUCAGCACUGAGUGAAGGGGCUACCCUAAUGUCGGAAUGCCUUUCAUCUUUAAGAACUGGCAUCUUCUGUGUGAAUUGGGGUUACAAAGGUGCAGAUUUGUAGUUGAGAAGCUUUGGGCAGUAGGAGAAGGCUUACUUCUUCCCCUGACAGCUGGUGUUGCCUCUAUUAGCUGCUGUUCCCCCGUUACCAUCCAUAAAAUGAAGGAAAGAGAAAUGCUUGUUAAUAUGUGUUGAUAUGCUGGACCAACUGGGACUAGGAAGCAGCUUCAGUGCCGAGACAGGCAAAUCUGUCUUCUGGUUGUGGACUGAUACUAGCCCAGAAAUUCUGCAAAAAUCCAUUCUGCACUCACCAUUACCAUCUACUUUUGCCUAUCCCAAGCCACACUAUCCGUACACUCUCAACAACAUGAAUUUGUUGGAUGGAGUUGGCUAUGAACGUUGUGGUAUUAUCUGUUACAGAAUUGUGUCUUUUCUGUUUGCAUAGAUGUUUGUUGUUGCUGCUGCUUCUUUUUACUUGUUUCCCUGAUAUACAGACCUAUAAGCAGCAAGGUAGCACAGUGUUGAAGCUGGGAGACACAAUCAUUCCAUACCAUGAGGACUUCAAGAUGUACAUCACCACCAACCUACCUAAUCCCCACUACACACCAGAGCUGUCCACCAAGCUUACACUGAUUAACUUCACCCUAUCCCCCAGGUAACACCAGCUCUACUUUUCAUUGCUGAUGCCAGCAAGUGUUCUGAUACUCUCCUUGGGCUUAAAAGUCCUCCACUUUAAUCAUGUCAGCUGCUUUUCCCCACCUGUAGUUCUGAGUUAGAGGUUGCAUCCCAUCAAUCUUGAUAGAUGGAACUGUGAAUUUGAGCCCUGCUGGGCAUGCAGUUUGCGGCUGGGGAAAGUCUGAAACCAAGCUCUAAUAGAACAUGAAGAUUCCAUAUGACCCUUUGUUGUUCAAAUUGUAAUAUGUGUGGUUGCUUUCUUUCUUUUUACAGUGGCUUAGAGGAUCAGCUGCUAGGCCAAGUGGUAGCUGAAGAGCGGCCUGACUUGGAAGAGGCCAAGAACCAGUUGAUCGUCAGUAAUGCCAAGAUGCGACAGGAGCUGAAGGAGAUAGAAGAUCAGAUCCUGUACCGCUUGAGCUCUUCUGAGGGGAACCCUGUUGAUGAUCUGGAGCUUAUCAAAGUGUUGGAGGCAUCCAAGCUAAAAGCAGGGGAGAUUCAGGUUGGUGACUGAUCUGCACUUCCACUGCAGCCUGUCAGCUGUUUGCUUUGACUUAAUAUGGAAUGGUAAAUUUUGUCUCGGUCUUGAAUCUCCUGCAGGCCAAAGUGAAGGUAGCUGAACAGACAGAGAAGGAUAUUGACAUCACCCGGCUGGAGUACGUGCCUGUGGCUGUCCGCACCCAGAUCCUCUUCUUCUGUGUCUCAGACUUGGCCAAUGUCGAUCCCAUGUACCAGUAUUCAUUGGAAUGGUUCCUCAACAUAUUUCUGACAGGAAUUGCUAACGCUGAGAGAGCAGGUACCUCUGAUAAUGUGCUGUGUGUGAAGAGAAUCCCAUCCCAAACCCCUCAGUGUCUCACUUAGAACUAUAGAAUUGUAGAGUUUCCCUCUACAUAGGGGCCAUACUCUGAUCAACGCUAAAGGGACAAUUUCAUAGUUCGAAUGUUCAGAGUUUCUAAAGUAUUAUGUUUGCAUAGUAAAGUUGUUAGCCAUAGGAUAGUAACCUCAGCUAAGUAAAAAUGUAAUGCAUUGGUGAUCCCAAAUGCUAUAUCCCGUUAUGUUUGUUACAAGCCAUCCCAAAAUUAAUAGGUGGUCUUGCGGUUCUUCUGGAAGAUGUUCAGACUUUUGAAGGACUGGAGAUUUGUUCAUCCUUGCACUUCAAUAUCCAGUAGAGCUCAGUGCUGGAAUAAAAUUGGCACACAAACCUUUUAAGAGUACACCUGCUCAUUAUGGAUUAUAAUCAGCCCCUACUAGUUUAUUGCCAGAGUUGCAGAAUCUCAAUGAACUUCAGCUUGAUCCCAGAUUAUUUCUGUAUGGGGUUCAGGAAAAAAAGCCACUUUACUGAAUCUAUAGAUGGUCAUCAUUUCAGGUGAUGCUGGUGGCAACAUUCAGCCAUUUAUGCUGUAGAACUAGUAUGUAAUCCAGAGAUGCGGGUGUUCCUGAUGCCGUCUGCCUUUCCCUCACCAUAUCUAAAUUGUUCUACUGUCAAGCUCUGUAUGAGAGAAAUCUUUUAAAGCACUAGCUUUUAACUUGGUAUCCUUAUCAGUGCAAAGCACUUGGCUUUUAAAUGGCCUUCAGCCAUCCUAGCAGUUUUUAUUUCUUCAGGCAGUGUUCAGUAUGCCAGCACCAGACAGGAGGCAUGAGAAGUUUUUCUGGCUCACUAGUGCAGGCCUAAGUCCUCUUGAAUAACGAACACAGUUCUAAAGCGUAUGGCAAUAUUGUGGGUCAUUUCCUCUUACUCACUGUCUGCAUUGUUAUUUUGUGAUUUCUUAUUUUCAGACACCCUAAAGAAGCGAAUAGCAAAUAUCAAUAAGUACCUCACCUUCAGCCUCUACAGCAAUGUGUGUCGGAGCCUCUUUGAGAAGCAUAAGCUCAUGUUUGCGUUUCUGGUCUGCAUCCGGAUCAUGAUGAAUGAAGGCAAAAUAGACAUGGUCAGUGAAACUACAUCCUCAGACCCUUUUAAGCAAGUAUCUGUACGAUCAUGAACUGCUAUGAGACUGUUUUUCAAAGCAUGUAACUACGCACUGUACAGCAACCAUGUCUUAAAGCAUAGCCCAUUGAUUUAAUGCAGCAUCACCUAUUAAAAUUGGAUGAAGGUACUACCCUGUGUUUCACUGGUGGCACACAAUGUUCAGAUAUAGGCAUCUGGGAAACCUGAUUAUGCCAGGUGUGUGUGUGUGUGUGUGUGUGUGUGUGUGUGUGUGAGAGAGAGAGAGAGAGAGAGAGAGAGAGAGAGAUGCAUGUAUGACAACCACCUGCUAACUUGAUCCUAACUCUUUCUGUGAAUGGAACAGAAUUCAGGGAAUGAGGCAUUCCCACCUUCCCUUUCCCUCUGCAGCUCCAUGAACUCCCUGAAAAUCUGUUAUAGGGGUGAGGUGACUGGGUGACCCUUGGGGAGGGAUAUGGGAGGCUGUUUCAGACGGAAAGGAGACAUGACAAGCACCCACUUCCCUUUACUUGAGCAGAAGUGCAUCUGUUUGCUGCAGAAAACAUCCAUGUAAUGUUUGUGUUCCCCAUAGCAGUUGCAACUUGUAGAGCUACUGCUACAGUGUGCUUCCAGACAUAUAUUCCUGGGGCAAAUCCAUACCAUACACUAAAGCACAUACAACACACAUUUAAAGCUUUACCUCCCCCCCCCCCAAAAAAAAGAAUACUGGGAACUGUAGAACUACAAAUCCCAGCAUCCUUAACAAACUAAAGUACUGUCACUGAACGUUACUGUAAUAAAUAUAGGGGUUGCUCAUGCGUAAGUUGUCGCCACUCCUGGCUAGGUUGCCUUGUUAAACCUUUUCUGUCUGGACAGCCCUUCACUUCGUGGCUGUUCAGUCGCUAGCAGAAUCCGUCAGUGGGCGUUUCUUAAACCUUUUCCAGCAUAAAAGCUGUUUGACCCCAAGUCUCCUCCUACUCUCCCUGCGCGGAAGUCUUCUGCGCAGGGAGGGUGUGGGCAGCGGAGGACCCGUGCUCUCCUCGCUGAUCUCCGGCGAGGAGUCCUGGAGCCUCCUCGCCGAUUCCCCCAUCUGCCCCCCUUUAUCCCUGGUGUUACGCUGAUUUCCUUCCCCAGCUGGUGAGCCGCCUCUCCCCCUGCUGGGCCCUUCUCCAGCAUCGCUUGAGAGCCUAGCCUCCGCCUCUGGCUCCGAUGUCAGUUCCCUGACAGUUACGUUUCUGGGAAGGGGGAGCAGUAUUACAUACCUUUGUUCUUAAACUUGUGACCAGUGCAGAACUGUCCUCACAAACAUACCUUAUGGAAGUGAUGGUUGCCCCGACAAUUUAUCAUGCUGACUGGUCCCUCGUCAAGAGUCUGUAAACAUUUUGACAAGCCUGCCAUCUGUGGGCCAGAGAGGUGAACACCUCCUUGCAUUGGCACUUCUGGCCAUGGUUCAUGGAAGGAAAAUUCACAAGCAGAGUCUAAUUCUCCCUAUCUAUUAUUUGUGAUUUUUUUACAUUCAGGAUGAAUGGCGAUACCUAAUUUCAGGUGGUGCAGUUAAGACCAUGCGGGAUAAUCCAGCUCCUGCAUGGUUAUACGAAAGAGCAUGGAAUGAUAUCUUGGCCUUGACCAACCUACACAAUUUUUCCAGCUUUGCAGAUGAUUUUGUGGCAAAUCUGAAUGGUUUCCGAGCAAUUUUUGACAGCGCAGAACCUCACAGGUGACAUUUCCCCUUCAGUUUCCAGUAGGGUUGUAGGUCCUGCACUGUUUUUUGUUUGGCUCUGCCCUCCCUUCCCCAUCCCUCACCCCCACUGCUUGCCAGUGGUAACUCUGCUCAGAAAAUGGCUAGAGAUUUGUUACUGACCUUGCCAGCCCCUUAAAAACAUCAGAAGAGCCCUGCUGGCUCAGGCCAAAGGCCCUGUUCUCACAGUGGCCAACCAGAUGCUAUGGAAACUCCUGAGCAGGACCGGAGUGUAACAGCAUUCUGCUCACCUAUGAUUCCUAGAAUCUGGUAUAUGGAGGCAUAUUGCCUCCAGCAGUGGAGCUAGAGCACAGCCAUCAAGUGAUCUGUCACAAAGAUUGAUCCCAUUAUAGUUACCACACGAAAUCCACUCUGAGAAGCCUGUUGUCUUGCCCUAUGCCUGUUACAUUUUCAGUGUGAAAUGUGAAAACCUGGCACAGCCCUUUCCUCUCUUGCAGGGAGCAUCUGCCUGGCCUGUGGGACGCCAAGUUAGAUGCCUUCCAGAAGUUGCUGGUCCUCCGUUGCCUGCGAGGGGACAAAGUCACCAAUGCAAUGCAGGACUUUGUGGCUGCCAACUUGGGGCAGACCUUCAUUGAGCCUCAGGUAGCUACCAGCAGUUGAGCGUGGGUGGUAGGAGGGGUGAGCAGAUAGAUGUUUGGCAAAACCAUCACCACAUACUGUCUCAUCCUGCCGCCUUCUUUCUCAAGUCUAGCCAUGGCCUUAUUCCCAACACUAGAUAGCAAAGCAUAAGACGGGGAAACGCUGUGCACUGACUCUGAGCAAAUAUCUUCUCCAUUGUCCACUACCAGUGCUUAAUAGAAAAAUCCCGCCUUUAUUCCCAUUUCAGACUGCAAACCUCUCUGUGGUGUUUAAGGAAUCUGCCGCUACUACACCUCUUAUCUUCGUCCUCUCUCCCGGCACAGACCCAGCUGCUGAUCUCUAUAAAUUUGCUGAAGAAAUGAAGUUUUCUAAGAAACUAUCUGCAAUUUCUCUUGGACAGGGACAAGUAAGUUCCCAGUGCUAUAGUGCUGCACAUCCCUUAAAACAUGGCUGAUCCUCAUUAAUUGCUCUGUAGCUCUUUUCCAAAGGACUUUGUGAAGUAGAUUCCUGCCAUUACUAUCUUUGAGUGGAUAACGAAGUAUAAGAGCAGUGGAUGUGUUCAAGUCCACCACUGAGUUUUCAUUUCUGAGUGCAAGGUUUCGCGCGGGGGGGGGGGGGGGGCUGAAUUCAGCUCUUCCAGCACCCACUACAAAAUAUUGCAAACCUGUUUCACACACUUUCCUGCUUUCAGGAAUUCUGGGUAAUGACACGUGGACUCUGAUCCACAAAAGCUGGUGACAUAAUAAAUUUGUUAGUGUCGUGAAACUCUUAAUCAUGUUUGCUGUCCUGCAGUAUUCCUUCUUGCAUCUUGUAUGGGUGUCUCCUGCAGGUAGACAUGGACUUUGAGAGCCUACCGCCCUUAAGUCAGGGGUGGGGAACUGGAUCCAGCUGGCAGCCCAAAUCCUUACAUCCCCCACCUCACCUGUCAAUCACUUGGUGCCACAUUGUCAGGUGACCUUUUUCGUGUAGCAAUGCACACAAAAGGCCCAAUGGGCAUCAGGGUUUCAGUGCACAGUGUUAUGCAAGCCCUGACAAUCAGUCGAUUGGUGGUGCCUACCAACUCCCUUUUAGUCCAUCCACCUGGCUUUCUUAGUUUUUUCAGCUUUCUUAGUUUUUCUGCCUUCCCUAAUUCCCUGCUGACAUAGUACAGCCACCCUGACUGACCUGUGGCUGUGUUGUUCUGUGUUGCUUCUUAGGGUCCCCGGGCAGAAGCCAUGAUGCGCAGUGCUAUGGAGCGUGGGAAGUGGGUCUUCUUCCAGAAUUGCCACCUGGCUCCAAGCUGGAUGCCUUCUUUGGAACGACUCAUUGAAGGCAUCAACCCUGACAAGGUGACACACAGAUGGACUUCAGCUUUUGCUUCCCUGUGCAUUUUCAGCAGAAGCCAUAAAGUUUCUCCCUGGAUCCUUAUGUAAAUGUUUAUAGGUAUCUGUAGAAAAAUUGUUAAAGUGAUGGGACAGCAGUAGUUAGGCACAAUCUUUCUAGAGUUUUCUACUUUCUUUGCAGAGCAUGCUUAUGCUGCCAACAAGAAGGUGGGCAAAAAAGGUGGAGGAGGUAGGGAUUAGUUGCAGAAUCUUGAGGCUCCAUAUGGGAGCAAGAUAAUAAGAUGAAAUAGAAUCUCCAGUGAGCAUUUUUUUUGCUUCUGUAAAGGAACUCGCAGCAAGUGGCACUUUCUCUCGAUGUUCUCCUUACACAUUCUUAUUGCAGGAUGUCUUUGACAGCUCACAGGAGUAAGCAGGAUAUCUUAGGAGAAACGUUGACUGUCCCCUCCUAUGAGAAAUAUAUUUGCUGGUCUCUUUGUGAUGGAGGAACACUUCUCUAAUGGGAGUGAGAAAAGACUCUUCCGUAGAAAGGUGUUUCUAAAAAGUAGAACGGAACUCUUUCAGAUUAUACAUGGCUCAUAUUUCAAUUGCCUAGGUGCACCGGGACUUCAGACUUUGGCUCACCAGUUUGCCUAGUAACAAGUUUCCAGUGUCCAUCCUCCAGAACGGAUCUAAGAUGACCAUUGAGCCACCACGGGGAGUAAAGGCUAAUCUGCUGAAAUCUUACUUAAGCCUGAACAAUGACUUCCUGAACUCCUGUACCAAGGUAAGAGGUCCCAUUUUCCAAGUUCUCAGACAGCACUUCCUCAUUCCUAGCUUUCUCCCGCCAAGGGAUUGGUUACCAUAAGCUUCUGAAUCAGUCCCUGUUCCUCUCCACUGCUACUGUGCCUCUUUGCACAAAGGGUACCACAUUACAGUGGUGUGCAGGCAGAUUUGGGAGGGGGGCAUGCCUUUCUUGCUCAUUAGAAGCAACUGUUAAUGGAAAUGUUGUAGCAGCAUCUUAUCCUGUGACACUUAGGACCCUUUUCUCAAUACAUGUCCUCAUUAUUUCUGCAUCUUGCAGCUUACGGAGUUCAAAUCCUUGCUUCUCUCGCUUUGCCUCUUCCAUGGGAAUGCACUGGAAAGGAGGAAGUUUGGGCCACUGGGGUUCAACAUUCCUUAUGAGUUCACAGACGGAGAUCUGCGCAUCUGCAUCAGCCAGCUGAAGAUGUUUCUGGAUGAAUAUGAAAACAUCCCUUACAAGGUAGGAGGAGAGUGGUGCAUGCCAAGGGUGAAAUCAGGGGUGUGAGAAAAUGUCUGUGAAGGAAUAAAAUCCUCCAAGGAAGACGGAUUAUGUAGGUGACCUAAUACUUGGGGAGUGGGUCAGAUAGUGCUUCUAGCCUCAUGGGAAAUACUGCUAAACAGCCUGAAGUUCCACGUUUGGCGGAACAUAUUCACCAUUUCUCCACAGUUCUCUGGAGAAGCAGUAGAAUAACGCUGCAACACAGCAGCUGCAGCAAAAUAUACUUAAGGCCCCUCUUGCCACAUGCUCUGAUGCGACAGGAUUAUCUGUCUCCAAGGAGUGGGCCUAAAUAUUGUGUAGUUUAAAUUACUCAAAAUAUUUAAACUGGGUUCAUUUGGACUAGUCCAAAUAAUCUGCCUUUGCACAGCCUUCAUCACUAGUCAGUAUUUGUCAUCAACAACAACAACAACAACCACAACAACAACAACAACAAUAUUAAACCGUGCCCAUCUAGCCGUGCCUUCCCAGCCACUGUCAAACCUUCCGCACCCUCUUAUCCAUUGCUACCACGCUUGUUAACUGUAAAUCCAUUUCUUGCAUUCAGCAUGGUAUACCCUUAUUUCCCUGGCUAAUAUUAACAACAACAAUGAUGAUGAUGUCUUAUUUGUAUGUCACCCAACUGACUGGGUUGCUCCAGCCACUCUGGGCGGCUUCCAACAAAUUAAAACAUCAGACACCAUGUGUUUGGAGUAGUUGAGGGAAGCCAAUCCAAGCUUGUGCUUGUUUUAAUGCUGUAGCUGAACCAGCCAGAGAAAAAAGUUUUUGACGUGUGUAAGUAGAUGGUGGAGACUUGGAUCCCUGUGCAUGACAGAAGGCACUUGCACUCAUGCACAGCAAGGUGAUCUCUUCCAUGGGUGCUCUUUCCCUGGAGAGUGUUUCAGUUCUUCAAGGUGGCUUCUGGCAUGGAAAAAGAGGGCUGGCAAGUGCCCCAAAUUGUUCUCUUGUACCCAAGCCACAGCCUCCUUUGCCAUUUCUAUGUCCUUGUCCUUUUGUAGGUUUUGAAGUACACAGCAGGUGAGAUUAACUAUGGAGGCCGGGUGACGGAUGACUGGGACAGGCGCUGCAUCAUGAAUAUUUUGGAAGAUUUCUACAACCCAGAUGUUCUCAAUCCAGAGUUUUCUUACUCAGAAUCUGGUGUCUACAAACAGAUUAGUACCGCUUAUGACCUUAAUGUAAGUUGCGUAAACUAGUAGGCAAACACACUGCACUAUAGAAAGAAUUAAACCUAUACUAGUCUGAGUGUGUUGUUCUGCAUGUGCCUGGUUGAUUCAAAAGUGAACCACUUUUCUAGGAGUCUGUAUCAGAUUUGGGAAGAUCUCUCACAGAUGAGUCUGUUCCUGAAACAAAAUGCACGAUGCUGUCGCAGGGGUUGCAACAGUUCUUCCAAAAUACAAAUUUUGGUUGAAACCCUGAGUGACAGGUUAACCAGGCAAACACAUAAUAUUUCAUAAGCACAACUUGGUAGGUGAACAAUCUUAUUAGAAUGUGUUCUUUUAUAACUGUUGGAACCAUUUCUCCCUUUCUUUCAGUGGUUUACUUUUGGUCUUUCUUAAAGAAAUUCCUCCUCAUUGUUCUGCGUGUUGAUUUCCCCCCAUAGGGAUACAUCCAGUACAUCAAGAGCCUUCCCCUCAACGACAUGCCUGAGAUAUUUGGAUUGCAUGACAAUGCUAACAUCACCUUUGCUCAGAAUGAGACUUUUGCACUACUUGGGGCCAUUAUUCAACUUCAGCCAAAGACAUCAACAGCAGGAGGGCGGAGCAGGGAAGAGGUCUGUAAACCUGCUACCCUAAUGGAAUAUGAACCUAGUGCAUACCCCCGCCCAGAAAUACUUUUUAAUAGAAAGAGCUGCCUGUAUACCAAGAGGCAGAACAGAAAUGGCUCAGAAUGCCACAAUGGGCACAGUUCAGCUUCCCUUUCAUUUUAAAACAAAAACAUUUCUUGUCCUUAUGGCUGAGAAGAUCACCUGAAAAGUGUUUGGGCAAUGUCUCCUGAAAUCUCAGAAAGGAAGCAGAAUAAGAGUUCUAGGAGGCAAUGACAGUUCUUGGCCAUGACUAAAAAUCAUGCAGAAUGUUAUGCAAAAUAAAGAAUAUUCAGCAGCACUUAAUGUGCACAAUUUCUACAGAUCACAGAAUUCAGCACUUUUUUGUUCAGAAUUUGAAUUGUGAAGGGUCAGAAUAUUUAAAAAAAAAUAAAUGGAUAGCAUUGUCCUCAUUACAGAACUACUUUGCUAUGUGAAGAUCUCUACCUGUCUUACAGUAGACAUCUCAAGGGAGCAAAGGCACCCACCUUAAAGGUCAGGUGACCUUACAGCCUGACUGCAGUAUAAAUUGCAUAUGUAAUGUGAGAGCAGAAACAAAUUGCAGAGUAGAAACAAUUUCAUUUUCAUCUUAGACACAAGUCUUCUCUCACCCAGUUUAAAUAAGCUACUCUGAAGUUCUCCACCCACAAACUGUUCCUUCUACGUCUUUUCCAUCCAUUUUCUAGAUUGUGGAGGAGACCUCAAAAGAUAUAUUGGAGAAAGUGCCUCAGCCCAUUGACUUGCAGAGAGUAAUGUUGAGAUAUCCUGUACUGUAUGAGGAGUCCAUGAACACUGUUUUGGCGCAGGAAGUGAUCAGGUACAAGUCUUACUUUAACCCAGCUCUUUGCAGGACUCCUCUGCAGGUGCCGCUCAGAGUUUACAGUUUAGUAAACUGAAACUAGUAGAGGAGCAACUGCUAGCGAGAACAAGUGGGUACAAUAGAUCUGCAGGCAGGUAAAUGAGGCAGGAGCUGCCUUUCUCCACCUAUUUGGGCAUUUGAGGACAAACCCCAUUUACAUUACCCUCACAGCACAUAAAUUUGUGUUUCAGCUUAUGGUUAUGAACUAUUUAUAACUUUUCUGACAUUGAAAUGUGGAAAGAAACAAAUACCCCCCUCCCCUGCCCACAAUUCUUAUUUCAGACAUAUUAAUACCUAGUUACACUGCAAAUGAAUUUAAACAGCCUUUACAGAGCUGCAUAUGAUAUAAUGUUGAGAAUUUUGUUGAAAACCAGCAUAUAAAUUAAACAUGAUAUCCCCAAGUUUGCACAGUCAUAUAUGCUCACAGAAGUUAUUAAAAUCACAGCAUUGGAUUAGUUUGCUUUUUUUUUUUUAACAAGAAUACCUGCCUUGAUUUUGCACAGAUACAAUCGUCUGCUGGCAGUCAUUGCAGCGAGUUUAAAAGAUCUGCUGAAAGCUCUCAAAGGCCUAGUGGUGAUGUCAUCCCAGCUGGAACUGAUGUCCAUCAGUUUAUACAACAAUAUUGUCCCGGAGAUGUGGAACAGUAAGGUACUUCUGAGCGCUAUGCACAGUUUUUGGUAGUUGCAGCAGUGCAGCAGGUUGUUUUGCAAAAUGGGAGAAACGCCUCUGUUCUACUUAGCUGCUAUGACUGGUCAGUUUUUCAUAAGGAACGCCAAGCCAGACUGAAACUUCACAGAUGUACAGAUGAAGCCAAACCUUAAAAAACACUUUUUCUUGCUUACAUUGUAGAAAUUUAGCACCACAGAUUACUGGCUGACCAAGCAGAGUUAAUUUUAAUUUGCAUUUAAAAUGUUUGCCUCACAGCAAUUCAAAGGACUGGGACUUACAGAAGCUUAACAGCCCCUUCUUCCAACGCCAUUCUUCCCACAGGCCUAUCCCUCCUUGAAGCCCUUGGCCUCCUGGGUGAACGACCUGCUGCUGCGCAUUGACUUCUUGCAGAGGUGGAUUGAAAAAGGGAUCCCACCUGUGUUCUGGAUAAGCGGAUUCUUCUUCCCACAGGCUUUUCUAACAGGGACACUGCAGAACUUUGCCAGAAAGUCUAUCAUAUCCAUAGACACCAUCUCUUUUGACUUCAAGGUCAGUGGAUCAUGUUGUAUCAAAAGCUCAGCAAGUGAUGUUUUUUACCCUUUUACCUACUGAAAACCCAAGUGUCAGCUUUGCAAGUGAAAGGUACCUGUGGUUCCUAGUCCCCCAUUACAUUUAAACCACUAUAGCAGUGGUCCCCAAUUACCACAGAACACCCCUACUUUUUAAAAUUUGGUAGAUUAUGUUAUGUGAAUGGUGCUACAGGUAUCCCCAACUAGACACAAUCCUUCUGCUCAGAUACAGACAAACUCCUUUGAUACAAUCCCACAGGCAGGCUUCUUUUUCUGUUGUUUCAAACUGGCACAUUUCUUUUACCUUAUUGAUUGAUUGAUUGAUUGAUUGAUGAAAACUUGCUUUCCCACCCUCUCAAUUUAGGUGAUGAGUCAGCCUGUGCAGGCACUAACUCAGCGUCCUACUGAAGGAUGUUACAUCCACGGCUUGUUUCUGGAAGGGGCUCGCUGGGACCCCAUGUUCUUUCAGCUUGCAGAGUCACGGCCAAAGGAGCUGUACACAGAAAUGGCAGUCCUGUGGCUAGUUCCUGUGCCUAACCGCAAGCCUCCAACCAAAGGCAUCUAUCUGUGUCCCAUCUACAAGACAUUAACACGUGCAGGUAAGCCUUUCAGGGGAAGGUUGGGUGAAGGAUGCCAAAACUUGGAAAGGAACAGUAUUAGAAAUUCUUCUCAUGAAUCUAGCCUUUCUCAACUUUAGGUCUGCAGAUGGUGUAGGACUACAACUCCCAUCAUCCCUAGCUUACUAGUGGUCAGGGAUGAUGGGAGUUGUAGUUCAACAACAUAUUAAGAAAGGCUACAGUAAUCAAUAGGGGAGACAGGUGCUUUCGCAUGCUGAAAAUCAUAUGUCCCUUUGCAUCUUUGACUACUUUUAGCAAGCUUCCCCCAUCUCUCAAACAAUCUGGGGAUUACAAACAAUCCCUUGUUACAUGGUGUUUGCAUAAACCUUUGCUAGGGAAGGGGAAGCAGAACAAACAAGGAAGAAAGUGCUCUGCCCUCCAGCCAUGAUAAUUUUUUCAGCUACUUUUCCGUCUCCAGAGAUUUCUUUUGCAGAAAUCAUGCCAGUUUGAAAGACAAAAAAACUCCUGUAGCAAAUGUCAUUUCAGCCGUAGGAUCAUCAGCCUGUAAGUGGUACAAAGAUAUUAUCUUCUUCAAUAUACUACAGUCUAACACUGUUCAUUUUCUUUGCUAGGGACACUGUCCACAACGGGCCAUUCUACUAACUAUGUGAUUGCUGUAGAGAUUCCAAGCAGUAAGCCUCAGAGGCACUGGAUUAAACGGGGUGUUGCCUUGAUCUGUGCCUUAGAUUUCUAAACACUGAAGGAAUAGACUUGAGCAGCUUCCUGAAGCUUAGAGGAGAACGAAGUUAUGCAGGUGCUCUAUGCAACUAGACUUGUUUGAUGAAGCAUCCUCUGCGGAAACACAGCUGAUCAUAAGAUUGUGAUAAUGCUAUCAUUUCAUUAAUUUAAUCCUAUAACAUUAAUAAAAUAUCAACUUUCGCAGACAA